UGCUGCCUCUUCCAAGCUGGGCGGGAGGAUGACUUGGCACUGACUCCCGCUCCGGCUGGCUCCACGCGUCCGGGUCUUGGCACAGGCCAGCCUGCUCCGUGCGGAGAGGGGCGGGAGUCGUCGAGGCUGAGGGCGGGCGGGCGAGCGAGCGAGCGAGGCUGCACGGAGGAGGAGGGGGACCCCCUCCAGCCGCCCGCAGCAGGAGCAGCUCCUUCUCCACCGAGGAGGAAGAGCCGACGACGCCACACGCGUUCCCUUGGCAGGAGGAGCGCGCCGCUCUCCAUGCGCCCUCAUCCAUCUCCAAGCGCCCGCAUCCUCCUGCUGCAGCGGCCCGAGCGCGCGCCUUUUGCGCCCAGCCCAGGUAAGGUGCUGCUCCCUUCCUCUCCUUCUAGCUCGGGCUGGCAGCGGCGUAACGCCGGGGGUUGCCUUUGUGCCCUGCUCCCUCCGCGUCUGAGGGGAUUUCGCAGGCCGGCAGCGGCGGUGGGUCGGCGGAGGAGGAUGGAGCCUCCCCGCUCUUCCCCCCACACGCCCCGCUGCCAGCCUCUUGGAUAGACCCCGAGGGCCCCUCACGGACGCGUGCCACGCAGGAGCGGCACGUCGCCGCCGCAGAGCCGGCGAGGAGCCCGCCAAGUUGCCCGUGUCAGCUUCGCGCCGCAUCACAUGCUGCGAGCGAUGCGUUGGCGCGGGGGGACAAUGGCUGCGUGCGCCGGGACGAAACUGCGCGCAGGGUGGGAGAACCGGUCUCUGUCUGGCCGGCUCUCCGGGUGGGAUAGAUAAAGCAGAGAGCUAGGCAUGCAGGCACGCGCAGGCCUCUCCCUCUCGCUCUGCCUGCACCCACCCACCAACUCGGAUUCGGCCAGACAGGCAUAGGAAGAAGAGCAGGUCUGUAUUCGUGGGCACACUCUCCAAUGACUUGGAUUGUGCAGGUGCGCGCACACGGGAAGAUGCACAUGCUUGCGUCCCCGUACCCCCCUCUCACGACCUUAAAUGCCCAUUGGGGCAAGUCUGCCUUUUCAAACUAGAGUGGUAAAAGAUGCUGCGUUGUUUUAUUUUAGAGGGGAGUUGUUGCCUUAACAGGGUUGUUAUCCCUGCAUUUCUUCGCUGGCACACGAAUGGAUGAUCAUACUAAUACAGAAGGGAUUGUUUCUCCCCCCCCAUCCCUUUCCUUUCCUUUGCAGUCAAGAUGUGUGUUUCCUGCAUAGCGGGAGCAUUUUCUCUGCAUUAACGAUGUCAUCAGAAAAGCUGGGCCUGGGAUGCGAUACCUUCCUCGUAUCAUGAUAAAAGAAGCUGCGUGUGCAUGCUUAAAAAGUUGUAAUCCGAUGCUGAUACUGUGCUGUAAUAAACCUCCAGAUGAAGCUUAAACACCCAGAACUGGCGUGGGGGCAUGAUGUUAUAUAACAUAACUCGGUAGCAAUGAAGUAAAACCGUUUUGAAAGCUCAGUUUGCUUAUUUUCGCCUUGUAAGAGAAAUUGGGACAUUCUCCUCAUUGCAAAAGUACAAUUUCACAUCUGUGCUUAAUUAAUUGCUCCUGCAUGUUGGAGAAGACGAGCUUUAAAAUUUUGAUGGAAAAGUUGGCACACUAAACCAUCACCUUUCUUUUUUUCUCAGCUAGGUUUCUUAGAUGAAUUGUGUUUUAAUUUUAGUUUGCUCAAGAUGCUGUGAAACAUUUGUUUAUCCUUGCUGUUAUUUAAGGCUCUUUGGGAAAGACUGCUUUGACAGGCUCACCCUUUCUAAUGCGCAAUGUUAUAAUCUUUAAGGCUUCCCAUCUCUUUAAUUUCAUUUGACAAUCAAAUUGUUGUGAGGCUGCUUAACACUGUGGGUGUUCUUGUUGAUUAAUAAAAAGCCUUUCACCAUCAGGAAAUAAAGCCAGAAUACCUCAUUUGUAUUUCUUGUAGUGAAACACAUUUCCAAGGUCGAACACCAACCUGCAGUGUAACUUGAAUUUAACAAUCUGUCAUCUGUCAGGAAAUGUGCCUGAGCCUCUUUAGAAGGUUGUGCACUCAUUCCUGCUUGGAAAUAAUUAAAUAAAUAGCUUCUCUUUCGCAUUAUAAUUUCUAAUGUACUAACAAUGAGUCACAAGUGCAAGAAACCAGUUAAUGUGUCCACCAAUAAAAUUUUCAGUAGCUGCUGAGCCCUGGUGGCACUAGCUUCUCAUUAUAUGAUUGAUCGUUAGUUCAUAAUCUUGGGAACACCUAAAUCUUAACUGGAUGUCACUGGCUCAGAGAUUUGAGCAGGGUUUCCUCCCGCUUCCAUGGCAUAAUCUCUUGGGACUGGAUAUCAUUCUCUUAUGUAACAACCAUCCUUCACUCGUAUAUCCAUGCCUACCUUAAUUUGAUUUUAGUUUGUCCACAUGAUAUGACCUUGUCUUUUAGAGGCUGCUGAGGAACCGCAAAGAAACAGGAUAGGAUAAAACGAUGUAGCCUGAAGUUUGUUGUAUUCAGUGAUAGAAAUUAGCCAGGUGCAUUUUGCAACCAACUGAAGAUGCCUGGGCACCAGGAUGGCGCCUGACAUCUCCAACAUCUGGACGUGCAUGCCUGCGGAUCAUCGGAUCUUGUCUUUUUUCACACACCAGCAACACAUCCUGUAUAAUUCUAUCCGUUAUAUUUUAUCUGCACCAUUGGAAUGAAUUUCAGGAACCAAAAUGCUUUUUCUGUGCAGCCUGAGCAGGAGCGGUGAACAACGUUCUGGUUUUAAUUGUUGUAGCUUGUUUUCACUUAACUCCACCCCACUGCCCUGUUCACAGUUGUGAAGAAUAUUCUUAUGUUAUGAAUGGUCUGUGUCCACAUUAAGGGGAAAAGAAAGUAGGAAUAGGCCAAUAUAUAUGUAGACUGUCCCUGGAUCAAGUGACUUUUCUUCUUUUAAGUUCUCAGAAUUCUUAACCUAGCUCAAGGUUGUCAUCAGAACUAGCCAGAUGUUUAACUGAUAAUCAGUCAAAGUCAGUCCAUCGUUUGAAGAAGAAGAAAAAGACUUGUUAGAGCUGUCUUGCCCCAAAAUGGCAGCAAGACAUUCCAUUUUGGCAACUGUCACCUUGGUUUAAGGAGCUGUUUGGCACCUCUUUUAUGUAUCUGAAUUUCUAACGCUGGUUGUAUUUCAGGAUAAAUUGAUGUGCUUUCAUUGCCAUGUUGCAUUGCCUAGUUGCCUGGAUGUAUAGCUCAUUAAUUCAAUGUAAGUUAGAGCAAAUAUUUAUGUUUCCAAUGCAGUUCCUUUUCAACACACACAUACACACACACAGUAUGAGUUACCCACUUAAGUCACUCAUUUGCCUCAGUUCUAUUUGAAGUUGGCUUCAGUUUGCAGUUUCCUGAAGUCUUACUCAAAGAAAGCUUUUUUUUUAACCUUCCCCCCCCACAACGGUGAAAAGUUUUGUUAUGCCAAAUGCUACCCUCUAAACAAGUAGCAACCUUGACAAAAAAGUAUUGAAUGACGGACGAACUGAAAUGUAGCCCUGUGUAGAAUUCAGUCGGGCAAUCUAAUAUGAAGGACAACAUUUAUUAAGCUGAAUUAACUGCAGGACUGAUCUUGAGGUGGAAUGAAACUAAAAUACAAAUUAAAAAUAAAAUCCUUUCACUUUAUUGGAUGAAUGGCUGCCAUUUCAGAAUUAUGUACGGGCAAUGUCCAACCCAUGUGGAAUAACUUUCGAAUUGUGUAUAUCCUUCUUUUUCUCAGGAGGGCUAAUGUGCUGGCUUGGAUCCUGUUUUCUAAGCUGAGUUCAACUUAGAGAAUGUGGCUUUCCCCUUUUCUGCUGCAGCCUCUUGUAUGUACCCCAAAACUGCUUCUUCAGCAUGGGGGACCAUCAAGGCUUGCAGCAGAAAGGAAAGAUCAGUGAUUUUUAAUUUUUUAUUAUUUUAACCUGGUGAUAGUGUCUCCUACUUGCACAAUGAUGCCUUUGGAUUCCAGCUGUUGUGAUUCAGACUUCCUGUUGUAAGAUAGGAAGAAUCAUUUGCUAAUGCACAACAUAAGUUGCACAAUAUUUUGGGUUGUAUUCUAUGAUGCACUCUCAGGUGCUGGUGACCUCUGUCGGGCUUGUUUGUUUGUUUAUUCAUUUGUUUCAUUGUAUUUCUAUCCCACCUUUUCCCUCCAUGGAGCUUAAGGAGGCGUACAUACAUGGUUCCUCUCCCUCAGUUAACCCUCACAACAACCCUGUGAGGUAGGUUAGGCUGAGAGGCAGUGACUGGCUGGAGGUCACCCAGGGAACUUAAUGACCAAGUGCGACUUUGAACCCUUAGGUCUCCCAGGUGUUAGUCCAGUGCUUGAACCACUAUGUGAACUAAGAAUAUAAUGGCCUCCUCCAUAGUGUUAUGGAUUGUAAGCUUUCUGCACAGAAGAAAAAAAUGGCAGCAGUGAUCAGCUUUGUUUCUUACUCUACCCAUCUCUUUCUACCUUAUUCUGAAAAGGCCCACAAACCCUCGCUCUCCUUUGUGCAGCCUUCCUGUGAACGAGCUCUCAGGCUUAUUUUGCCACUAGGGAUAUGCGUGGGAGAAAGAGGCCACUAUAUAAAUGCCUACCUUUUGGUGAGUAAGGACAGUAUUAACUCUGGCUUGGCUUUGCCAUGGAACAUGGAAGACAGAGCUUGUUACACAAGUGGAUAGCUCAGUUGGUUAGCAGUCAGUGGAUAGCUCAGUUAGAGCAUGGUGCUGAUAAUGCCAAGGUUGCAGGUUUGAUCCCCAUAUAGGACAACUGCAUUUUCCUGCAUUGCAAGGAGUUGGACUAGAGAUGAUCCUCACUUGGAACAAGAAUGCAUUCAGUUGAAGGGAAUAAGCAGGAAAAAAUUAAGAUAUUUGGAGAGAAGCAGAAGUACAGUACAACCAUAAAGAGCAGGAAAUAUUGAAUUAUUUUAUGGAUGCGACCAUAACAUUAUGGCAAUUGGAUCAGUAUUUUGAAGGCUUUCCUGUUUAAACAGUAGCAAGCUCUUGUCUGAGCAAUUUGGUUGACCUGAUUCACAUAUAAGAUUAAGCCAAACCAUAGCUCAAUGUGAACAAGCAAACGUGGAUUCCCAGAGAAGAGAUGGUGGCUGCUUUGUUUCUCCCUGGCUGCUUUGCUGCUGUGAUGCACUGAACUAAGUCAUGGGGUGACUUAGCAUGUUGUCUGGAACUGGGAAUGUGGCGUAGUUCUCUUCAGACAAAUCACAAGCUGUAAAUCAAGACAACAGCUCCUGGUGGUUCUGGAGAGAUAUAAAUCACAAGCCUGGAUUCGGAUGACAUUACUUGGCUCAGUGUAGGGCAGUGGCAAAAUGACUGGGGGGGGGAGGUAAAUGGCCACAAUCCGUUACAUGUAAACAAGAGGGUUAUGUGUGCCAGCUGUUCAAAGUGCUUAGGGCCUGAUUCUGAAACUUUUGAAACAGACUUCUUACUCAGUCACUUACCAAAACUGUCAGUGCAACCCAAUGCUCAUCUACUACUUAAUAAGACCCACUGAGUUUAACAAGUCUUCUUUCCAUAUGAGUGUUUAGGAUUUCAGUCUUUGUGAACAGAUUGUACAGGUCUUCCACUGACAGGGUUCUUGAGGUGAAUCCCACCCAAAGCGAUUAUAGGACCACAGUUGUCUUAUCUUAUGUGUGGUCUUGAAGGUGAACCAGCAGAAUCUCAUCUUACCAUAAUUUAAAAAUCAGGCAAUAAUAUUGCUAGAAAAUGGUUCUGCCGACUGUCUUGAAACUUGGCAGUGUAGAGGAGACAGUUCUGCGGACGGUCCAUGCCAAUUUUAUGUCAGAAAGGAUAAGAAGUAGCUUAUUUUGAUCGAGUUGCCUGUUUGAGUAGAAGCUUCACCAAGCUCACAAUCACUGUGCUGUUUUCCUUCCAUAGGCUUUGCUGGGCUGGCUUUGGACUUGAGCCCUGCAGAAGUACACUUAACAAGGAAGCUUGCAUGAACAUCAAAAGUCCUUACCAUCUUACCAUGUUAAAUCGAAAGGGUUUUUUUGUUAAAUGAAUGUUAAAUUGUGUACUUCCCAGCCCAUACUCCUAGGCCAGGGCCAGAAUUGAUGAAGUAAACGUGCAUGAGGGCCGACCAAAGUUGUUGAGCUUUUUUUUAGGAUUUGACAGCAAUAAAUAAACUGCCACAGGAUUAGGCCCCCAAAAUGGACUUUGGACAUGCCUGUCCUAGGCUUUACAUUGUACUGAAUCUCUGUUGUCAAGAUUGUUCAGUUUUCUUAUAAGUUGUUCUUUGCCGUAACUAGAGACUUGUUUGUUUGCAACUUCACAAACCAUAGUUUUCUGAAUGGAAGAGCGCUUUUGUAACUACUGAAGCCCUGCCCUGUGCAUGACCAGCAGCACAAAUGGAAGGUACUUUUACAUCAUGCAUAGGGUGAGAUUUGAGAAGUGAGGAUGGUGGUCUGCUUCUGACUGCUGCUACUAUUGAUAAAUAGGUACUGCUGUGGUGGGAAGGUAAACAGUGUUUCUGUGUGCUCUAGCACUCAUCACGGUGUCCCGUGCAUCAGAAGUGGUUUAGUCUUUAGUCAUGCUGGCCACAUGACCUGGAAAAGCUGUCUGCAGACAAACGCCGGCUCCCUUGGCCUGAAAGCAGAGAUGAGCGCAGCAUCCCAUGGUUGAAUUCCACUGGACUUAACUGUGCAGGGGUCCUUUACCUUUACCUUACUAUUGCAAUCAAUACAUCAUAGCAAUACUUGGUUUAUAGCACAUUGUGUUUACAUCACGUUGCUUGUGGCAUUGAUGCAUUGCAGCAGUAAUAAUGCAAGUUCCAUUGGUUAAAAGUUAGCUACUUUGAGUGCAGGAUGAUUUCCAGUGACAUUUCACUACACUUCAGUGGUGGCAUCCAGAAAGAUGAAUGAACCUGAGACGGGCUAAUCUAAAUAUAUACGUAUGUAUAAACUUUGUUAAAUUUUGACUAUGGAGACCUAGUCUGUUACUCAUUGAAGCAUUUAACUCCAGCUAUUUGUGGGGGGUUUUUUUACCAUCUUUGAUACCUAAAAGUAAAAAUUAUCCAUAUUUGUUAGUAUGUAAAUCAUAUUUUCGAGAAAUAACCUUGGUUAAUACAAUCAACAGCUUUAUUACCUUUAAACUAGUGUAUUCAGAUAAUCUGAUUGUUAACUGAACACUACACUUGAGCAUAUCCUGGUGCGGUACAUUUAAUCUUUUGUCUGCAAAGACAAAAAGUGUCGUCCUGCUGAGAAAUAAACGUAAUUGAAUAAUAAUUGAAAUGUGUACAGUUAACAGCUCUUCUGUAAGGACAGAACAUCUAUUGUUGAGGGCAACAUUCCAUCAAUGUGAGAUGAAAGAAUGAGUUUAGUGGAGAACCACCGCCCCCCGCCCACCUUGCUUACCGUGGAGUUUUGUCUCUUUCACAAUCUCUUUGUUGGAGCACUCCUUAUCUGUUCGCUACCAAUUUUGUGAGGGCAAUUAAACAAUUUCAGUGCUAUUCAGAAUAGCCCUGAGCCCAAGCAAGGUGGACGGUAACUGGCAACUAAUAUUACAGUGACUGAAAUGACAGUAUUUACUUGUGCUUUGGCCUGAGUUUCAUUAGUUUAUGAAUUCCUGGUCUUUUUGUGUUUGCCACCAGCAUGUUGCACUGAAAGUAUCCUACGUUUGUAGAACCAAUUUCCUUCCAUUUCACAACAACUUCUUCUUCCUCCUCCUCUUCUUCUUCUUCAAACAAAAACAAAAAACAACCCUUUCUUCAAUAUUAAGUAAUUAUUACUUAAUAGAACACUCCCAGCAAUUAAGUUCGGCUGAGCAUUACCAUCUCUCAGGCUGGACAAUAACUUUAUUAGAGCCAACCACAAAUGCCGUAAAAUAGUGGCCAAACUUUUGAGCGUUCUCAUCAGGUUGGAUGUUAAGAGGGGGCUGGUGAGAGUAAAAAUUGGGUUGCUGUUGAAGACAAAAAAACCUGCAUUUAUUGAUAGUUUUAAUGUAGACUGUACACAAUUUUAUUAGGCUUUACUAGGAGCAACCAAACUGGUGACCAACCAACUAGGUGCAAACCAACUAGGUGACCAAACUGUGGGAGGCAGUGGAAGACAGGAGUGCCUGGCAUGCUCUGGUCCAUGGGGUCACGAAGAGUCAGACACGACUAAAUGACUAAACAACAACAGGUGCAACACAGGUUUGAGGCUGGGUCUAGGAUUAACCAGGACACAGAAUCAAGAAAUGACUGAUCUCCCAGUUGCCUGGAUAUGCCUCCAGUUGUAAGCAAAGGGAAAAUGUUCCUUGCAAGAUAGAGGGCGAAGUAAAUAAUUAUAGUAAAUUGUUUCCCCUCACUCCAACUUUGCUGAACAUCCAUCCCACUGAAGAGUUAUGGAGAACUGGAAAGCUUUCUUACUCUGGCAACAUUUUGUUUAGAUUUAAUAAAGGCAUUAACUGACUCUGGAAUUUGGAAUUUUUCUAAUGGACCGAUACAGCUUCCUCUGCUUUUUGUGCGUACUUUAGGUAUAUUAAUUUGGUGGUGAGCAGGAGUUUGGACACUUCCCUUACAAUUAUGGAGUAUCUGAGUUUCAGAAUGCACUUGUGUUUGAGUUUCAGAAUGCUAGUAAAAAGAUAUGUUUAGUGUUGGCUAGUGCUGCUCUUCCACAUUUUGUCCCAUUUCAUUGUUUCAGAUUGAUUUUUCAUUAUAUUGCUUUGCAGUUCUUUGGGUACCUUUUGGCAGGAAAGGCGCUUAUAAAUAGUUAAAGGUAAAGGACCCCUGACAGUUAAGUUCAGUCGCAGAUGAUUCUGGGGUUGCGGCGCUCAUCUCGCUUUACAGGCCAAGGGAGUCAGCGUUUGUCUGCAGACAGUUUUUCCGGGUCAUGUGGUCAGCAUGGCGCAAUGGAACACCAAAACCAGAGCAGCGCACGGAAACACAGUUUACCUUCCUCCCGGAGCAGUACCUAUUUAUCUACUUGCACUUUUUGGCGUGCUUUCAAACUGCUAGGUUGUCAGGAGCUGGGACUGAGCAACGGGAGCUCACCCCAUCACAGGGAUUCAAACCACUGACCUUCUGAUCAGCAAGUCCAAGAGGCUCAGUGGUUUAGACCACAGCGCCACCUAGACUGGUUAGGCAUACGACAGAUCUUCAGUCUGCUCAUGCCCCGAGUUCCAUCUUCAGAUAAGUAGCAGAUACUGAAGGGUAUUGUCCACUUCUAUAAAUUAUUUUCAAAAUGGCCAUUGGAACAUAUAUUAGGCUUGCCCAUUCUCCGUGCCAAAAUCUUGACUUUUAUGUCCGAAUUCGUCAUUAAUUUUCUUUCCCCCAUGUUGCUUUGUAGAAGUAGGAGUUUGGUCUAAUUAGAAGGACCACCCUUCACAGACUACAUUAUUGUAAAACACAACAGUGUAAACAAACUGAGAAAACAGAACACAUCUUGUUAUUAGGCGCCAUAAUAGGUGGAGUGUUUUAAAAUAGAGCCAGUAUUUUCCAAGUAGUUAUUUUAAGGUGGGAAUUGUGGUGAUGGUAUGUGUGUGGCCUCAGCUGGGAGUUAAAUUGGAGCAUAUACCUGAAUCCUUCCUUAUUCCUACUGUUUUUUGGGUCCAGGCAGAGCCUUCACCCCAUGCAGGGAUGCAUCUUCCUUGAUGUCUCCCCUCCCCCAAGUGGUUUUUCAUUUCCUUCUCGCUUGUGUAUACCCAAACUAAUAUCCAGUGCUUUUCCCCGAGCACAAUAUAUCGAGCAGAGCCUUGGUUCAUGUUACUUCUAACACUAGUUUAUUACACAGAUCCAGAUUUACAGAAGCCAUCCUGGUUUCUGAUUGAUCCUGGAAUGUUCCACUUUUCCUCAGGACGUUCCUAUUUUCAUCAAAUAAAUGUUGGAGAAUAUGGAAUUAUGCAACCCCUGAGCCAAGGAGAUAAGUAACUCUACAGCCUUUAGAAGACAUCUGAAGGCAGCCAUGUAUAGGGAGGGUUUUUUUAAAUCUUUAAUGUUUUAUUAUGUUUUUAUAUAUAUUGGAAGCAGCCCAGAGUGGCUGGAGCAACCCAGUCAGGUGGGUGGGGUAGAGGAAGAAGAAGAAGGAUGCCCCAGUUUUCAUUGGAGACAUUUGGGAGGAUAUUCCCCUUUGGCAGGAGUGGCUAACCCAUGGGCUGUGUCUGCACUCCCAGAAUGCCUCCCAGAGACUCUCUAAAUUUUGGCAGCUGUGGCAGAAGCUUUGCCGUUCCUUGCUUGAGCCUUUGUGUUUUGUGGGUGUGCUUGUCUCCCUUACGUGUCACCGAAAGCAGCAGCUUCUUUAUUGAAAGCUGAUGGCAGCUUCCUUGUUAAGAGCACUUCUGCAAUGCCCUGUCUGACACUUCCGGCCAGCGAGAUAUAACAUCUCACUAUUGUUCUCCAGAGCAGUUGAUCAGAAGAGAUCAUAUCCCUUCGUUAGCUGAAGAGAGGUUGUGAGUGGCAAUAAGAAAGGAAAGGAAAUUUGUGCACCUUGGGCAUAAAUUUAUGGGUGGUCUGUGCUCAGGGGAGAAAGGCUCCUGAGCUUUUGGGAAGGUAUACUUAAAUACCUUUUAAUUCAUUAUAUAUCAUUUCCCAGAAACCUUAAUCUUUGGGCACGUCCACCAAAGGUGAAAAAAUGUACCUUCAGUUUCUUUACAUUUCCAACAUUUGUUAUCGGGCAAGUGAUAGAUUUUCGCAAGCUUGACUGGGGUUAUGUACCACCUGUAAAUUUCUAGAGGGAAUCAGGUUGAAGAAGGCUCUCAUAGAGACAGGGCCAACACUCUAGCUGCUGCAUGGGUAUGGGAGUUUAAGCAAUUUCUGGAUAAAGUAGGUUCUUAGAUGGGAUUCCAAACAGUAGCAGUAUUUACCUGACUCCCCAACAGCUGAAUUACUCAUGCCAAGGGGAGGCAGUGGUGUGGUUAGCGCAGUGCGUGUUCACCAGUAGAGCCAAUCUGGCACGCCUGCCAAUGGAUUCCCCACCCCGCUUUCCUUUAAUAAAAUAGUGGCUAAAUACAAUCGUUUAAAUUUCAGUGAAAAGGAAAUAUAUGAUUCAUUUUGAAAUACUAGCUAGAAAGGUCAUGGUUUUACCCAUUCUUUUUUUUUCUUUUUUUUUUUACAAUGGAAUUCAGAAAUAAUUUUCCUCCAAGGCCUCCUAUUUUUUCAGUAUUACGUUUUUAUCUAACAGGUGACUGCUAUUCAAGUGAAACGGUUAUAAAUGGCUUCAUAAUAUGGUGCUUUUCUUUUUUCACCCAUGCCUAAAGCAGAUACUGGUGUUUGAUUACUGACUCUGUCACACUCUCCCAGCUACAGAUUAGGUAACAGAUGGCUCAAAGUGAAGCCGUCAUGUAGUUUCUCUCUAAAGAUUUUGCUUGUCUAAAGUGGCAUGUUUGUAAGUUAGAUCUGUAGCAGAAAGUGAAGUGAAUUACAACCGUGCUUCCAAUUUUUGUCCUAUCGGUCGCUACUGGUAAUGAACUAACAUUUUAUCAUGAAUAUUUUUAGUUCUUUCUCGCAUGCAAUAAAUUCCUGACAGGCGCUUGCUAUGCAGAUAAUGCUGUCAGAUAAUGCCAGGAAAUCCCCCAGGAAGCAUUGUAACUUCAAAUUAAAUUGCAGAAUAGUAGAAGGACUUGAUAGCUUCAAAAGACAGAUGACUUCUACCUCUGGGUAGAUAUAGUUAUAUAGUGACUGUCAGUUGCUCAUUCCUGUUUGUGAGGCUAGUUCUGCUGUAUUCUGUUUCCUAGUUGACAGUUUUGCGAAUCUCAGUGGUAGCCUUUGUAAUUGAUGCAUGCACAAAUUUGCAACGCGUAACGCUGGCUUUUUCCAAUUAAUCAGCACAGUCAGAAAACGGGACCCCCGUUCCCCCUCCUGCGUUCUGUUUUCUCUGCCCUAUGAUUGUGGCUCCCAGUGUUCCAAGUCCCAUUUCUCAUUUCCUACAAUAUGCCGACAAUAAAGUGCAAACAAUAAUUCUCACUCUUAUUUAGAAAAAAAAGUCAAACCAAUUUUGCAGCUGAAAUAAUGUGAAUUAAGGUAUACAAAAUGGUAUUAACAUGCACAUCAGUAUUUUACCAUAAAAGAACUGGGCUGAGUUUGGAAUGAAACAUUGGAUAACUUUUUCUUUGGCGUACCAGAGGAAGCUUUCACAGCAGGAGGAGUUGGCCAGAGAAGCCUCCUCUGCCCCCUGAUUGUUUGGAACACUGGGGGCACCCCCAUUUUUUGGAGAGGGAGAAUGGUGCCUACGAGAGGGCGCCCCUAACUCGGUAGCAUAUGUUCCUGAAACAAUUCUUGUUCUUUGGCACAUAUUGACUCAAGUGUGGGAUCUAUACAAUCUUAAGUUUGUGGUACAUUUUGAAUGGGACGCGGGUGGCGCUGUGGGUUAAACCACAGAGCCUAGGGCUUGCCGAUCAGAAGGUCGGCGGUUCGAAUCCCCAUAACGGGGUGAGCUCCUGUUGCUCGGUCCCUGCUCCUGCCAACCUAGCAGUUUGAAAGCACAUCAAAGUGCAAGUACUAUACAGUGUCUACUCUUGAGUAAGUCUAAUUGUGCUAAUAGGCCUUAGUCCCAGGGAAGUGGGUAUAGGAUUGCAGGCACAAUCUAAAUUACUUCUAUCAAGAUAUCAAUUUCCUCAGUAAUUGGUAGAUUUCUGUAACCAGUGGUCCCUUAUAAGCACAUCUCAUAAAAAGGGACUAAAUUCUGUGAUAAUUCGAGGAAGUGUGUGAAAAAAAAACCCGAUGUUGCCAUUGUAGCCAUAGAGUAUAUUCAGGGGGGGAAACAGAUUAUUUUCCAGGUUAGUAACUCAUUUGUAAGAUAUGAAAUGUUCUCUCUUUAUUGCACCCUUACAAAAUGGGCUUUAUUAUUUCCGACCAUUAUGCCCAUGUUGUGAGAAUUGGGAUGCUCAUUGCACUGUGAAAUGGAAGAAUAUGACUGAUCUUUCUCAACGCAUAAAGGUUGAAGGACAAAAGCAUUUUCUUGAAAUCCAACUAUUUUUGAAAGCAUCCUUCUGACCCUGAAAAUAGAACAGUAGAAUGAUUGAAUGCAUCCUGAAUUGAGCAGAGAAUGAUGUGCGGUAGUCAUUACUAGGGUAGAGCUGUCUUGCCAAUACUGGUAUAUCAGGUGGUUGCUAACAUUCCUCUUACUUGAGAACAAGCCUUAUAUUGACCUCAGUGGCACUUGCUUCUGAGUAAACCUGUGUAGGAUUGCACUGUCGGGAAAGGGUUGGGACUGAAUCUCUUGAAACCUUCUGCAAGCUAGCUGCAACUUCAAAUGCCAAAAAAUAAUUGCUUGCUCAGGACUUGCACACAUCAGUCCCAUAUUUUGGAGAUGUGGCCUUUUUGUAUGUUUUCGUUGUGUUUUUUUGCUUUGCUGUGUUAUUAUGAAUUUGUUACUGUGCUAGUGUUUUGCUGUGUUAUGAAAUGGUUUUUGUAGCGUUUGUUUCAAAUGCACCCUGCUACUUUGCUGUAAGCUGCUUUGAGCAUGAUUUUGCACGUGGAAAAGAGGCAUACAAAUAAAAAUGAAUGUAUGGGGGCGGCGGAAAUGUAUGAUAGUAACAUGUUAUAACAGUUAAUAAUCAGAUAAACUUCAGGGAGGAUUUCUGUGUCGUUCUCGUCUGCCAGACGAAAUGUUCCCCUGCUACGUAAGCAAAAGUCCUUGUGCAGGACUUUUCACUAAUGAGACUCCUUGUUGUCUUCUUGCUGUUCCCAAGAUGCGAGGCAUUGAAAUUAAAUAAGAUUUAGUAAGAGCAGAGGAGGAAUUCAUGUUCCCCAAGGUUAGGUCUACCAUCUAUCGCAAAAUAUGAAUAGCAGCUCUCUUGCUUCUUCUGCAAGUGGUUAUACACACUCUUGCUCAACACGUAGAUUUUGUAUCUUUUCCCUCUUGCAGUACUCUAGUGUGAGGUACAAAAAAGCAUUUUCUGUGAACGGAAUAUACUUUCCAUGUGCUGAAUGUCGCCUUCUGUCUUCAGCAUAGGAUGCUUGAGACUUCGCACUGGAAAUGAGCAGAACCAUACUGUGCCGCGUGGCCUACCUGUGCUCUGGUGGGUGAGGUGCAUUCCCAGCUAUAGGUCUUGCUGGAGUUCCUUUCAAGGUUGACGACAAAAUUAUUACCUAGCUUGGCAUUGCCUUGUAAAAUGCACCACUUCUCCAGCCACACUAUGGAUGCAACUGCCACCACAGAGGGGUCUGAAGGGAGGUGGAGAAAAAAGCAGCUUGGAGGAUUGUGACCAUCCAGUUCCCACAGUGGCUCCUUCCUCCACCAGAUGUUGCCCCGUGGGCUUCUGCAGAACCAUCUUGCCCUGAGCAUUGGGGAGAAGAAGCAGUAGCAGAUUUUGUACAAACAAGUUGCCUUGUUGUAAAAAUCCCAUGUACCGUAUUUUUCCGUAUAUAAGACUAUAUUUCCCCCCUAUUUUUUCAAGUUUAAAAUUGGGGGUCGUCUUAUACAUGGAUAGUGCAUAUGGGGGAUUUCUUUAUUUGGAGUCCCCCAAAAUUGGGUGCGUGUUCUACGCGGGGGCGUGUUCUACAUGGAAAAAUACGGUAAAACAUUUUUUGAAGAUCACCUGUAAAGCAGUGUAUAAAUUACACUUAAGCAAGCAAACAAAAUGCCUUUCCUUAAUGCAACUCUUUGCCACUGCAUCAUAUUCAUGGCAUACGAUCGCCUCCUGUUCAAUCAAUAGCCUAGGUUUCCUUUCCUUUAUUUCCUCUAGCUGUUGAUUACUCAGCUUAUAUUAAAAAAAAAUUCUCUUUCUCCAGCCAAGCACGAUUUGUGAAAUCCUCUUUACUGCAGACUGAAGCAAAACAACGUCUUCGUACGUGUGCAUUAAAAAUACUUAAUUGGGGUGUCCUUUAAAUUAUUAUUCGAUUUAAUUAAUCAAGGCAUUGUGCAUAAUUUCCCCUUCCCUUGGUUUUUUUCUCAAAGCAAACCUGUGAGGAAGGCUGGGGUUAAGAGAAUGUAAUCACCCUACAGUCACGCUGUGAACUUCAUGGUAUAGGGAGGUUUGAACCAGAUCUUUCUCAGUCAGUUCAGCACUAUUCAUUAUGACACACUGUCUCUUAGAAAUUGUUCUCUUCCUUGAAAUUAAGAGUCUGAUAUCUCACUAACAUAAGAAAAUCUAUUCUUUGAGGGAUAGCAGGUUAGGACACAGGGCCUGCAGACCAAGAAGUCUUCAUUGAACCCUGGGUUCACAUUCAUCAUCUCACAACCACCACACUUGACUGUUGUGCAGAUAAAAGAGGAUUUCUUUGGAAGAAGAGUAGGAUGAAAUUAUGGUAGAUUCUUCUCCAGAAAAACAUUAGCUGCAAUAAAAUUCAUUGGUCUUUAAAGACUCCACAAGAUUCUUCGUUGUUUAAAAUUACUAGAGGGACUCUUCACCUUGGGAAAUAACUUGGUUUUGCUUUCCACACUUUUUGAGUUCUGUUUGUUCGGAGAGGACUCUGACCUGAAUAUAAAACCCUGGUCUGAAGAAAAGGCAUCUGUUCAAUAAUCUUGACGUUUCCCCAGUGUUGUUAGGUGAUUCAGUGUCCAAUUGGCACGUCUACUGAACCAAUGGUGCCUGAUAAAUAUGAUCAUGAGCAUACAUUCCAUGCCCUUUGUAUUCUCUUUUCCUUUACUUGUUUGAAAAUAAUCACAGGAGCUCAGCUGGUAGAGCAUGAGACUAUUAAUCACAGCGCUGUGAAUUCGAGCCCACAUUGGGCAGAAGAUUCUAGCAUUGCACAGGGGGCUGGACUACUACAUGACCCUCGUGGUCCUUCCCAAUGCUACAUUCUAUGACUCUAGGAGUACAACAUGUGAAAAGCCUUUCUUCCCCCUUCAUGGCUCAUUCUAAGAGUUCCUCAGGUAAAGGUAAAGGGACCCUUGACCAUUAGGUCCACUCGUGGCCGACUCUGGGGUUGCGGUGCUCAUCUCGCUUUAUUGGCUGAGGGAGCCGGCGUACAGCUUCCGGGUCAUGUGGCCAGCAUGACUAAGCCACUUCUGGUGAACCAGAGCAGCGCACAGAAACGCCAUUUACCUUCCCGCUGGAGCGGUACCUAUUUAUCUACUUGCACUUUGAUGUGCUUUCGAACUGCUAGGUUGGCAGGAGCAGGGACCGAGCAACAGGAGCUCACCCCGUCACGGGGAUUCGAACCGCUGACCUUCUGAUCGGCAAGUCCUAGGCUCCGUGGUUUAACCCACAGCGCCACCCGCGUCCCUAAGAGUUCCUAAAGUAGGAGGCAAAAUACUUGUUGACUGUGUGUAACAGAACCAUGGUAAUAUCUCCAACCAGUGUAAAUCCUCUGGAGGUAAAUUUACUAGCUGAACCAGUUUGGAGUGCAGCAUUUCAGAGGGUUUAGUACAAAAGCCGCUUGUAUCAAUGCGGGUUAGAAUAGUCGCUUCCUAUUUGGCUGUGUCACAGCUGUUAGCGGUGAGGCAGAAUAGAGAAAACCCCUUAUCCAGUAUCCUAAGAGCAAUGCCAGAGCCUAUGUAGUCUCGCUCUACUGCACUUCGAUAUCCUCUGAGGGGAAUUUAAAAGUUGCCAGUAGUAAGUGGAUCAGAGCUGAAGGGUUCUGUCUCAUUUGCCAAGUGUAGCAACACCAUGCUCUUGUUUGCUAAAUCUUGAUGUUCCCCAUUGUAAAUCAGCCCUGUUUUGUAUCACUGCAGCAAAGAUGCGUUGUUGAGAUCAGCGUGCAUCUGUAUGUUACUUUGGGGCUCUAUUUCAAAUGAUAAAAUCAGCUGCAAGAAAAUCCGCACUCUGCUUAUUUGAAGAUUUUGUCCAACUCAAAAGCCUAAUAAGGUCUCUUACUAAUUAAAACAAAAACCACAAUCACAGCAGAAAAGAUUGUAGAUCCGGUCUUCAUAGGAACAGAAUUAUGCUGGACCAUCACAGUUUUAGAAAAUCUUACUGCAGUUUUUUGGCUGCAAAAUUCUUCCUUCCGCCUACUGUCGGCCUCAUCGGUUUUUGGAGUCUCAUCCGUCUCCUCAGAUAGUUAAUUGUACUUGCCAGAAAACUAGCAUUGCCAGUGAGUGAUUGAGAAUAGAUUGUUAAUGGAGAUAUCCGUCUGCACUCUACCUAAAAGAUGAGGGAUUUGGCAAGAUCUGAAACUGCAGUUUCAGUGAUCAGCUUAGGCAGUAACAACUGCAUUGUAAGCAGUUUUCCCAAUAUUGUCCUAAUUGUAGCGCAUAAGGAUUUCUGGACAAUGAGAGAAAUGUUAGCGGAACUCUGUGCUCUUGAUCAUUUGGCUUGCUGCAGCGAUAACCUGUGCUCAAGCGUCACAAUUCAAGGGUGACCUUCACAGAGCCUGGGAAGGAAAUCUUGUUUGCCCAGUGUCCCAGGAUAAUUAGGAAUGGUUGCUGGAGCAACAUAGCAUCCUCAGAAAAUACCAAAGGGGCAACCAAGAUGCCAGUUGGAGGAUUGCAGCUAAAUUGGUAAACAGCUUCAGGAAUCAAAUACUUUUUACCAGUUACAGUCACUUCCUCCUUCCCCCUGGCUGCUGAAUUAAGAAACAGAAACAGCAAACAAAGGGGAGGAGGAAGUACAAGUCUACUUGCAAGUAAAUCUUAAUAAUUUCACCGUAGCGUAAGUGUGCAUAGGGCUUCCAACUAAAAACCUGAAGCAUGUUUAAUAACAAAUCACGUGGGAGAGACACAGGCUAGGAAGUAGUUUGCAACUCUGAUAGUUGCUUCAGACAGCUAUCAAAUAUAAUUUGAUAUAUUUUUGGGCAUGGAUCCAAAAUGGGGCUUGCUGAUCCAGUUAUCAGCAGCUGAUUUUGGUUGCUUGAUGACUGUGGUGUGCAAAACAAGGUCCAUGCCUUAUUACAAACACAAAUCAUAAUCAUAAUUAUUAUUAAGACAAAUUCAGUUGUACUUGGUUGUUGAUAAAUUUAUGAAGUUUGGUGCGGGAAGAAGAAGAGGAGUUUGGAUUUGGUAUCCCGCUUUAUCACUACCCUAAGGAGUCUCAAAGUGGCUAACAAUCUUCUUUUCUCUUUCUCUCCCACAACAAAUACUCUGUGAGGUGAGUGGGGCUGAGAGACUUCAGAGAAGUGUGACUGGCCCAAAGUCACCCAGCAGCUGCAUGUGGAGGAGCGGGGACGCGAACCCGGUUCCCCAGAUUACGAGUCCACCGCUCUUAACCACUACACCACACUGGCUCUCUCCAGAAAAUGGUGGGAGGAUUUGUAAUGUCUUUCUUUUUGCAAGACAUGUGAGUCCCAGGAGAAUAUUGCUUCCCAUGAUACAAUCCAGCCAUCAGCACUUACUCUUCUUCACUUCUUCAAGUGUGACUGCAGUCAAAGGAGAUAAGAGAAGAAGAGCCACUGUAGUGUUGCAAGGGUGAUUUAUGACGAAUCAGUUGAUGAGAUGGUUCUUACCUCCCAGUGUAUAUAAAAGCAAGCGCCUGUCUUAGGGCUUCUCCACACUGGAGAGAUUAAAGUGUAUUUGCAGCUGUUUGCAUUCCCACUUCAUUUGUAUCAUCCACAUGACGUUACCCUCAAAUCAAGGCCAGUUUUAAUGCUUUCGUCCUGUACAUUCAGAUAUGGAGAUAAUCCAAACUGCUCCACUCAGCAUCACAGAUAAUUUAUUUCAGUGCUUUUGGGUGGGUGGAUCAAUUGUCACUUUUUUGCUACUCUCCUUUCUAUGUCCACUACUUCCUCAAUGCUUUCCUUUAUUUCCUUUAUCUAGCUGCUGUGCUUGCAACCAUUUUUUGGUAUGCUCCUGAGCAGAAGAGAGAGAGAAUUGUUUCCAUCCCUCAUAUUUGUACAAAAACAAAAAAAUGGCAAAAGCGUGUGCUGAGAAUUUACAGUGGCCUGAUGGUGUGCUUUUGUGUACUCCUGGGGGGGGGGGAUUUAAAAAAAAAACAAAGUGUCCAUGUUGCUUAAUUGGCAUAAUCAAAUCAACACAUUAGAAGGCGAAGAGGGGGGGAAAGGGAACAUUUACUAGUAUGAAUAGGGACAUGGGUGGCACUGUGGUCUAAAGCACUGAGCCUCUUGGGCUUGCCAAUCGGAAGGUUGGCAGUUCGAAUCUGCGCGACGGGGUGAGCUCCCAUUGCUCUGUCCCAGCUUCUGCGAACCUUGCAGUUCGAAAAGCAUACUAGUGCAAGUGGAGAAAUAGGUACCGCUGCGGUGGGAAGGUAAAUGGCAUUUCUGUGUGCUCUGGGACCCGUCACGGUGUCUUGUUGUGUCAGAAGCAGUUUAGUCAUGACCCAGAAAGCUGUCUGUGGACAAAUGACGGCUCCCUCAGCCUGAAAAGCGAGAUGAGCACUGCACCCUGUAGUUGAAUUCAACUGGACUUAACCGUCCAGGGGUCCUUCACCUUUUUACCUUACUAGUAUUAAUGGAAAAGACUGAAGUCGCUUCUUAUGUACAAAUUCAAAUACAUGCAAGUGUGGACUAAACUGGUCUAAUUCAAAAGGGGGAAAACUGGAUUAACAACUAAAUAAUGCUCGGAUUUGAACAUGCCCUUCCAAUUUUCCUCCCUCGCUGCCUUUAUUUGAGUCAGGACUUGGCUCUGUAAUUUAUAGUGUCUAUUAUACCGACAGGAGUCUUUCCUGGUAAUCUUUAAUGACAAGUUCACAGACACUAUGGUUAAAUUAUACAGUACACAUGUGUACUGUAAAUAACAACUGCUUCUCAUUCAUUCUGUCAAAGCAACAAAUGAUGGCAUCUCUGAAACCUUAAGCAUCUUUGCAUUUAGUAUAUUUAGGCAUGUUGUAUGGUAAAUAGAGAACAAAUACUCUUUUUCAUAGGCUCAUAAUAAUUAUAUUUCCUCAUGCUGUUGUCCUUUUACUGUGGUGCCAGUCACGUUGCCAGAUGAUUUCCCAAGAUAAGUCGUUGAUUCUGUAUGAUCUAUAAAACUGCACUCAUCCUUUUUUUAUACACAGCACCAAUUCUCACUGGGUUAAGAAGAUCAGCCCUCCCUGAAGCUAUUUUUCCUGAGGUAAAAAGUUUUCUGUUUGCCUUGAAUGCUGAGCAGAUGCUGCUGCAGGCUUUUGAAAAACAUGAGUUCUUACUUUAUAUUCAUUUUUCCUUACAAGAUCCAGUGGCAAAAAAAUAAAUUAAAAUAUUUGUGUAUAUAAUAUAGCAAAUCAGCAUGGUGGACAAUGAUCUGUAUAGCCAGAAAGUCUGAAAUAGGGCCGUGCUUUUGAAAACAAAGAGGUUGAAAUUCUGGGCACAUUUAAUUGUGGGGCUUAUGACUAAAGCUCAUACCCAGUCAAUAAGCUUCUUCAGUCCCUGUUAAUUUGUGUUCAGCCUUUACCAAUUAUUUUGGAAAUUAAUGGAGGAUCCUAUAGAGAUCUCUAAAGUUGACUUAUUAAACAUAAUUGUCUAGCAGUUUGUAGGGAUCUUUUGGGCUUGAACCCCUGAGAUUUACAGUCUCAUGCUCUGCCACCAGGUGUUUUUUUUUAAAUAAAAAUAAAUAGAAAUAGAAAUCAUGAGAAGAUAGGAAGAAGUCCUCUUUAAUUUUUGCAAAAGUUACAACUUUUGCCUAGAACUUGCACAUGCUCAACCCAACAUGGUGAGGUUGAGGCAGUUAUUAUACCCCAUGGUGGAUAAUUUUUUGUCCCUAUGUGGGGUAGAGUCAUAGCCCCAUGGUAGAGCACACACCUUGUAAGCAGAAGAGGAGAUGAGAAAGAUGAGAAGAUGAGAAAGUGUUCUCUGGCAGAGAGCCUGGUUGGAAAGCCAGUCAGAGCUGAUAAUAAGAGGCUAGAUGGAUCUGACUUGGUUUAAGACAUUUUCCUGCGGUUUGUUCUAGCGCCUUACCUAGCUGUGUUUGCAGAGUGUGCAGUUUGUUCGAGCUCUGAACAAAGCAUGCAAAACUCCUGGUAAGUGUGUUUACCAUUGCAUCCCUAUGGGGGACCUGGAUGUUUCGUAUUGGUAUAUUACAAACUAAAAUGUAAAACAGUGCUCGCAUUUCAAGAGCUAUUCCUUGUGCUGUUCUUUGUUUCCUUUGGAUCUUAUUCAUGAAACUCCUAAAGUCUACAGGGACUCCUGAGAUUGUAAAUAGCAGUGAAGGUAGCAACAACACAGAGUUAGUGUCUGCUUGUAAUGAUUUUUGACGCGUCGUAGUUUCUGUCCACUUUUUGAGUUAAGUGUUAAAACAUCCAGGGUUGACUUACUUUCAUAUCAUUACUUGAUGGCUGCUUGACAUUUAUUCUGUUGUGCUCACCCUUAAUGUGACUUAGUGAAUUCUACCUCUUUUACAUUUGAUGUAGAUAACUCAUUUCAGAACAGUACUAGGAGGAGGUAGAAAUAAUUGUAAUCCUCUUUUGAAAUGGAGAAAAUGACCGUUUUAGAGAUUUUUCUUCUUCUCUACUUAGUUGCGACUCAUCCAGUCCAGCUACUACUACCUACUUAAUUGUCUUUUGAUUUUGGUGAUCCGUGUUCAGAUCUACCAUAUUUUCUAAGAGUUUGUUAGAAAAUCACGACGUUAUUUUUGGUAUUGUAUCAUGGUCGUUAUUAUUAGACUGCAAUAAAAAAUUUCUGCAGAGCACUUUACUUGCCUUUUCCUAUUACUGUAAUGGAAAACGGACUCCGUGAGCCAGGAUUCUGACCAUGUUUUUUAGGCACUUAGUCAUCAUUCUGUAUGCAAAGCAAGUGCAUUGGUGAGUCACUGUCUUCCUGAGGUAUAGUAAAAAAAGAAAGAAAGAAAGAAAGAAAGAAAGAAAGAAACAACAGCAGAGAAGUGAUCCAACAUCUUACACAAAUACUGUCUUGUUCUGAGUCACUUCUGCUUACAUCAUUGACAAAAAUAACUUUGUGCAGCUCUAAAAUCUUAUUAGCUCUCUCACAAAAUGCUCCAUUAAUAAAUUCCACUUCCAGUGUUUCGUUACGGGUAAUGAUUCAGGAUGCAGCCUUACCCAUCGUUUUAUGGCUUGUUAGUAUUAAAAAUUGUGCCUUGGCACCUACUGGAUUCUGCUGUACUUGUGGUACAGCAUAAUAGCAGUGCGCUACAAGUCAUUGUUCAGCAUGCGAAAUGGGCGCACACUGAUGCUGUAGUUGUGCAAAAAGUGACAGCUAAAUUUGCACCCUGUAGUAAAGGUUGUGCCAGUUUGUGUAGCUGUCAGGCCUGAUCUGUGCUCUGAGACCACGGCCAGGGAUUAAGUUCUGGACCAGAAAGGCAGAAAUCCAAAGAGCCAAAAGCAAGACAAGGUCAAAAGUAGGUAGGUAGGAACAUUUUCCCAGGGCAUUAUUCGGCCACCUGCCCUGCUAAGUUCAUUGGUAACAAUGAACCGAUGCAAAUUGCAAAUGCAAUAUUAGGCAAACUUGGCAGUUCCAAGGUUUUUAGCUUGGUUUACUAAAAUACAAGUAAAAUGAAUAUGCUAAAUUAGUUAAUUCUGUGGUGCCACCAGAAAGUCUUUUGAUGCAAACAUAAAUAUUUCCUAUGCAAAUCGCCUUCUUCCAGAUCAAGGGAGUCUGUGCCUGCUUGGUGAGUUGGGCAGACUGGGGAAUUGACUUGGAUGUAAGACCUUUAUGGUAAUGACUUUUAUGAAGCCUGGUGUGUUCUAGAUGUUGUAUAAGAGGCAAAUGGUGGGAGACUAGUUGCUAUACGCUCUAGUUGAAAACCCUUCCUCCCAUGCCUUACACCAGCUUGCCUUCCAGUUGCCUUUUAUCCUGUAAAUAAAGAGUCAUCCUCCAAACAAAAACAACUCAAAUGAAAUGUUUAUUAAACACUAAAUUCAAACUAAUACAGUUUUAAAAUGGCUAAUAUUUCAUUUCUUGCUUCUUCUUCUUUUUUGCUUUAGGUCCGGAUGAUUCUUCAGGAAACCUGAAGUAAACCAUGACAGGUAGAACAAACUUGUUAUGAAUAUCACAUUUUCGCUGCUUGGAAAUCAAACGUUAUAUGGCAUUAAGAAAUCUUCAGCAGAAGAGUGUGGUUCUGAUCAUGGCAUAAGUGUGCACGGUAAUGUGUGCAAGCCAAGGCUAUGGUUGUGUUGUGACGCAGAGAGAAAUGCCCGAUUCUCCCCAUAAUGUGUAAAGACACGGUGGCUAAUUUUGACCUCCAGAUGUUGGUCUCCAGCUUCCAUCAGCACCGGUCAGCAUGGUCUUUGUUCAGGCUUACUGGCAGCUGGAGUCAAGCAACAUCUGGAGGGCCACAGAUUAGCCACCCUUGGUUUCAAGCAGGGUUUUCCAAACUUAGCUCUCCAGCUGUUUUUGGACUACAGUACCCAUCAUCCCUGACCACUAGUCCUGCAAGCUAGGGAUGAUGGGAAUUGUAGUCCAAAAACAGCUGGAGACCCAAGUUUGGAAAACCUUGGUUUAGAGCAAGCACCAAAUGCAUCAGAUAGCUCAUGUCCAAAUGUGCAAAAGGUAGAGGCAAAUCUUCUUUGUGCGUGGGUGUGCAUUGUUGACGAUUCAGCAAGGGAAUCCACAUGCAUAAGCAGGUUUUGCACACACACCUAUGCUAGAUGCAGGCAUGUCUCUAUAGCACUUGUAGCUGAUAAUUUAGUGAAAGCAUACCUAUAUUUUACCAGUACAGUGGUACCUUGGUUUAAAAACAGCUUAGUUUAUGAACAACUUGGAUUAAGAAGGUUGCAAACCCAGAAGUAGGUGUUUUGGUUUGUGAACUUUGCCUUGGGAUAAGAACAUGUUCCGCUUCCUGUUGAGUGUGUUCCAUUUGUAAAUUGAGUCCCCCUGCUGCUAUGGGAAAGCACCCCUUGGUUUAAAAAUGCUUUGGUUUAAGAACGGGUUUCCGGAACGGAUUAGGUUCGUAAACCAAGGUACCACUGUAAUAUGGUACAUGAAAAUAUUUUGUUAAUUUCAUCAUGUAGUUAGCCUGAACUAAUGCAAAGCAGCACAUUCUAUCAGCCCAGCUAUGUAAGGCAAAGUAAUAUUAUUGAUUUGGUGAGAUUUAAGCGGACGGAAGACACAAACUCAGAGACAUUUGUAUGUUUGCAGGGCUUAUAUUGAUCUUAUCAUUUAGCUGCCACAAGAGUAAAGGAAACAAAGACCCUUAUUGCUUAUUCUCUGCUUAUGCAAUGUGUGCAUGCAUUUUUUAUUUUAGAAAGGUCUGCUCAGUCUAUAUGUAUUUUCACAGAGUGCACGAUAUCACUAAAUUCAACACCCUCAAAUCUCAACCUAUCUGACUUGUAGUAAUUUUGUCACAAUGUCUCUUUAUCAUUAUCUUCAAGGGCAAUUCCAAUUAAUUAAGGGUGGAACAGUAGCCUGGGUCCUUUAAAAAGAACAAAAGCAAGGCCAGAGUGUGCAUCAAUUUGCAUUCGUGAAUAAGUCAAUUUAAUUAGGAUUGCUACUGCCUUCUCAGAAUUUUAUAGUAAUGGAAACUGCUGCAUGCAUACUGCUUAGGCGCCAGCAUUUCCUUGAUGCUCAGUAUGGUAUUUUCUUAACACCUCCAGAUAGUGUUAAAGCACUGUGAAUACUUGUGUGUAUAUCCAAUAGGGUUUCUUUGGUUGAGGUUUGGGAGAGAGUGGGAAACAGUUGACAUGCCGUUAAAGAGCUUACAUUAGCAAAGGGAAGUUGAAGAAGUGUGUCUUGAAGAUGAAAUGGAAUGCAGUCUGUGAUCAAAACCCCAAUCUUUGUUUUGAAAGCUAAGCAAUGAUGGGUGCCACCCACUUUUAUCAAUGGACCACUUCUGUAGUACUCGUAUUCUAAUGUUCUUGUCGUGGUUUCAUUAUCUCUCCUAGAAAAUGCAAAAUGUUUUCCUAGCACAGUUUAUUUCUAGCUUCUCUCUAGCAUGUGCAUUUAAUUCUGUGGGAGUCUUUCUCUGUGUGUGUGUUCACUUCCCAAUAACCGACUAGUUACAUCAAGACAGGGAACUUCCUAUACCCAAAUUAAAAUGCAGACGUGAGUCUCUCCGUGGUGUGGGGCCACAGUUCUAGUUUCCUGGAAGCAGCCUUGCUGAUGCCUUACUGAGAGAGAAAGAGGGAGAACAAGGUGGAGGUGAGAUUACGGCUGAUGUAAGCACACUGGGGGAGUCAAUCCAUUGCUCCAUCAGUGCAUCUCCACAGCCCUGACCUUUCUGCCAACACAUCCCUUCCCCUUCUCCUCCCGGUAAUCAGUAGCAAUGCCGAUGCUGGGAAGCUAUCAUUGCAGCUCAUCCCACAGGCCGAGCUCCUUCAGGUUCAGUUUAUGUAGAUUAGUCCUAUCGCACAAUGCGCUUUACAUAACCUCUAACAGCAGCACAGAAGAGAUUCCUUUCCCAUUAUCCUUUCAAAGCAUGAUACCCAUGCUGAUUCUAAUUCAUGUUAAUGCUUGUGAGCAGAGAACCAAUGGAAGGUUAGAUACUAGAGAUUAAUAAAUCCAGUAUUGAAAUAAGAUGAUUUUAUAUAUAACCCCCUUCAUUUCCUUUUUUUUGUCCAGAACAUUUCAAGUAUCGCCCCUGAUGUUCAUUUCCUUUAUUGCCGACUUAAAGUUGCCAACUCAUCCUUGUGUGCCUGUUUUAGGAUGCUCCAGCUAAUGUCAAUAGCAAAAUUGGCCAGAUAACUCUUAUUAUUUUAUUUGCUCAUUAUUUAACAGUUUUAUAAUCCACAUUUUAAGAGACAAAUCUUGACAAAGUACCGUAUUUUUCGCACCAUAGGGCGCACCUGACCAUAGGGCGCACCUAGUUUUUAGAGGAGGAAAACACACAAAAAAAUAUUCUGAAUCAAAUGUUGCACUAAACUAUUUAAAGCAGCAAAGCGGGCGGCUCCUGUCCAUUUGCUGCUUUAAAUUGAGCCUCAGAGGAGGGUAGGAAGGGGAACCAUGGCUUAUCUAAGUCCAGUUAAUAAUGCUGAGCCUGACUUAUGGCCAUCGAGAUUAGCCUGGCCGUCUCAGUGGAAAUCUGGGGAGGCUGGGGUGGACAUUCCAGUGGUCAAAGUGUGGUUGUGUCUUCCUGCCCGGCAUCUAUUUCCUGCCCUCUUUCUCCCCUGCACCCCCGCACCCUGCUUCCAGGGAAGGAAGCGGAGCCAUGGAUCCUCUGCUCGCAACUGCAGUGGAUUCCAUCCACUUUGAAGCAGGAAAGUGGGAGGGGAGCAGCUUACACUCGUGUAAGCAGCUCCUCUCCCACUUUCCUGCUUCAAAGGAGCCCAGGAGAAGGGAAUCCGCAGCUGCAUGGAUCCCCUUCCUUCCCUCCUCCUGGUUGCUUUGAAGCAGGAAAGUGGGAGAGGAGCUGCUUACACGAGUGUAAGCUGCUCCCUCCCACUUUGCUGCUUCAAAGGGAGCCGGGAGGAGGGAAUCCGCUGCAGCCAGCAGUGGAGGAUCCAUGGUCCUUCUUCCCUCCUCCGUGGUUGCUUUGAAGCAGGAAGGUGGGAGAGGAGCUGCUUACAGGAGUGUAAGCAGCUCCUCUCCCACCUUCCUGCUUCAAAGCAACUACGGAGGAGGGAAGGAAGGGGACCAUGGAUCCUCUGCUUGCGGCCUUUAAAGGGGCUGCGUGGCUUCUCCUGGCUUUUCUGGGAGGUGGGGGGGAUUCCCCCACCUCCCGCAAAACCGGCAGAAGCCGCCAGCUCUUUAAAGGGGCUGCGCGGCUUCUCCUGGCUUUUCUGGGAGGUGGGGGGAUUCCCCCACCUCCCGCAAAACCGGCAGAAGCCGCCAGCUCUUUAAAGGGGCUGCGCGGCUUCUCCUGGCUUUUCUGGGAGGUAGGAGAAGGGACUAAUGCAGCCAGUCAGUCCCUUCUCCCUCCUGGGGAAAAGCCCGCAAGAGCGCACGAAGCUUGUGUGCGGCUCUUGGGGGCUUUUCCCGCCUGCCUCCCCCUUGCAUUCGCUCCAUAGGACGCACACACAUUUUCCCUUGCUUUUUAGGAGGGAAAAAGUGCGUCCUAUAGAGCGAAAAAUACGGUAGAUUACAAGAUGCACAACAAAACAGUGAAGCAUAAUUUAAAAACAACUUAAGCCAGUAUAAAGUAGGCCUGCAUAACCUAACCGCAGAAAGAGAGAAGACACCAUUUCUGCAGCUCAGUUUAGAAUUAGUCACUGAAGGUCGUGACAAAAAGGUGGACCUUUAAAAAUAUUGAGGGGUGAGACUUGCCUAAUCUUAAUGAGGUUAACCCCUGCAGUCAGUUUGCAUGUUACAUCUACAUCUCAGUGCAUCUUAUUAUUUAAUAACGCUUGCAUGAGUAUAAGGGCUUGCCACACUUUGGAUUGUCUCUCCAGGCAUGAGUCUGAGCAGUUUGGCUUUGCGCCACUGCUUUCCCCUGAAAAACCUGCCAUUAAAACUAGAACAAAUGACAAUCCUUGGAAACCUGAUUGCCAUUUCUUCUGAUUCAAUGGUAAACCGCAGGUUUUCUUGUGGGGGGCGGAGUGGCGGAGCAAACAGAAGUGUGGAAGAGCCCUAAGUUGACCUAACUUUCCGAGUCGGUUUUGCAGUUGACUCCAUUACAGUUCAUGUAAACCUCCUUGAAUAAUGUUAUACGUCUACAGGUUUGCUUUAAAAAGGGUCAGGACUUUUCUGUUGUGAGGGGUUAAUUAUGAUGAACUUUUGAUACCAGUUAAUUUACAUAGAAUUGCCACCUUUACGUACUUGAGGACUUGUCAACAUAGUGAUGAGAUAAGCGCUGUGUAUUUCCUGAGAUGGGCCUUGAUAUUUUGCAUGCUGCAGCAUUCACUUGAUUGAAGAGCACUGGAAGAUAGUGCUUCAUUUUCUUCUGUGUGUAUAUAUUCACGUGUGUGUUUGUGUGUAAAUCUCCCCUUCUCUCUCUUGAAAAAGUCAGUAAGUUUAAACCAGGUUAUUGACCUAUAUAGCCUGUAAAAGUGCUUCAGCCUUGUCUUUAUUAAAUAUUUCGAGACUUCAGGCGAUUAGGCCUAGCACCGUAUUUUUCACUCUAUAGGACGCACCCGACCAUAUGACGCACCUUGUUUUAGAGGGGGAGAACAAGAAAAAAAAAUUCUCCCCCUCUCUGCUCAGCACCCCUUCAGCGAAGCGGCAGGAGAAACGGAGCCCCUUCCAUUUCUCCUCCCGCUUCGCUGAAGGGGCGCUGUGCAGCUCUCCCUCUCUGCUGAAGCCAGGAAAGUCUUGCUCUCCCGGCUUCAGCAAAAGGAACCCGAAGCCUUCGGAGCGAGGUGGGAGCGCUCCUCGGCGCUUUGGAGGCUCCGCGCUGCUAUCCCUGAAGCCAAGGAGCCUGCAUUCACUCCAUAGGACGCACACACAUUUCCCCUUAAUUUUUGGAGAGGAAAAAGUGCGUCCUAUAGAGCGAAAAAUACGGUAAUUUGUACAACUCUAUGGCAUGGUCCAGUUAAAGUCAAGCACCUUAAUUUCAGUGGCAGAGGAUUAACAUGCUUAUUUUUUUCUAUUGAAACCAGUGGAACCUAAAAGUGCUUAAUUUUGGUUGGAUCAUGUAUUUUGUUCCAUAAUAUUGAUGGAGUAAGAGACAGGGCUUAGAAUGCAGCAACUAACAUUAUGCAUCAUAUUGCAAGCAACCCACGUGAGUAGAAAUCUAUUUGGAACUUCGCAGGAAUGAAAGUGCCCUUAAGUUAUUUCUGAAUUUCGUACGCAUCAGGUACCAGUGUAAUAGUACUGCAAGGAGGUUCUGCUGGUGUGAAUUUCACUAGGAUUGUGAAACUGGAAUCUUGUGAGAAUAUUUGACAGCCAUAUUGCUUUCAGCAGCACUGCUGUACUGUGUCACUGAACGAUAACUUUGUCCUAACCUUGAGGGAGAAAUUCAUUUCUUUCUCCUUAUCCUUGACCUUUCCCGAGACUUCCCCACAGCCUUUUAAUUGUUAAUAAUAGUCAGAUUACUUUUUAUGAUUUAGUAGUCCAUUCUAGUAGGGGCCGAACAUCAGCAUAAGUUUGCGUGUUAAGCCUGCAGACAUAUAUCAAUAAUAAAUUAUAAUAAUAAUAAAUUUUAUUUAUAAUAAAUUUUAUUUAUAUCCCGCCCUCCCCAGCCGAAGCCGGGCUCAGGGCGGCUAACAGCAAUAAAACAGUACAAAAGUACAGCACAAACAACACUCUAAAAUCAUUCAUUAUAAAAUUAAUUCGAAUCAAGCCACUGGCUUGUUGUGUGGUUUUAUUUUUAAAACAGUUGGUAGAGCAUGAGUCUCUUAAUUUCAGGGACUCGUACCCCAUAUUGGGCAAAAUAUACAUGCAUUGCAAAGGGUUAGACUGUAUUACCCCAUGGUCCCACCUUCCAACUCUUACAAUUAAACGAUUCUAUGAUAUUACUCUGAUAAAUUUGGUUAUAGUAUUGCUUAUUUCCUCCUUAGGGAGGAAGCAUGGGGUAAUGUCAAAUGUCAAAUGUUUAAGAAAGGUGUGCCAAGUGGAUUAUAGAAAAGUUGUGAAAUAGUAAAAUAUCACUCAGUCCUGCAAGAAUUGUAACAUAAUGGGCAGAAGAUGUUGACACAUAGAGCCCUUGCUUAUUUGUGGGUAAUGUGUGGGACAAGGAUCUCACAACUCUCAAGAAGCCACAGAAUAUCCACGCUGGAUUGGUUGUACUAACACAUAAUUGGUACAGCCAACGUAGACUGUAAGACUGCAUCCUGGUCACCGCUUCUCUUCAAACACUUGACUGUUAAUCCAUUUGUGUGUGUCUUGUCAGGGAAAUGUGGGCCAAUGCUCAUGUACAGCAGUUCAAACACAGGCAGCCCACUGCUGUUAGAACAGGGGUCGGCAAAGUUUUUGUGGCUUGGGCCAGUUCACGGUCCCACAGACACCGUGGGGGACUGGAGUGUGUGCGCACGCGCAAACGCUAUUUCCAGCGCUCCUUCCGGCCCAGAGGAGGCGUGCGCAGCUUCCCAUUGGCUGCACGAGCUUAAACGACCCUGGGCCUUAGGUUGCCGAUCCCUGUGUUAGACGCACCCAGUUAGGAUUCUUGAUGGUUUAUGCUAGAUGGGCCUUUGGCCUGAUCCAGCAGGAUCUUCUUAAUGUUCUUAAAAAUAUAAGGUAAAGGUAAAGGUACCCCUGCCCGUACGGGCCAGUCUUGACAGACUCUAGGGUUGUGCGCUCAUCUCACUCUAGAGGCCGGGAGCCAGCGCUGUCUGCAGACACUUCCGGGUCACGUGGCCAGCGUGACAAGCUGCAUCUGGCGAGCCAGCGCAGCACACAGAACGCCGUUUACCUUCCCGCUAGUAAGCGGUCCCUAUUUAUCUACUUGCACCCGGGGGUGCUUUCGAACUGCUAGGUUGGCAGGCGCUGGGACCGAGCGACGGGAGCGCACCCUGCCGCGGGGAUUUGAACUGCCGACCUUUCGAUCGGCAAGUCCUAGGCGCUGAGGCUUUUACCCACAGCGCCACCUGGGUCCCUUCUUAAAAAUAUAGCCAGACUUUAUUUUGUGGGAGACAGGGAUUAAAUUUCAUGAAAUAGGAUGGAUGCAAGUCUUUGGAACAAAGAAGCAGGGCAAGCAGCUGAUGGGCGUCCUAUUCAACAGCUGCAGUGUGUUCAUUCCAGCAAUUCCUUUUUGUUUAAACACUUCAUUACUAGGCUGCACUGCCAAAAGGCCAGCCUUCUUGGAAAGCCACUUUUUUGUUCAGUUAGUUAUUUCUUCUCCAUAACUAUGUGCUUAAAAGAUCCUGUCAGCUCUUCACUCACUGCUAUACUUAGCAAUGCAUUUGCAAAAUGGUUAUUUUACUCCCCCUUACAAAGCGAAAAUAACGCAAUGACUCAAUUCUGUCCUGAAUCAGUGUCUCUCCGUCCUGAUAAUCCUAUAUUUAUAUUGGGUUUUGUAACAGCUGAGCUACUACUACAACAGCAGCAGCAGCAGCAGCAGCAGCAGCAGCAGCAGUCUUUAACUCUUUGCACUGCUUGCUAUAAGGACAGCAUAUAAAUGUCAGGAAGAACAUUAGCACUGGCUGUCAGACAUUAUUGUGCACACUUGCUUCCCUGCCUGGAAAAAGUUUGUACCCAGGAAAAAUGUAAUUAAUGUAUAGAAUGGCCCUAGGAAUUGAUGAAAUAAUGCAUGUUGAAUGCACAACUUUUAAAAGUUCGUUGUUAAAAAAUAUAUUCACGAGUUGCUGGAGACAGCUGGAGGGUAGAGGGGUCUUGUGCUUGGGUCCUUCUUCUGGGCUUCCCAAGAACAUCUCUUUGGCCACUGAGAGAACAGGAUGCUGGACUAGAUGGGCCAUGGGCCUGAUCCAGCAGCGCUCUUCUUAUGCUGUAUAUUUCAAAGUUUUAUUCAAACGCUUGUACUCAACUUCUGUGGCUUUUAGGGCUGGGUGAUAUAUCGAUACAGCGUCCAAAACAAGUUUGAAAUCCAUAUUUUGAUAUCAGCUUCAUGGCAAUAUAUCGCAAAUCAUGAUGUGUGCCAGGGUUGGGCGAUAUAUAUAAUCCAAAACCGGUUUCAAGUCCCUAUCACAAUAUUGGUUUCAUAAUUUUUGACCUGGCAAUAUAUUGUGAAUCAUGAUGUUUGUGUGUGUGUGCUAUGCAAAAAUCACAACAUGGGGAAAACUGUGAAGCCAACCAAUGGCUUUACGUAGCUCCAUCCUUAUUUCAGACAUUGUGAAAUAUCAGUAUAUUGCAAUGUUUAUCUGGUUUAUCUGGUUGAAAACCAGAUAUUGCCCAGCCCUACUGUUUGCUUCUACAUAGUCCCACCCUUAUUUCAAACAUUGUGAUAUAUUGGUAUAUCACGAUGUUUAGCUGGUGAUAUAUCAUGAUGUUGGAAGACCAUAUAUGACCCAGCAGUUUUAAAGUAGGAUUGUACUUAUGGUAGGAUUAUAUCAGACUUUUCUGCACAGGCCAUCUCUCGUCUUAUAGCUAUGUAUAGACAUGUAGAUAAUAAUGGAGCUGUGUGUUAAUGGGUUUUGAACCAAUGUUCAUAUGGCAGGAAACGGUUAACAAGGUAAAGACACAGCUGAAAAUGGCAUUGAGAAGCCCAGUGCAAAGUUGUUUUUGAAACCCUUUUGAGUAUUUCAUGCAAUUUUUAUUGACAGUUGAAGCCAUAAUCUCGGAUGACUAAUUUCUGACUCAGCCAUAGAUUUAUAAAAAUAAAGUCCAAGGAGAGACACUUGUCUUGAGGGAAUCACAUAAAUUUAUAGGCUGAUGCUAUGGGCCUCUUUUAUCUGCAGGAGCAGAUGUUCAUGAGUAAUUUCAGUGUUCAUUUGGCCUUGUCCAUAAUAAUUUAGAGGAAAGCAGCUACUGGUAAUUGGAAUGGAAUCCAUGUCCUAUUGAAGUCAGUGUCAGAGCUCCCACUGAUUGCAAUGGUCUUGGAUUGCUCUCAUUGGGGCUUUUCAGAUGUAAUGCUAAGCAGUGGCUUAAUGCUGCAAGAAUUAGUAAAGGUAAAGGGACCCCUGACCAUUAGGUCCAGUCAUGGCCGACUCUGGGGUUGUGGCGCUCAUCUCGCUUUAUUGGCUGAGGGAGCCGGCGUACAGCUUCCAGGUCAUGUGGCCAGCAUGACUAAGCCGCUUCUGGCGAACCAGAGCAGCGCACGGAAACGCCGUUUACCUUCCCGCCGGAGCGGUACCUAUUUAUCUACUUGCACUUUGACGUGCUUUUGAACUGCUAUGUUGGUAGGAGCAGGGACCAAGCAACGGGAGCUCACCCUGUCGUAGGGAUUCGAACCGCCAACCUUCUGAUCGGCAAGUCCUAGGCUCUGUGGUUUAACCCUUUUUGCAAGAAUUAGUAGGUCUGCCCAUUUCCUCCUCCUCUCUCAUAGCACUGCACCAGUAAUGAUGAACCUGUGACCUUCCAAAUACAGUCAGACUACAGCGCUCAUAAUCUCCGACCACUAACUGAUAGGAGCUGGGAGUCCCAACAACAUCUGGAGGGCUACAGGUUCCCCAUUCAUAUACAGUGGUACAUUGGUACUCGAACAGCUUGGCUCCUGAACAAAUCGGCUCCCGAACGCCGCAAACCCAGAAGUAAGUGUUCUGGUUUGCGAAUGUUUUUUGGAAGCCGAACGGUUUCGGGAGUCGAACCGACUCCGGAACAGAUUAAAUUCGAGAACCAAGGUACCACUACUACCACAUGGUUUAGCAUGCUUAUGCCCAGGGCUAUUUUCCAGCCGGAACUUGCUGGAACUCAGUUCUGGCACCUCUCUCAGGUGGGCACCAUUGCCAUUAUAAGAGAACAAGGUGAGUUCCAGCACCUCUUUUUUCUAUAAAAACAGAGCAGUGCUUAUGCCUGUUUGUUUUCUAAAACUAAGCCAAGAUUUGACACUACAUCUGCAUAGUCCCAUUGUGUUUGGGUGGAAUUUGAUAAAGAAAACUAUGAUUUCCAAUAUAUUUAGUAUUAUAAACAUCUCUUCAAAGGAAACAAAAUUGUUCAAUACACCGAGAACCUGUUAAUUUUGAAGCUAGCCAAGUUUUUCCAGCUUUGCAGUUCAGAAUUCCUUGGAAAUGUUAUGCCUAAUAAAUUUGGUUCCACACACAACGAUGCAUAAAUAAUCUGGCUGUUUCUGUCUUGCUGCUAUAAAAGAGAUCCACAUUAGUUUUUCUUACAUUUGCUUUUUCUGGUUAGCUUUCUUCGAAUGACGAGCGCUAAAGUCUUCGUCUUGCAUAAUGACUCUGUUGCCCCUUUCUCCUGACCUCUUACAAUUGGAACCAUUAUUACCUGCUGCUAACUACUGCUGUUGUUUUCCCUUAUUGAUUCUUUUUAAACAUGUGUGCCUUUCUAUGCUGCUACUGGAAACGGAAUCAGCUGUUUUAGUAAUGGUAUCUCAGUAGCUAUAAUCUGUCAUAUAGACAGACUAAUCCAUUUUCUGCGGCAACAGUGUCAUUGUUUAGAAUGCUGGGAGCAAAUUUUGGGUUCCAAAUGCAACUGCCAGUUUCUGAUCCCAGGCUGUUCUGAUCAAAGCAGUUUAAGUUUAGGGCAGCGCGUUGCUUGCCAGCUAACAUCCACAGAAUUCUUUACUCCUACUGCCUGAAGUAUGUCAGCGAGCACAAUCAGGAGACUUCUUCAUGGUUGCACUAUUACGGGAUUCCUUCAUUUAUUUUAUUCCACAUUUCAGGAAGAAUAAAGACGAAAACCCAUCUUCCUCCUCCUGCCCCCUCCCCAAAGAAACAAAGCUAGUCAUUAUUGACUACAUCUUCAGGUUGUAGUCACAACACAGGUUGUGUGUUGUAGCAUAGGGUCCUGCGGACUGGAGGCAUAUUUGGAAAUCUAAGAAACUGUUGUGGGCACUACAAAACAUCCACAUACUCAGAUACACACAUACCCCCACACAAAUUGGGCAAAACAACUACACACACCUUCACAAUGAAAAACAAGAAGUAGGCAACAUCACCAAAAUCAGACACCCUUCCUAACCAAAAAGAAUUUUUAAAAAGCCCUACUCCAAAAAGUGGAAGGUGUGCCAAGGCCAAAGUGUCUGAGGGCACCCUGGUGCCCAUGAGCACCACAUUGGGGACCUCAGUUGUAACAUGUAUUCUAUACAUAUGGUCCACUUACACACAUAGCUGGUGACAGUUACAGUCUUGUGGCCCCCUAAAGACUAAGAGAUGUAUUGUAGCAAAAAUUAACACGAACUGAAGUUUGUCUUGUCUAUUUCAUAAAAUGCUGAGCUCCAUUUCCAAUGUCAGAUUCGUGGCCAUUCAUUAUUUUGCAUAAGCUGACCUGUUUUCCUUGUGCAAAAAGAUGAAGAGCAUUGCUGGCUUGUCCUAGGCUGUAUGAUGUUGAGAAACAAGCAUGUGAACAAGCGCCCCAAGUCAGGGCUGAUGUUGCUGUGUCCUGUCAUGGUGUGUCCUCGGUGAAUACAGAGGCGGAGUUGGCAUCAGGGGAUUUCUGCUGCAUCCAGCCCUUCCAUUUGCCUCUCUCUUCUAUUCUCUGUUUGUUGUUUGUGAGUUUGUGAGCUUUAGUUUAGAGGGCUAUCUGCAUGCAAGCACAGGUCUACACCCCAAGGCCUGUGUGAGCGGAUUAUCUUCAUGCAAGAUGGGAUAUAGAUAAUAAUACAGUGGAAUAGUUUGGGUAGUAGCCAAGUACAGCUAUCUUUGGUUGAAUCAUAGGACUUUGCUAUAGGCAUUGGAACUCAUGGUGUAUUGCAGGUGUCAGCUAGAAGCAUACAUAUUUAUAGUGUUCUGCAGGCUUCCAGUAUAAAGAGGUGUUUAUAAAGUGGCACCUUGGGUUACAUAUGCUUCAGGUUACAUACGCUUCAGGUUACAGACUCCGCUAACCCAGAAAUAGUACCUUGGGUUAAGAGCUUUGCUUCAGGAUGAGAACAGAAAUUGUGCUCCAGUGGUGCGGCGGCAGCGGGAGGCCCCAUUAGCUAAAGUGGUGCUUCAGGUUAAGAACAGUUUCAGGUUAAGAACAGACCUCCGGAACGAAUUAAGUACUUAACCCGAGGUACCACUGUAUGCCCAUUGCAUAGUCAGAAAGUUAACCUGCUGCAUAGACAGGUUGAGGCUCAGGUUGAUGGCAGAGUGGAAUUUCUCUAGGGUCUCUUACCUCUGGAGUCUCACCCAGCAGGAAGAAGAAGGUAUAGCCAGGGCAGGUGAAUGGUUGCAGAAUGGGGCUGUGGAACAGAAGGGAGAAGCUGGGGUGGUUGCUUGCAGACAACUAAGCAAAGUGUCUUGUGGAGGGGUUCUUUGGGGGCUGGCCAGUGGAGUGAGCGGGAGGGCAGUUAUCCAUAUAUGCCUUUUGGGAUUCAAGGUGGCUUAAAACGGUGGAUUUGAAAAAUGUCUCAGUUCGUUUGUUUUCAUUCCAAUUAGCAAAAACAAAUGUAAACCCUUUCCCUCUCUGGUGUAUUGCCCUAAAACCAUGGAAUUAGAGAGAAGAGGUUAAAAUAAAGCAAAGUCAUUGCUAGCUCAGUUGUAUGUUGCAGCCGAUAACUUUGCACUUCCUUCCUAAACUAAUGCCCAAGCCAUGUUGCUGCUUGGAAAUAUGGAUCGAGGGUGCUUGCACUUGAACGUGCUUCCUGUUGAAAUGAAUGAAUUAAUGCAAGAAGACACACAGCGCACGACCAGUUCAUUGCGUAAGAGUUGCUGAGCUCUGAAUGCGAUAGCUGUCCAAGGUGUACGUUUUUAGGCGUACGUCUUGGAGAUUAUAACAGCACGUCUGAAGACUGGAGCAGUGAAAGCAAGACUGGAAGUGGAAUAGGUCACAGGCGGUGCAUUACGAAAAGCAUUGUUGAUGCUUAAAGCGAGUGAUGAGAUUGUCUGACCCCAACCUGCUAUUUAUAUUCAGGACAUUCUGUUGGGGGAGGGUUACAAUGUCUGGCCACAUGGUACCCCCCACCCGCCACCAGGUCAUGGCCCCUUGCAGUACGUUCAGCUGUGUACCUUGAUAUCUGUGGCUUUGGCAGUGUUUCCUAACCAGAGGCUCUAUGACAAAAUGUUUCUUUAUGCUUUCCUAGGGCAUAACCUGUUUUGUCUCAGUGUAGCACACGGAAAAGAAGCUCUGAGCAGGGGAAACAAAAUGCAGCUUGCUGUUUUUGCUUCUGUCUCUAUUCAUCCGGAUGAAAAGGAAUAUAUCUCCCCCCCCUUUUUUUGCUAACGUUUAAGAAAAGAUAUGUUAGCAACAAUAUUUCUUUCAGUUGCAAUAAAAUAUACGUGCUCAUCAUUGUUGAAAAGUCAAGUUAUGUAGCGAUCAGCAGUCAGUUUUAUAGAGCUUUGCAUUAUAUAGCAAAGCGAUUUGUAGGAGUAUUUCUUGCAGAAACAAAAGUUUCUUGUAAAAGCUGCCUUAACCUCAGAAGCCUUAUAUUUGCUAGUUUACAAUAUUGUGAUCCAGAACGUUAGAGAGAGGAUGGCAAAAGAACCCUGUUCAAUUUUACAGACCCUUUACCAAUCUAUAAUUGUUUUGUGAUGUGAACAGUAGCAGCAGAGACAACUCAAAAGUGAUUGAGAAACAGACUAACUUCCCAGUAGCUUUCCGCUAGAAAUGAUAUAGUUAGAACACAGGCUGUUCACUAUCUUUAUCCUCUGAAAAUACCUUUAGCGUCUUCCUCUUCUCUGCCUUUGCUCUGUGCAAACAAUUGGCCACUUAAUUUCUGAACCCCUUUCUGCCUAGGACCCUCGUACCUACGGGGCUGCCUCUCCUGGUGUGUCCCACAGAGAAAAUUACGGUCUUCAAAUAAAAACAUCUUGAAGGUCCCAGGCCACAGAGAGGUUAGGCUGGCCUCAACUAGAGCCAGGGCUUUUUCGGCUGUGGCUCCGAUCUGGUGGAACACUCUGUCACAAGAGACUAGGGCCCUGCGGGACUUGACAUCUUUCCGCAGGGCCUGCAAGACAGAGCUGUUCCACCAGGCCUUUGGCCAGGGCACAGCCUGACUCCCUCCCUCGGCAAUCUUCGCGGAGCUCUGGCCCAAUGGUUGCCAGUGGCUUGAUUUGAAUUAAUUUUAUAAUGAAUGAUUUUAGAGUGUUGUGUUGUACUUUUGCACUGUUUUAUUGUUGUUAGCCGCCCUGAGCCCGGCUUCGGCUGGGGAGGGCGGGAUAUAAAUAAUUUUUAAAAAAAUUAUUAUUAUUAUUAUUAUUAUUUCCUCCCCAAAGGUUCCAUGCAUUACAAAAGCAUUUCAUUGUUUCCCAUGCAGUCUGUAUAUACUUUUUCCUUUGGGGAGGGCACCUUUCACGAUAUGGGUCUUUUCUCUGCACAUUCUACUUUUCUAAAGCUUAUAGAUUCUGCAAUGCUGGGAGCAGUUCUUUCCUAUCCUUCCCCCUCCCCAAGAAUCAUGAUUUUGUUAGCAUAGUCCAAAAAAUAUGUCACCCUGGUGCCAGAAAAGUCAACUUCUGAUGGGUUUCAACACAUCACCAACUGUGGUAGUUGCAUCUGAGCAACUAGAGAUUAUAUUUACUAGUCCUCUGUUAUCAUUGGACUGCAGUUCACAGGCAUCAUGGCCGAAUGGAUUUGGCAGCUUGACAAUCCACGGGAGCUCUUGGUGGUGCAAACCAGUCUAUAUGCACCUCAAUUGCUGCAAAAUGUCUAGUUUACAGGGUGCAUGCCAGAUUUAGAGAGCUAUUGGUGAAAUGAAACGAAUGUACGAUUUUGAACAGUUGAAUAUUGCUGUGCCCAUCAGACUAUGGGUUUUGAGAAUACUAUCCUUCUUUUCUAGCUAUUAAACAGGUUUUAAAUAACAGGAUAAUUUAUUAACGACAAAUCCCUCCUGGCUCCAUGGAACAUUACACCAUUCAUCUAUGAAUGUGAAUCAGAUCUAAUAACAGAAUCUUUCAUCUUUGGUUUCAUCUGACCUAGGCCUUGCAUGUGCCUGAUUCUCCUCUACCAGUAGUUCAGGUAUUGGAUUCCUCUCUGGAAACAGAGGCUCUUUUAUAUUGUAGUUUCAAUGUUUUAAAGAUGGGCUUACCCAAAAAGUUUGUGUUAAAACAUCUGAAGUUAGGGAUAGGGUGCUUAUCUGUUUUACAUUGGGGCAAGCAUUGUCCUCCAGUACAAAGAUUGCCCUUUCCCUGGUUUUUACAUUGAGGUAAAUGCAGCCUAUGAGAGUCCUUUUCUAAGGUAAGUUAAGAGUUUUUUCCUCUGUGUCCUGAGUAGGGCACAUAUCCAUAUUAGCAAAUUGGUAACCCACUUCUUUUCUAUUCUGUUAAAGUGAACGUUUUAUGUUUACACUAAUACAAGAUAUCAGCCGCCCUGAACUCUUCAUCCAUCUACUUCCAAUACUGUGGGCAAAAUAAUGGCAUUGUCUGAAACUGAUUUGAAUAUAACUAAAGCUUUGAGUUGUCACAUUGAAAGAAAAAGGGGGGAAAGAUUGUGUUGUGGUUCCAAAAUCCACAUCUGGGUUAAAUAGAAAAAGGAAAUUCAUUCUUUCAGUUUAAGGUUUUCUGAAGUUUACAUUUGAUAGUCCUUACGUGAUAACUUUUAAGAGGAAUAAUCAGAGCCAAAUUGGGCUUGCCAAUUGGAACGUCGGUGGUUUGAAUCUGCGUGGCAGUGGUGAGCUCCCGUUGCUCUGUCCCAUCUUCUGCCAACCUUGCAGUUCAAAAGCAUACCAGUGCAAAUAAAUAAACAGAUACCACUGCAACGGGAAGGUAAAUGGCAUUUCUGUGCACUCUGUCACCAGUCACGGUGUUCCGUUGCGGCAGAAGUGGUUUAGUCAUGCUGGUCACAUGACCUGGAAAGCUGUCUGUGGACAAAUGGCGGCUCCCUCAGCCUGAAAAGUGAGAUGAACGCCACACCCCAUAGUCGCCUUUGCCUGGACUUAACUGUUCAAGGCUCCUUUACCUUUACCUUUUCCAAAUGUAUAUUUUUUUAUAUACGAGCCCUGGUGGCUGCUUACCUGUGUCUUGUGAGCGGCAGGGGCUGGUGGCGGUGGUGGGACGAUGAGUGGGGCGCAAAAGGGCUCCGGAAAGGGGCUGCUUAAAAUGGCGGUCACUCAAGCACUGCUGCUGCUGGCACCAACAAAGCCCAGCCCCCUUCCUCCUCUAGGCAGGGCGGGGAGAAGCCAAGAGGAGGGAGGGAGGAGGCGCCGCUGCCCAUGUGAGGGAGAGGAAGAGAGAGGGAAAGAACACGCGUGCUGGCGAUCCACAUAGCAAUUCCCGGACCCUCCGUGGGCUGGAUCCAGAAGGCAAUUGGGCCUGAUCCAGCCCUCAGGCCUUAGUUUUCCUACCCAUGCUCUUAAGAAUAUUAGGGAGCUGGCAGGUGAAGAAACAUGGCUUUGUUUUUUGAAGUCUUCAGAUGAGGACUAGACCAUGUGAAAAAUGAACAUAAGAUUUUAGCUGCAGUUCAUUCAUUUUCAGCUAUCAUUCUUGUUUUUUAAAAAGUGCACCUAAUCAUUCUGUUGUUGCACCCAUUACCUAGGUUUAAAGUGCCAUUUAGCUCCUAGCUUUCAUAUCUCAGUUUCUAGCACUGGGUAAAUAGCAAAUCAAAUAACAUGUUAUCUACAGAGAAAGCUCUAAAUCUUGUAUUACCAUAAUGGUUGUAAAGGGGCGCUAGAAGGCUUUAUUGUAUCUAUGCUUGUAAACUGAAAGUGGGCGCUGCAAAUUUUGUUUGCAAGUCCUGACCACAGUCUGUUUUUAAAAUUACAGUGGUGCCUCGCAAGACGAAAUUAAUCCGUUCCGCAAGAGUCUUCGUCUAGCGGUUUUUUCGUCUUGCGAAGCAAGCCCAUUGACGGAUUAGCGCUAUUAGCGCUAUCAGCUGUUUAGCGGCUAUUAAAGGCUUAAAGGCUUAGGGGAUUAGCUGCUAAAAGGCUAUUAAAGGCUAUUAAAGGCUUAGCAGAUUAGAUAAAGGGGGAAAAGCGAAAAAAAUCUCAAGACUCGCAAGGUAUUUUUUGUCUUGCGAAGCAAGCCCAUAGGGGAAUUCGUCCUGCGAAGCAACUUCAAAACGGAAAACCCUUUCGUCUAGCGGUUUUUCCGUCUUGCGAGGCAUUCGUCUUGCGGGGCACCACUGUAGUUGUUUUUUUGAGACCUGUAGGGAAAGGCUCUCUGUUAAUCUAAGGUGACAAUACCAACAUUUUAAAAACAAUAGAGAGCAAACCUUUCUGGAAAUAUCCUGCUGCACAUGCACCUUUGAAAAUACUGACUCUGAGCAAGAUAUAUGUCAUUCAGUAGAGCGGCUACUGUAUACACUGUACAUUUGUCCACUAUGUCAGUAAAGCAAGUUAAGCUGCAUGAAGGCUAGUUAUUAUAUAAGGUUUUGCACAGCAGAAUCUGUUUUGCACAGGUCACAGCUGAAGAACACCAGUAUAAGCUAUUCAGCAGGAAACCUAGCCAAAGUACAAAAACAUUUCUAGAUGAGAUUAGUGACUACUUGUUCUGAUUGGGGUGGAAAUAACUUGAACAAGCCUCUCAAAUUUUGGCAGGCUUAUAUGUAUAAUACUCUUUCUUUCUCUCUUUCUCUCUCUCUCUCUCUCUCUCUCUCUGUGUGUGUGUGAAAGAUUGCUCCAAAAAUUAAGGAUUUUGCAACUUCUGUCCAUUUCUGAACAUUUGAUUUUGUUUUACAUGAAAGACGUCAAAGUGAUGCUCAGGGUCCCUUCCAACUCUACAGUUCUAUGAAAGAUGAUGUAAAUUAAAUCCCUCUCUGCUUACGUACUAUUGUACAGCUAGGUUAUGCUUCGGGAGAACAUUUAGUUUGCACCAGCAUGUAACAUUCAUUUGGGGUUAUUUAUACCCCUAAUGAACUUUGCUUUAUGCCAGGGUCUCAUUCUGGCAUUCGUAAAAGUUUGUGAUUUUGAGAAGGCGGGAGGUGGUUUCUGAACCGCUAAAUGUGAUGAAUCUGCACAGAAGCAAAAUACAGUGUUCGUGAGGAUGAAAAAAAGAAGGCAACAGAGAGAAAAUGUGGGAGAGGAGGAGGCGGCGGCGGCGGCACUGCCUCUGUAUGGAAUACAGAUUGACGUAAUUGAGAAUGCUCUGCACUGUUCUGAAAUUUAAAGCUGGCACAAGUGCAAGGAGACACUUUGCAGGGACAUUUCUGCUAGGCUAAACAGAACACUGAGAGGAGUCAUAAUGUAUUUGGACUGCAAGGCUAUUAUUGGGGUAAACCUGAAAAAGAAGAAAGCGUAAUAGUGCGGGCAGGGAUAUGUGACCAUUGCCAUUCGAAGCUAGCAAUUAGAAAUUUACAGUCACCAGGGAAAUGAAGGUUUUAGAGUGAUUCCCACCCACCACCCAUCAAUAUGACAGCCAUAGGAGGAAUUGCAGGCUUAUGAGUAAUACUGUAUGAGAAAAGCCAUAAAGCAAAUUAUGAUUUAGCUCAUCCAAGGCAUACGUUCCCAGUUGAUUAGGAUUCUUCAUUAUUGUAAAGGUGAUGAUGUCAUCACUGAUUGCGAUUAUUUUGUUGAAUAAGAAUGAUUUGCUAUAUAACGCUACUCUGGCUUCUCAGCUUCAGCAGACGUGAAGCAUCAAGAUGCACUUCAGAAGAGUUUGCAGUGUGGGGUUUCCUUUUCUUUUCAGUAGAAAAUGCUCUGGGGCAUGGGGAAUACUAGUGUAUGCAUGCCUUUUCCAUGCACAGCUGCCCUAGCCUGACAUUGCCAAAUGUAUUUAUUGUUUGCACGGCUGUGAUGCUGUUCCUUUGAAUGACAAUGCUCAGGCAAUUACAGGGGAAAAAACAAAAACAGGACAAAAAAAUUAGUAGCUGCAACAAUCUUGAGUCAAGAUUCAUAACAAAGAUUAUGAAAAGCCCCUUCAGUUACUUGAGUUGGUCCUGAUGCAGAACUGGAACAGAAGUGGAGACUCCUUUCAAAAUGAUCAUCGAAGUCGGCAAUUUAAACGCACUGGAACGCUCCUAAUUACUACCAUAAAUGCUUCAGAGCUUCUAAAGGGGUAGAAAAGUGUGCUCAAUCAUGUAGGCAAACGACAAAUAGGGAAGGCAGAUGUCAUGUUGACCUCCUGUCACCAGAAUAUGAUUAUCUGUUGUUUGACCUCCACCAUCUCUUUGAGGUCAUCAUUGAUGAAAUCAGUCUUAAGCUUUAGAAAUUUGAAGCUAGCAGGAUUCUAGAAAAUAAAAAUAAAAAUACUAUGCCUGUAGUUUGAAACAGGCAUAAGAAAAAUCAUUCUUACAGAAUAUAUGGGGAAUGGAUAGUUGGGGAAAGCGAACACAAAGUGGACUCAGUACAAUACAAUUUACUACUAUAGCAAAAUAAUAAAAAAAAACCCCACUAAUUCUCGUCAGGGACUAUACGAUCUGUCCCACCCUGCAAUAUUUUAUGAAGUAGGGAAUGUGCAUACAGGCAGCCUCAAGUGUGAGAUAGGAGCAUUUGACCCAUUUAUCUGCGAAGUGUCGAGAUAAACUCUUGAUGCCACCUGGAAAAGUACAUUAAAUUGCAAGAAAAAUAGGUAUUUUACACGGCUUCCACGGUGAUAUUUGCAACUUUGCAUAGCUUCCCUUUCCCAGUAGAAUUUGAUAGGGUGCUGGAAAUUUCACACUGUGUUUGACUUUUAUAAGCUUUUUUUUUUUGCCAGGCUGGCCUAAUUAAAUCUAAAUAAUAGCAGAGAUUUUUUAUUUCUGUUCUUUACUAAUAUGUUCCACAGUUAACUAGGUGACUAUGACUUCUCUUGACUGCGGCAUAGAAAUAGCUUAUGUGAGCAGUUAUGCAGAAAAUAGCACCGUGGCAUCAAAAUCUUGAAUGUUCUGCACACUAUGCCUCCCUCACUUCUUCUGUAAGUAGCGCAAAGCCUCUCCUAUCUACAUGCCCCCUAAAUUAUUUUUAAACAGCGCCCCCUCUUGCUCACUGCCCCCUUCUUUCAACCACCUACUUCCUUUGCCCACUUCUGAAGUCCUCUGUCAUUUCCUUAUUAUUAUUUGCCGUUUUAAAUCUCUUUUACAAUAAUAAGAACACAUGAUGCACCCUGCUGGUUCAGACAAAAUUCCCAACUAGUCCAGCAUCUGGUUUUCAGAGUAGCCAACCAGAUUCCUAUGGGAAGAUCAUAUAUGAUUCUAACGGUUGUUAUUACUGUAAUGGAAAAUGUGUGUUGAUUUUAGCUAAAAUGGACUGGAUGGAGUACUAGUAAAUUUAACAAGAUGCUAAAUUAAAUCUAACAACAUCUGGAGGCACCCUCUUGGCUACCCCUGCUUUAGGUGCUGCAGUCUUUAAGUUUCUCAUGUUGCGUUGGAAAAUGGAGUAUAAUCCAGAAAUUGUCCCCUCAAGCUAGUUUUACAUGCUGAGGCGGUUGAUCUUGUAUUAGGGGUUGUUUUGUAAAUGGAAAUUGCUUGUUUCCCAUAUGCAUGUUAUUAAAUAUCAUGUGUUUUGCUGCAUUUUUGAGCUGCAUUGUUUUUAAUCACACUUUUGAAUUUGCAGAACUUACAACCUAAUUGCUUCUGACCGUGACAAAAACAAAAUUGAUAUUUUACUGCUCGAGAAAAGGUCAGCACACACAUUACUGAGUUCUGCAUUAUACUAUAGAAACGGUGGUUGGUUGAUUGAUUGUAUGUCUUGGCUUGCAGCAAAGAAAAUAGUGUGUUUUCAAGAUUAGUACAAUUUAACAAUUUAAUAAAUUAUGCCCGUUUCCUAGGCUUUAAAUUAUAUUCCCAAAGUUCAUACAAUUCAUGAGCACACAUAUUUCUUUCCUGAGCCAGUGAUAGCCGUUGGUUAGCGUUGGGUUUGGGUGUGGAAGGCCCAGUUUGCAUCCAUGUCAAGAAAUAUAGGAACUUUAUAAAAUGGAAGAUAGAACAAGCUGUUGAUACUGUGUUAGAGCCAGACAUAGUUGUGCUUAAAGUAGACCCAUUGAAACCAAUGCUUAACCAGUCAUGGCUAGCUUACUUCUCAUUGGUUUCAUUGGAUCUAUGCUAAGCAUGACCAAGUGUGGAUCAGGACUAUUGAUUCUAUUACCAGUGUUUCCUUAUACCAGGGAUGAGGAACUGCUCACAUAACUGCUCACCUGUGGCCCUCAAUGGUGCUAGACUAAAACACCCAUCCCCUCUUGCUGUUAACCAUACUGCCUGGGGUUGAUGGGUGCUGGAAUCCAAAAAUGUAUGGAGGACCACAGGUUCCCCAUCCCUGUCUUAUACGCUUACUUUGGACAGCUGCUUACUGUCAAAGGAAGCAUAUGACCAUAGAUAAGGUUCAUUGCUACCCUCCAUCCUAAAUGCAUGUAUUUUGAGUAAUUUGGGUGCCAGGGUACUGCUAACAAUAGUUACCAUUUAAUCUGCACAUAAUGAUUUUGUACCUGUGAAUCUAGUGGAUGUCUUAAAUCAUGCAGAAUUUGUUCUGGUUCAGCUUUUGCCAGACUAGUGCCCUCUUGAAGUUAGGGCAGAUGGGAAUUGUAGUCCAAACAUCUGCCUUCUUGAAUAACAUACUUUCUCUUUUGGAUAGUGGAUGGGUAUUUUCCAAUAAAACCUAGAAAACUCACUUGCUUUCAUGCCUUAUAUGCAGUGAAGCCAUCCAUAGAGCUCAAUAAUGUCUACUCUGAUUUGAAGGUUUCGGAUGGGAGCCUUCUCCAUCUCUACCUGAAAUGCCAGGGAUUAAAACUGGGACAUUAUGAAUGCUACAUAUUGCCUUUCCCAUAUUGAUGCUAAUGCUGUCGAUGCUAAGGAGAGCUUCUCUUCUCCAGUGAUAGUUCCCUUGAAAGGUCUCACUUGAUAGCAACGUUGCUGUCGUUUAGGGACCAGGAAGAACCUUUCUUUUUGCCCAGGCUUUUGAAAAGUCUCUUAUAGUGAUGUGCCUUAGUAAUGUUUUAGUUAUUUUUGCUGCAACCGAGGUAUUCGGUUUGCUGUGUUUGCUAUGCCAUUGGGAAUCACACUGGGAUGCAGAUAAUGAAGGGUAGUAUCAAAAGUUUGAGUAACUACAUGAGGCUUCUGGCAUCUUGUAAUUCUGCUGUGAACGCAAAAUGAGGCAAAAAUUGGGGCACUGUUUGUGUGUGUGUGUGUGUGUGUGUGUGUGUGUACAAUUAUGCCUCAGUAUAGCAGGCUGACUGGACUACGUUACUUUCAAGUGCCUUGUGGCCAAAGCAUUCUUUGAGUCUGUUAAAUGUACCUUGACAUCACAAUCUGCCACACUCUUUAGUCCAAAUGUCAGCUUUAGUCCUCUCAUCUUCCCCACUACUCUUACUGUCUAAGACGGUACCUUGAGACACAUUGCUAUAGGUAUAUCCGAGGGAGUAAUCAUAACCCUUACCUAUCAUGCUCUGCUCUACCUAGCAAACUUGCAUUUACAGUAUGCUUUUUAUUAUUACAUUUACAUCCAGGAUUUCUCCAACGAGCUCAAGGCAGCAUAUAUGGUUCCUCCCAUAUUUUUUCCCCGGAACAACCCUGUGAGGUAGAUUAGGCUUAGAGAACCUGACUGGCCCAAGAUUACUCAUUGAACUUCAUGGCUGAAUGGGAAUACGAAGUUGGGUCUCCUAGACCCAGGCCACAUUCACACCAUGCAUUUGAAGCGCUCUGAUGCCAUUUUAAGCAGUCAUGGCUUACCCCCACCCCCAAGAAUUCUGGGAACUGUAGUUUGUUAAGGGUGCUGAGAAUUGUUAGGAGACUUCUAUUCCCCUCACAGAACUGCAGAGCGGUUUAACAAUUACCGUAUUUUUCGCUCUAUAAGACGCACCAGACCACAAGACGCACCUAGUUUUUGGAGGAGGAAAACAAGAAAAAAAAUAUUCUGAAUCUCAGAAGCCAGAACAGCAAGAGGGAUCGCUGCGCAGUGAAAGCAGCAAUCCCUCUUGUUGUUCUGGCUUCUGGGAUAGCUGUGCAGCCUGCAUUCGCUCCAUAAGACGCACAAACAUUUCCCCUUACUUUUUAGGAGGGAAAAAGUAAGUCUUAUAGAGCAAAAAAUACGGUAAUCAUUUUUCACAGGGAACUCUGGAGGUUGUAACUUUGGGAGGAGAAUCGAGGUGCCCUAAAAACUCUCAGAACCCUUAACUAACUACAGGUCUCAGAAUUAUCUUAGUGCUUUUAAUUCAUGAUGUGAAUGUGGCCCUAUCCACCACACUGCACGGGCUGCCUUGUUUUAGUUAUUUCCACACACAGUGUUGUUCACCAGUCAAACCUAGCAACCUAUUUCUCUUGCUUUUCUGUGAAACAAUUGGUUAUUACCUUGCUUGGAUCUAGCAAUGACACACUUUAUAAAAAGUGCAGGGCACAGACCCAAGUGUCAGAUCUCUUUCUCUCGCUAUAUAUAUCUUACACACACAUCCACAUGACCAGUGCUAAAUAUAAAUAUAAAAUUUUCCACAUGAAUCAACUGAAGGGAGCUCAGAUGUUUCAAAAACCCAUUAGAUUUCCAUUUGCCCAAGGUCUAGUUGGCAAGUUUUUUUAAAUGUCCUCUGUUCGCCAUAAAUACCUGAAAGCCUUUCCUUUCUAUCUCUUGAAUAAGCUCUUGAGUGCAGCUCAGUAAACUACCAUAAAUUUAUUAUUUCACUCUUUCAUUGUGAUAUGCCAAACCUUUAAAGGUACAGCUAUUUUGAAUAAUGUAAUUGAUUUUUAAAUUCGUGCUAAAACAAGAGGGUGUGUGCAUCUUGAAAUAACAAGUUUUAUUUUAGAGCAGGGUUUCCCAAACUUGGGUCUCCAGCUGUUGUUGACUGCAACUCCCAUCAUCCCUAGCUAGCAGGACCAGUGGUCAGGGAUGAUGCUAAUUGUAUUCCAAAAACAGCUGGAGAAACCUAGUUUAGGACCUUUGUGGCAGGUUUCUUAGGUGGUAUAGUUAUACAUUAUGAAUACAAUCCCACACAUUUUUAUGGACUUAUGUAAACACAAUGCAGCAUUUUCCUAUGUACUUGCAGGGCAUUGCAACCACAGUAAAGCUGGCAGUCGAUAGGGUGUUUGCUUGGAUCAUGGAAAACAACACUCUGUUUCAUGGAAUCCUAGAAUUGUAGACUUGGAAGGGACCACAAGGGUCAUCUAGUCCAACCCCCUGCAAUGCAGGUAUUUUCUGCCCAAUGUGGCGUUUGAACCCACAACCCUGGGAUUAAGAGCCUCAUCUCAUGAUGUACCAUAAUUCCUUUAGAACAUUCUGCACCAAAUUAAAAGGAAAUGUCUCUUAAGCUGAUGAGGGCAGCCUAGCUGCCACUUGAAGAAGUGGCGAAACUUUCUUUUAUUUUUAAGAGAGAGGAAAGGAGAGGGUCUCAGCCAUCUUGUCAUUAAUGGCUAGCUACACCCAGGAGUUCUGAGAAUUUGCCCUCCUUUGGGAGUUGUUUUUGGACAUACACCUGCCCCUGAAAAACAACAACACAACCCACUACUUUUGGAGCUGAGGAACAAGGUUGCUGGUUUGGGGGGAUCUGGAGAGAUUUAUUUUUCAGCCAACUCUGAUUGUCUGUUGGGCUAUCCAUGCUAGUUUCCCUAAGCAUCUCAUUGUUGUUGUUUAGUCGUGUCCGACUGCCACUACAGUGGUACCUCUGGUUACGAAUGCUUCUGGUUACGAACGCUUUGGGUUAUGAACUCUACUAACUGCUCCUGGAAGUAGCUGCUCCUGGUUGCGAACUUUGCCCCAGGGUGUGAACGGAAAUUGUGCGCCAAAGGCACACGCGCAGCGGGAGGCCCCAUUAGUGAAAGCGCGCCUCAGGAUAAGAACGGUUUCAGCUUAAGAAUGGACCUCCGGAACUAAUUAAGUUCAUAACCAGAGGUACCACUGUAGUUCUUAGCAGAUUCAUGUAUACCGUAUUCCUUCAAUAAAGAAAUGAACUGUUUGAUUCCACAUGCUGGUAUCUUCUUCUUUCCCCCCCUACUCUUCAGCAAAUUAUGGGCUUUUUCCUCUUAAGUGUUAAUUUGCACUACAAUGCCGAUUUGAUUAAAAUCCAUAAGAUUUAUUUGAUAGUGUGACAGCUCCAGUCAAGUGUGACAGCUCCUCCAGCGUUGGGGGAAUGUGGGUUGAGAAUGACUCGCAGUACUUCUUUCCUUUCCUUUUUCUUCUGGUGUUUGGCACACCAGUGGCUGCUACUUAAAGAGUUGAGUCAGGGAGAAAAAGUGGCUUACCUACCUUUUCAAUAGUGAGGAAGAAGAAGUAGAAGUAAAAAUAGAAGAAGAAUUUAUUACUUAUACCCCACCCCAGCCACUCUAGGCGGCUUCCAACAGGAUAUUAAAAACACAAUAAAAGAUCAAACAUGAAAAACUUCCCUAAACAGGGCUGCCUUCAGAUGUCUUCUAAAAGUCAUUUAGUUGUUUAUUUCCUUGACAUCCGAAGGGAGGGCAUUCCACAGAGCGGGUGCCACCACCAAGAAGGCCCUGUCUCGUUCCCUUCGUGUCAUCUUGGGAUCAAAGCCAGAGUGUUUAGGACUAACCUCCUUUUGUAAAUUGCCACAGAAAUGACCAUACUUUCUUAUUCCAGGACGAAACAUAGCCCCCCCCCCCCAAUGUAAGUUCCAAAGUGCGUUAUAAAUGUAAGGCAGAUGGCCACAUUGGAUAGUAACAACCACAUCCGUGGCAUUUGUAUGUGGAAAAGAUGAAGAUGCUAUGGUUACUAUACAUAUUGGGCUUCCUACAUGUUAUUUAAAUAAUGUUUGCUAUAUGUCUGCGUAUAUUUCUAAACAAAGCUGUGGCGGUUUGCGUAAUGGGUAGGGAAAGCUGAUUGUGAACCAUUUCUGCUGCACAGUAAAUUUGCACUUGAGAAACCAGGCAAGAGAGAACUGAUACCGUGUAAUGAGGAAUUGUGUUCUGCCACUCGUGAAAGUACUAGCUGGAAAUCUUGCAGAGCAGAACGGAAAUUGCCUCUGCCAUAGAAUUGCAUUUGCUUUCACCAAAGCUUCUCCUUUAGAAAAUAUUUUAUUGGCACCUCGUGGAAAAAAACAAUCCAGCAAGCUUCUGAUAUUUCUCAGUGGCUUUGCAUAUUUAUUUUUCAUAUAAAACAUUUGCUUCACGUUUUACUGGGUUUUAGUGUUUUUUAGUAGUUUGGUAGAUAUGACCUAAGAGAUUCCUAGGUAAAUUCCAAUAUAACAUAAAGUGGGCAGUAUUUUUUUGUUGUUUUCAUUUGCUGAGGUGUGUGUGUGUGUGUGUGUGUGUAUCGCUCAGUAAAUGAAAACAAAACAAAAUCCUGCUGGGGGCGGGGGCGGGAUUCUGCCCACUUUAUGUUAUAUUUGAAUUUAGCUAGGAAUCCUAGUAUAUCUUGGGCUUGCCAAUUGGAAGGUUGGCGGUUCGAAUCCCCGCAACAGGGUGAGCUCUGCUGCUCUGUCUCAGUUCCUGCCAACCUAGCAGUCUGAAAGCACAGCAGUUCAAUUAUAUAAAUAGGUACCACUGCAGUGGGAAGGUAAACGGCAUUUCCGUGAGCUCUGGUUUACGUCAUGGUGUUCUGUUGCGCCAGAAGCAGUUUAGUCAUGCUGGCCACAUGACCCAGAAAGCUGUCUCUGGGCAAACGCUGGCUCCCUCGGCUUGAAAGCGAGAUGAGUGCCGCACCUCAUUGUGGCCUUGACUGGACUUAACCGUCCAGGGGUCCUUUACCUAUCUCUCUCUCUCUAUAUAUAUGAUAAAGAAAUAUUUAAUUGUAAGCAUAUACAAUCUCUUCAUCUUCUUUUUCUUCUUGUUAAAGGUCUGGCUUGGAUGCCUUUUGAAUUCUUCUUACCCUUGUGUGUAAUGGACACUCUGUGAAAUAGAAAAAAUGCUGAAAAUAUUUUGGCUCCCUCCCUGUAUGGAAGACUGAAAGGAGAUUGAUGUGGUCUUAAUUGUCAAAGGAGAUCACCAAUAUCUAGCUGCAGCAAUGAGUUCAGAGGAGAAAGGUAUAUCUCCUGCUCACAAAACCUCUACACCAUCUCAUAAAAGUGCCUCUUCUUCUUCAUCCUCCCAGCGGGACAGCAGGCAGGUAAGUGAAAGAAUGCUAAAUUAUUCGCAUUUAAGAUGCCAUCUCACUAUAAUUUCUUCAUCGCGACAGCAACGCUUGGAGGUCAAUGUACAAAAGCUUUCUAUGUAACAUCAAUAAAAAUCCCCUGCGGACUCUGUAAUCUUCUGCUUUCUGCUGCUGCUUAAGAAAAGGGAAAUAUGCCAGGGAUUUGGUGAAUAAGGUGAAUGCCAGGUGUGCUUCUUUACAUAGGAAAGUCUGUUUACACCUACUAUUAGAGCAGAACUAGAUGUAAUGGCGGGGGCUCAACUAAUGAGUCCUGGCAGUGGAAGCUCAUGUGCACCCCUUGUGCCCCCAAAAUUGGCUCUGAGAGGGGUUGGGAGAAUUGCACGCUGGUUGUGGGGCAGGGAAGGGGAUGGUGAAAUAAUUCUUGCACUGAUGGAAUGCUCAGAAGACUGCCGCAUGGAAUUCCUCCCUAUGUUGGCAACACAUGACCACAUCCACGUGUUUGCUAACAAAUGGGGGAUGAGGAGACUCUUCGGAGAGCUGCAAAAAGAAAGAGCAGCGCUUGACUUGUCUACAGAUUUCCCCUUGCAAAUUCACCUUGCCCAUGACUCCCCCCCCCACCAGCUACAUUCAUCUGGGGUUUUAUCUGUUUAAUGAGGGUGGAAUUCGCAGCCCCAAUGGGGAACAGGGAUAAAUAAAUCAUUGGGAGGGCAGGAGGCCUGGGCAGAUGUGCCUUAAUGCCAACGGGUGACUUGCUGAUGAUCCCAGAGUUAACUUUAUUGUAGGACCAAACUACUGAGUGCGUGCAUGCGUGUGCAUAAGUCUGCUCCAAGACAAUAAAUUCAAAAUACAUUUUCCACGCUAAGGAACCCUGCAAGAUGCAGCUUUUCUGUUAAUUUAACAGUUGGCUUUGUUAUGUACUUUCCCCUCCUAUAUUUCCCCUUCUGUUUGCAAAUUACAAGGCAGGAAAUUCUCCUUUCUUGUAAUUUUAAGUCUGAUAUUAUUUGCUGAACGUAAUUUCCUCUUACAGAAACUGGGGGUGGGGGGGAGAGAUUAGCGACAGAAUACAUGCCUCUUCGACAGAAUACAUGCCUCUUCGUUGCGACUGUUUCAAAUGUACUUGCUUGACUAGCCGCAAGACAGUUGCGGAUUGGGCAACCACAAUGAAACAGGAAGCUGGGUGGCAGCAAAGGACGUUUCGCUCCCAUCUCCUUGGUCAGAAGGAGGAUGAGAGAUGUCUGCUUAUUAACCCUGCUUCCCCAAAUGAGGAAGAGUGGCUUAUCUCCAGCCCUGUGCCAUCUCAUGCAGGAUGGGAGAUAAGCUCCCAAUUCUUCCCUAGAAGAAAGGGCAGCGGAAUGUAAAGGCAGUAGAUGAAACAGUGCAGCUAAACUCAACUCUCUAUGACAUUUCUGGGUUUUAAAAAUUUGUUUGAGCGAAUUCCUACCUCACCCUCCUAUCCAAAGAUAGAUAAAAAUUGCUAAUCUUAGAGCAAGACACAUGUGGUACUGCUGACAUUCAUUUGCACGUAAGGUGGUAUUAAAGUGUAACAUACAGAAGCGUAGAAAUUUCUGAAUUAUAAGGGUCAGUGGAAGAAAAUUUGGUAAGUUGUUUCAAGGAAUGGGGUGUUCUUCUAUAAACUAUGCCAACCUUUGGUCUCUGGUUUGUAUGCAGAAAAUAUACCUUCUGUGGCUUAGAAUUGACUCCUCUUCUUUUUGCUUUAGAGUGGCCAUGUAUUAGAGCGGAAUUUUUCUUCUGGAAGCACAGAUCCGGUACUUGGCAAACAGUUGCUAGAAAAUGAACCAGUAGCUGUAUCUAAAGUAAGUUAAGUUCGCGGUGUCUGCACUAGAAUUUGGUGUGCAAAACUUUUUCAGUACAUUGGCUUGGUUCAGUUUAGUUUGUUUAUAUAACUAAUCAUUGUAAUUUUGUAAAUACUGAUCACAUAUACAGAUGGAAGAUUGUUAGCUUUUAAUCAAUUCUUGAUUGCUUCAUCGAUCACUUUCAAUUUUUUAAUCCUUGAUUUUAUUUUGAAGUAUGUAACAAUAAAAGGUUUGUCAUAUGUAACAAUUGAAAGAAUGAAGGAUAGUUUAGGAACAGUACCUAUGUUAUGAUAUGGCUGUCGCCAAAACACCAAACAACACUAUUCCCAUGGACUGGCUCUCUGGUCUUCAGAACUCAUGGUUUGCAUCCCACUAGUGGGUUGGAACCUGAUUCAAGGUGGGUCGCAACAGGAGCACUACCACCAUGCAAAUAUGUGGUAAUCGAUUAAGAAAUGGGUCCCCCAAUGCAUGUUUGGGUUAAAAGUGGGUCCUGCAUCUGAGAAGGUUGAGGAUACCUCCACAAUGAGUUUAUAUUCAUUUAUGAAAUUUGUAUAUCACCCUUCAUCUGAAGACCACAAGAUAGUUCCAGUGCUUGCAGUAAUAACCUGUGUAACUGCUGCUCAGCCACAAACUUUUGGCAGCAGUUUCUGUGUGCUUCCCUACCAUACAUUUAAAGCACAUGGCCUCCUUCACAGAAUCCUGGGAACUGUAGUUUGUUAAGGGUGCUGGGAAUUAUAGCGCUCUCUCUCUCUGUGGGGUAAACUGCAGUUUCCAGGGUUGGUGGGGGAGAGUAAUGACUGUUAAAGUGUUAUAAAUGUGCUUUAAAUGAAUGGUGUGAAUGUGACCAACAAACCUCAUGAAAGAGCUGCUUUUUAGCAGAUUAGAUUAUGAUGUUCUUUUUAAAGAAGAAAACCAAGCUUUUACCCUUUGGUUCUCGUGAGAAAAGAGUGCAUCUUGGGACUAAUUUUGUCAGUGAAGCCUUUUGAGAACAGCCUAGUGACUUUACAGGCACAUUCAGAGAAGUUCUUUCAACACUAACCCCUUGUUCUCCCUUCUUGUGAGCUUCUAGAAAGGGCAUGUAAUUUAUAAAACAGCAUGACACCAGAACAGUUUAUGAAACGACACCAAAGUUGAGUCAUCCAGUCUGCUCUGUCUCCAUCUGAUCCAUACACUCUUAUUUGAAAGAGUUCCCUUUGCAGAGUUGGAGAGAAUAACAUGGCUGAUGGGUCUUGACACAGUGCUGGGUAUCUGGCCUCAGAAGUCAAGUCUCACUGAGUUCAGUGGGACUUAUUUUUAUAGAAAUGAACAUUGGCUUGCAGCCUUAAUGGUUUGAAGAUAUGGCUCGUACCAGAGGUGGAUUUAGGAGAAUGUGACCGAUAUGGUCACACUUGGCUCACAGCCUUGGGGGUGCUGCAACUAAGAUUUAGAAUGGAGUGGGGGGCAUGUUAGUGUGUGAACGCCAACUCUUGGGGUCUCAGCAGAUUUACUCAGAAAGUCUUCCCUCGUCUUCACAGCAGCAGCAGUCCAGCCCUCUCUUGGUGAAUUCCUGUGACAGGAAUAAAAUCCUCACCCAUGCAGUUCUUCUCUAAAGUCUUUAUUAUCUGCAUUAGAAGUUGCACAACGCUACUGGUAUACAUAUAAAAUAAGAACUAUAUACAGAUCUCUGCUCCCUUCAGCUAUCGGGCCAGAAAGACAGCUUCACAGACUUCCAUAUAUUCUGGCCGCCUCAAUGACCAACCCUUGACUGCCUCACACUCAACUGCAUCUCUCCAGACAUCUGUUGCUGGGGAGAAUUCUUGUUGCUAAGUUGAUGUUUUAGGCGUGCCUCAAGGAUGUGCUUCAAGGCCCUGUUUAAAGACUUGUUUGAAGUUUGUUUUGGCAAUAUACCAACAGGGCACUGGAUUUUGGCACCACACAAUGAAAUUUGAGACCCCAAUAUCUGCCGCUCAUCCAACACAGUGCAAGUGUUUCAGAUAAUAUUGAACUCAACUCACAGAAUUUUUUGGUGUUUCCCCCCCAUUCUUCUUCCUUCAGGAGCCAGACAGCUGGGAAAUUAUAGAAGGCCUCAAAAUUGGGCAGACCAAUGUCCAGAAGCCAGACAAACAUGAAGGGUUCAUGCUGAAGAAGAGGAAAUGGCCUUUGAAAGGUUGGCACAAGGUAAGGCAUCCAUAAUCAUCUUAGAUGACCAUUACUAUAGAUUAAAAAGCAAAGGGUCAUUAUCAUAUGUGGCAAAUUGAUAUGCUCCAGAAUCAGCCAAUCCCUGUUCUCACACUAAAGGAUGGUAUUUGCAUAUUUAUCUUAUUAGCUACAUUGGCUUUAGUGUUGUUGUUGUUACGCAGUUGCAGUUCUCGUAACUGAGACACCUGCUGGUAUUGCUAGGAAGCUAUUAAGAGUUUAUCUGCCAUUUCUCAUAUGUGCGUUGUUUAGUCAGGAUACCUAACUCCAGAAAACUGGGAAAUGGUAAUCCCUUGAUGAAUUCAAUGGAUGGCCUAAGGACCAAACUAGACAUUCAAUGCGACAUUCUUCCAACACUGUUUUUUACAGCCUCAGGAGUCUGUGGUGAGGAGAGGAAAAAUAAGAGGAUAUGCUUGACCCUUUCCACUCUCGCUAUUGUUUCAUUCAAAUCGUGCCCCGCUGUUUUAUGCAGGGGGAAAGCAACUGGGUAAGGGGAAAUUUUGAGGAGAACAAUCAGAGAGCACAAGGUUAAGCAUACACAAACUCUCUCUUGUUUGAGUCCACUGCUCCUAAUUACAAUCUCUCAUAGUGGCUUUAAAGAGAGAGAGAGAGGAGGGAAGGUAACAGUGGAUGCUGUAUGCAGGUCUUUUGCUUGCCGUUAGGUCAUCUCCAUUAUAGUUUGGACUUCAAGGCCAGUGUUCUAGAUGGGGCAUGGCAGUUGGCCGUGGGUUGCCUGCUCUCCGUGCUUGUGAGACAUGUGUGGUCUGCCUUCUUCAGCCCAAGAGCUGCAUUUCUUCAUGAGCAACUUCACAGGGCAACUUGCCAGUGGUGGAUGGAGUCAGAGGUGUGGAUAGAGCAUAUUUCAAGGACGCAUUCCAGCAAGACAGAAGCACUUGAGUUGAGAGUAGAGCAGGGCUGUGGAGGAGAUGACAUGUAGGCUGGGAACAGUCCUGAGAGCCAGAUAUAAAGGCACAGAGUCCUGUGUUCAACUCCUGGGCCCCAGGUUCCUCAACCCUGCUGUAAGGCAUACAAAGUUUAGUGGCAAAGAGGAUCCUCAUAUCCAGGCUACGGAAUGGAAGCAAGAUGUCUUGUCAGCAUGGUUUCUGCUGUGUGCUCAUUAUUUGGUAACCACGAGGAACAGACAUUUGUCUUCAUUAGAUAUAUUAUUUUACAUAUGCCAGAUUUUAUUUGACCUCUUACAAAUUGUUUUGUUUUUUUCUGUAGCGCUUUUUUGUCCUGGAUAACGGAAUGUUGAAAUAUUCAAAGUCGCCAAUUGAUGUAAGUAAUACUAGAGCAUUUUUUUUAAAAGUAACAUUAUAAAAAUCCAAUAUUAUAAUUAAUAUUUCUUUUGAUGAUGAUGUAGAAAGAAGGGAGAAGAGAAGAAUGUUUUGUUUGGUGAAGGACUGUUUAGUUAUAUCUUUUAAUUUUCUUUUAUUUUCUGCAGCUUUUAGCAUAUCGUCUAUAGCAAGCAGAGAUUCUAAUAUAUGUUAAUGUAGCGUAUGAAAUGCAGCCUUUUUUAGAAUUAGUCAUGGAGAAAGUGUUUAUUAGGAAAUCAAAGGGCAAUGCAUUCCUAUCUUCAUGGUUCCCUUUCAAGAAAAAUGAUACUUUCGUUUUCUCCCCAUCUAAUAAUAUUUUCUGAUGUUUCUGACCAAGUAAACAACAUAUUUCAAUUGGGCACCAUAAAUUUUAUUGUUUGGUUUUUAUCUUUUUUAACGUUGUAAGCCACUUGGAUAUAUAUAUGUUAUGAUUUAGUAGUAUAUAAAUACUUAAAUAAAGAAAUGACCUUAUUUUUCCCAGCUCAUUGGCAAUGUUUUCUCUUCAUUUUUAUUUUUCAGACUCAGAAAGGAAAGGUUCACGGAAGCAUAGAUGUUGGCUUAUCAGUUAUGUCGAUUAAAAAGAAAGCUCGCAGGAUAGACCUUGACACUGAAGAGCAUAUUUACCAUUUGAAAGUAAGGAAUGUUUCCCUUUAGUUUUCUUCUCAAUUUGAAACAGUCAGAUACUAUUACUGAGCUCCCCGUUCUCACUAGGUAAAAUCCCAGGACUCGUUUGAUGCCUGGGUAUCGAGGCUGCGCCACCACAGGUUAUACCGUCAGAACGAGAUUGUACGAUCACCACGAGAUGCCGGAUUCCACAUAUUCCCUUCAGCGUCAACUACUGAAUCUUCACCAGCUGCUAAUGUUGCCGCCCUGGAGGCCAAGGUAUAAAACGUCCCUAAUCAGAAGAUACUUGUUUAAUAAUCCACCACAUUUUCUAACCGUUGUCCUCCGUCAGGAAAUGUGUGCCAUUAUUGAUAGCACUAGUGAAGUGAAGAGAAGAGGAAGCUGAAUAACUCCCUGAUUUUACCACUUUUGCUGAACUGCUUGUUAUUGAUGUUUUAUUUGGGCUAGAGAAGGGGCUCCCAAACUGUGGUCCGCCAGUGGACCACAAGCUUGGGUCAGGUGGUUUGCGGCAUGUCCACAUUUGAUAUACACCAUCAUUUUUAAUUGUAUUUUUAUUGCUUAUUUCGUUCUGUUCAUUGUAUUUUAUUGUAUCGCAGUUUUAAUUCUAUGGAAUGCAAAUUGUAUUACAAUAAAAUACAUUAUAAGAAAUAAAGGACACAAUAAAAAUACAUUUAAAAACAAUGUAGCAUCCAGCACAGUGCAUUACAAUUGUUAAAACAGGCAGAAAAACCAAGACCACCAUCAAUUUUCAAGGUGCUGAAUUCAUACUUGCCUCCUUUCAAACAGGAUAUCAUUUGUUUCUUGUCUGAUGGUUUGAUUUUAGCACAGGCCAUUUUUCUCCCAGUAUUCAGUAAUAAAAUUUUCGAAUUUUGGGGUUUUUUUUUUAGGUCGCACAGAAUAAUUUCCCAUGGCAGCCAUCCAUUACCUGUAGCAACAGCCUCCCCGCAACAUGUACCACUGGCCAAAGUAAAGUAGUUGCUUGGUUGCAAGACUCCGAGGAGAUGGACAGGUGUGCGGAAGGUCAGUCUCUGGUCAAGCUUCUUUCCUUCCAUUUAUAGGUACUCGGCUUCUGGCUAAUAGAUAGUUCCCAUGUGUAAUAAUAAUAAUAAUAAUAAUAAUAAUAAUAAUUAAAUAAAUAAAUAAAUAUUUAUACCCCGCCCAUCUGGCUGGGUUUCCCCAGCCACUCUGGAUGGCUUCCACUGAAUAUUAAAAACAAUACAGCAUCAGACAUUAAAAACUUCCCUUUUAGGGCCGCCUUCAGUUGUCUUUUAAAAGUAAAAUAGUUGUUUAUUGCCCUGACAUCUGCUGGGAGGGCAUUCCACAGGGCAGGCGCCACUACCGAGAAGGCCCUCUGCCUGGUUCCCUGUAACCUCACUUCUCAUAGUGAGGGAACCACCAGAAAGCCCUUGGUGCUGGACCUCAGUGUCCGGGCUGGAUGAUGGGGGUGGAAAUGCUCCUUUAGGUAUAUAGGACUGAGGCCAUUUAGGGCUUUAAAUAUGUAGUAUUCAUGUAGUAUUCAUAUUUCCCUAUAUGCAAUCAUUGGGUGGAUUUACUGUUUUUUGCUAAUAUGUAUUUUGUGUUUUUAUGUUGUAAACCACUCUGUGUUUUUCGGAUGAAAGGCAGCAUAUGAAUUUAAUAACCAAUACAAUAAAAAAUAAUAAUAAGGGGUGCCAUCUCAGGGCAAUCUGUUGAUACUUCUGGUCACAAUGAAUCCUGCCUAUGGUGGCUUUCAGGUUAAAAAUGGAGGUUAAUGUUGUUUGGCACUAGCCUUUUUUAAAAUCUGUCUAGUUUGUGUCAACGUAUCUGGGAGCUAUUUUUUAAAAAAAACAAAUGAGGGUUCCUGAUUAGUUUUUAAUGUUAUAUCUGUAGUUUUUAUGGCAUGCUGUGAAUGGUCUAGCCCAGGGACCCCCAAACUUGGCCCUCCAUCUGUUUUGGGACUACAACUCCCAUCAUCCCUAGCUAACAGGACCAGUGGUCAGGGAUGAUGGGUGUGAUGGCCUGGGAAUCCGAUUCAGAGGCUGAACCGGAGGAACCCCAGUCUGCACAGGAGUCCCCGGCUUCAGGGCCGGCUGAGCUGGGGCAGGGCCUUGGAUCUGAAGCGCCUGCACCUAUGCCAGAUCCUCAGGAGCAGGCACCAGCUGAUUCCACUCUGGCUCCGGAGGUGAUUGAGGACACAGUGCCUACAGGUGCGCCUCUCCCAGCCCUGUCAGGGGAAGGUGAGUCUCCCCCUGGGUCCAGUAACCCUCCAGCCUCUCCUGAGCUGCAGAGGCUCAGGGCAGAGAGGCGGAGGGAACUGGUUUCUCCCAGGAGGAGUGCUCGCCUUAAGGCCAGGAGAGGCGGGUCUCCUGGGGGCCGGGACCGCCCCUGGCCUCAGAGAAGAUAAAGGCCAGUCAGCCCGGUCCCAGGUUGCGGGAGCAACGUCGUUGAAUACCUGCUUCUGCCCGGACCCAGACCUGUCCUUCCAGAGUUCCCGUCCCCGCCCGGCUUCCUGCUUCGGACCCCGCCUCGCUCUUUGUGAACUGUUUCCAGACUCGUGACCCAGGACCGGACUUUGACCACGCCAACGGUAACCUUCCCCCCAGGACCAGCACAAUGGGGAUUGUAGUCCCAAAACAGCUGGAGGGCCAAGUUUGGGGAUGCUUGUUCUAGCCAGUGUUUCUCAAACUUGGGUUCCCAACUGUUGUUGGACCACAGCUGCCAUCAUUCCUAGGUAACAAGACCUGGGCUUGGGGCUGAUGGGAGUUGUAGUCCAACAACAGCUGGGGACCCAAAGUUUGGUCUAGAAUAGAUAAUGGACAGCCAACUUCUUGAGCCCAUUUCUCAGGACAUGUUCCCUUGGCUAAGCUGAUCUGAGACUGGAUUCCACCAACCAAGAUGUCACAGCAUCUUCAGGGACGAUAACACAUAUUCCCAUCCCCCUGACAAUACUCAAUAAGUUGACAGUUAACAGAAAAUGGUGAUUUAGCCAACCAAUAUUCUGAGUGCUUUUUAUCUGAUGAAGAUGAGUCAUGGCAGAGGUAUGGCUACUUGCUGGCCAUUACGGCAGUGUAUUGAACUGCUGAUCUUUAUAAAACAACUAAUCAAGAUUGGGGGGGGGGGGAAUUGCCUAGCCUAAUGAAAAUCCAGCGCAAGAAUUAAAAGGAAUUGGCGAGGAAUGUGCUUUUAGCUUUCUUUUGCCUAAUUAUUUACAACCAGCAUGUUGGGUUGUAUUCAAGUAACUUUUAUUCAGAGUAUACCCUAUGAAAUUAAGGGUUGCUCAGAUGGGAUUUAUAGUUCAUUAUCUGGAGAGCACCGUGUUGGCUGUUCCUGGAUUAAGAAGAUUAAAAGAGUACAGGAAUUGUAUGUUGAGUCCCUCAUUUAGGGCAUAACUUUUUAUGCCUAUAGAAAGCGUAGCAUGCAUAUAUAUAUGUGUGUGUGUGUGUGUGUGUGUUUAGUCGUUUAGUCGUGUCUGACUCUUCGUGACCCCAUGGACCAGAGCACGCCAGGCACUCCUGUCUUCAUAUAUAUAUAUAUAUAUAUAUAUAUAUGUACACACACACACACACACACAUAUAUAUAUAUAUAUAUAUAUAUAUAUACAUACACACACACACACAUAUAUAUAUAUAUAUAUAUAUAUAUAUAUAUAUAUAUAUUAUCACACACAUAUACAUAUGCAUAUAUAUACACACACACAACAGUCUGUGUGUUUGUGCUACUAUACUGAUAAUCUUAUCCUCUUAUCCUAUUUAAGUUAUGAGAUACCAUAGAAAAAAUAAAAUCUUGACCAAGGUAACUAACGUACUUUUUUUGAAUAUAAUUUGUGUCAGACCUUACGCACUGCCAGUCAAACCUUGUGGAACUCAGUAAAAUUCUUCAAAACUUAGAAAUACUUCAGAGGACUCAGUCAGCUCCAAAUUUCACGGAUAUGCAGGUAAGCAAGUUUUGAAUUCCAAAUUUUUAAAAAAUGAUGAUGUGUUUUGUUAUAGAAAACCUGGUUCCUAGAGGAAACCAACUGUCAGCCUGCAAAAUUUAGAAACUCUCUAGUCAAUUAUGAAAUAUCGAAGCAUGGGCAGAAUAACUUGUUGCUAUAAUCCAGUUCUGUGAGGAUUGUAAAUACAGCAACCAAUACAAUUUUUCAUAACCUUUGUUCCAGUAAUUUAAUAUUCAGUUUGUUUUUGUUUCGUAUUACUGAGUGUCAUAUGGAAGCAAGGAUACUUUCACUGAAUUUAGGCAGAAAAGUCUAAAGUAAAUGACUUUAGAAUUGUAUCCCAAAGUUAGUUUGCUUUUAAAUUUGUUUUAAAAUAACACAUUGCUUGCUUUUUAUGGAGAGCCAGAGUUAGCAUUCUUACCAUAUUUUUAUUUGCUGAAAACUAACACCAAGAUUCUUGUUACUAACUUUUCCAGUAUUGUCUCUGUCGGUUGGUUGUAUGUGCUUUUAACACAGUGCUUUGUUGCUUUUAACUAUUUCAUGACGUAGGCUAAUUGUGUAGAUAAGAAGGACAAGCGUGUCACAAGAAGAUGGAGAACAAAAAGCGUCAGCAAAGAUGCUAAAAUACAGCUCCAGGUACUGCGUUCAUGUUUUCAAUUUUCACCAGAGUUUUAGAUAAAAGACGCUUCUCUGAAUUGUUGAAGCACUGGCCUUUUCAUUCUUGAAAGUUUUUCUUGAAAUAUUUUCUGGAAGGAGAAACCAGUGAUUUAACAAAAGGGUACACUUGGCAAAUCAAGCUUUUUGUAGGUAAUGUAGCACCCUCAAACAAUUUGUGCUUGUUUCUGUGCUUUACAUUUUUUGUGUCACUGGUAGUAACGUCUGUUGUCUGAAGUGCUAACUAGAUGCAGAGUGUUUUGUGCAACAAACUUUCGGUUUUUUCCCCUUUUUUGCAGUGGAGGGUCCAUGUUUGCUGAAUCAAGGGUUCAGUUUUAGCAGACUUUAUUCUUUUAAAAGUCAGCCAGUUUCUUUCUCUCGCUCUCUCGCUCUCUCGCUCUCUCUCUCCCUCUCUUCCUCCCCACCCCUUUUUCUCUGAGCUGUAAUGAAAGAGUGACUCAUUGAGAGGAAAUUUCCAGAGAAUGUUCCAAAGUCUCAGAAAUUCUAAAGCAACGGUGGGGAACCUGCCGCCCUCCAUAUGUUACCGGACUACAGUUUCCAUCCUCCCAACGAAAUCCCCACCUCAGGUCUAAAGCCCCAGAAGCUGGUCAGUCUGCCUUCUGACCAUCCUUCCUUUUCAAAUAAUUUUCUCACAUAGAGGCUUUAAUCCAGAGGUGUGUGCAAAUGACCCUCAAACUCUUGGAUUGCUUUAGAAGUUAUGACGCAAAGUUUUGCACAGGCAGUCAGUAGUCAGGUUCAUUGCUUUCCAAUGCAACCAGAAAAGAACACAAGAGGUUAUAAGAAGAAGAGGGGCUGCAACAUUUUAAAACUGCAUUUUCCAUGUUGUAAAGUUUGCAACUCUUGGUAUGUUUAUCUAUAAUUUAGUGCCAUUUUUUUUAAAAGAGAAUUUGUAGUUUUCAUUAGUUCUUAAUAGAUCCUUGUGAGAUUCACAUGCUGCUAGAGUUUUAAAAUAUUCUCUCUCUCUCUCUCUCUCUCUCUCUCUCUUAAAGAAGGAACACUGAUAAUUUGAAGGAAGUGCAGAUUGGUCAGAAAAGCUUGCAGUCAAAUUUAAAUUUCCUUAUCUCUGCUCCAAGUCCUAUGUUAAUAGCUUCACGGGACCAUUCUGACGUGCUAAUGCUUGUUUUCAUGUUGAAUGAAAUUAUUUUAAAGGCCUGUUUAGCCUUAAAGAGAGGGAGGGCAGCAAAGGCCUUGGAAAGCCACGUGAAAACAAAAUCAUAUUGGUAUAUUCAGCCUGUGAACAUAUUGCUCUCUGUUACAUCUGGUGUUCUGUUUCCCAUGUAUGGCUCACAAGAAUCGAAAGAGAAGCUCCUGGUUAUAAUUGAGAGCCUAGUUAAACUGAACUUCUGAACCCAGGAGAGAGUGAAUGAGUCUGUGGCUCUUCCAUGCUCUUACCUCUUCUUCCUGCCCUGUUCUUGGAUAAAAAGGACUACCUGAUCCUGUACAUUAUCAGCUUUACCUGUACCUAGGAUAUCCCAGAACUCCUGUCUGUUCACUUCUUUUAAUUCAGUUCAGUUAAUUCACUUUAGUUUCAGUUAAUUCACUUUAAUUCACUUCAGUUAAUUUAACUGACAAAGUAAAGCUAGGAGGAUCAGGAGGUUUUUGCAUGCCUAAGAUUUGCUCCCUCCUCCAGGACUGAGAAAAGAAUAUCUCAUACAAAGCCCUGAGCAAGCCUGAAAAAGGGAAGGUUUUCAGAGCUUGCCAGCAGAGGUGGGAGUUGUGGUACAUACUUUGUCCCCCAUCUUCAGUUGCCCGUGGAUAUAUAUAGUUGUGUAGUUGCCUUCAAGAAAACCACUCAAAAUGUUGUUUUUUUUAAAAAAGUUGGUUGUACCCUUGCGAAACUGCUUACUCUAGUGCCACUUGGAUUUUUUAAUGGCAUAUUGAAGGAGUGUUAUAAAUCACUUACUUCUUUUGGAAACUACAGCCUGCAGACAGUGAUUUAAAUAAGUGCUUGUCUGCCAUCCUUGACAUUGUUUUAGGAAUAAUGCAGAAUAUGUUGGAAUGAAUGAAUAGGUUGAUCAUUCAAAAAACAAAAAAACAGCAACGCAGAAGUAAAAGAAUGUUGAAUAGCUGGUCUGGGUGAAACUUGUAGCAUGAAAUCCAGAACAGAUUGCAGUCUCAGGUGGCAUAAAGUUUUAUGCAGAGAAAUACUUAGUUGCCAAACACCUUUAGUUAGCUUACAACGUCUAGUAGACCUGCAUUCUGAGAGAACAGCAUUCUGGGUGAUUUCCGCUACAUUGUGUAGUGUAAUUGAACCGUAUCCAAAUUUUGGAUUUUUGUCGUCUUUUCAUCCCAUAGCCUCCUGGUUUGUUUUUUUAUUUACAUGCCAAAUAACAUGCAUACAUUAUGGACAUGCAGUUGUAGUUCACAACUAUCAAAUGCUACCAGUAACUUUUUAAUAGCCAAUUAUUCUUAAUGUAUCUUGCACGUGUGUGAAUAAGAAAAGCGUAGGCCCUAAAUUCAACACAAAGUGAUUGCAGUGGCCUUAAGUGAGCAUCGCUUUUGUGCUGGAUUUAGACCACACUAUUUGAUGCCAAAAGGUUUUCUGCUUCUUACUAUUAGGACCAAUUACUUUCCACCUGUUUGCAAAAGAAGAGUUGUCACAUUAUAGCAGCUGGGUAAGUGGUGCUGCAACGGUUUGUUCAGUGGCUUCACCGUGUCCUCUAAUUGUCAGUCAGUCUGUGAUGAACUGAGUUAGAAACCUACUCUGUGCAGCUUAUCAUGGGGCUAACUGGGGAUGAGGUACACAUAGCGGAACAACUUGGUGACUCCCUUUUCCUCAGUUGCACUGCAGAUUGGCCCUUGGUAGAAGUAAAACAGUUAGAAGAACGUCCUCCUCUUUUUCUCUGACUGUCUUUCCUGAGUUCCCAUCAUCCUUUUCCCCUUCUUUCUGCUUCCCUGUUCUUUUCCCGUUCACUGUCAGGAAGGGACAGCACUGAAAAGCCAGUUCAGUACCGCACGGCGUCGCCAGAGACUAGCAGAUGCAGUGGCUACAACAGUGAGUGGAUUUAACAGUCAAGGCGCAUAGAAGCUUUAAAGAUGGGAAGCUGCAGACAUUGAUGUAGAUGUGCUAAGCUGCGUCACUACUUCUUUAAGUGUUUGUGGGCUCACAAACCGUCUAACUUGUGCAUGUUUACAGUGCAACCAAGUAAAAAGGGGGGGGGGAUUGUAUAAAAUCUAGCCAAACUUAAGCUCUUUCAGGUCUAAAUGAUUCCAGCUUAAAAUGUGUAUGUUUAGCUGUAUGUUUGGUGUGUAACCAUUUUGGACAGUGCUCCCUUAGCCAAAGUCUGGUUUUUGGUUGUUUUGUUUUUGUAUGCAUGGUGCACUUUGCUAUGAGCAAAAGAGUGAAAAGGAGUUCUCUUUGGUAGCAUGUCUUCACUGUUGAUUAAAAGCAGUCUUGCUGCUGCUUUUUCAUGGUGUGAUUAUUUUUGGAUCCUUUACUCAGAGAACUCUGAAAAAACAAUAGCAUACCAAUAACUCUGUUUAACCUGUUUGCACAUGCUUAUCUCUAUAUGCUGAGAUUAAUGACCAUCCAACCACUGUCCUUUAGCAUCUAGGUGUGGAGAAAGAGUGAGAAAUACCCAACAAUUGGCCUCCCCAUUUCUUGUCCUUAGCAGAGGGGAAGGGGGAGGAUAGGAGCAGCCAAUGAGAAUUUGGGGUUUGAGGGAAAUGGCUGCCCCAUAUCAAUGCAGUGUGCAAGAGGAAAUGAGAGCUUUAAUUAAAUUCUAUUUAAUUAUUUUACUUAAGCUAUUUUGGGGAACACUUCUGGAUCAAAAGGUGGGGUAGAAAUAAUCAAACAAAUAAAAUAUGCAUAACAGGAGGCACCGUGUAUAUAAAAAAGGAUGGACUUUGGCAGAGAAAUGAUACACAAGAAGCCAUGCUAGGUGAUGUCAGAGCCUGACUUUAUCCUGUUAGUAUACUUGUUUAUACUUAUUUAGAAUAAAAUUUCUAACUAGCUUUCUGACUCCAUAUGGAGGUGUCCAAAAUGGCUGACAGCAAAUAUUUUAAAAAAGAAUAAAAUAACAAACCAACAAUAAUAAAAAUAUCAAAGUAUGACAUAUGCUUAUACUAUGCAGUAUAACUAGGAAAGUGAUUGUAUAUGUUUAAGGUUCUAAUGCUCAUUUGAGAGGUUUUUAAAAAAAAAAAAAACACUCAGAGGGUCUUACUUAUGAGUAAAGAUUCUUAGACUGGAAGAAUCUUUGCAUUGUAAUUCUAUUAAGUGACUGUUUUAAUCAAGAAAGCAGAAGAGAAGUAGUUACCAGGUCCAUAAAUAAAUUCAAUCAUGCUGUAUUGCAUUGCAUUAGUUUUAUUUAUGUUCCAUAAUCUCAAAAAGUCAUAUUACUGCCACACCAAUUGUAUUUUACUUUGUUUUGUUUUUUUAAAGCAGUUAGACUUUCGGUGGAAGAAAAAUUUAAGUAAAUAAAUCAAAGUGUGUAUUAUGUGGCUUCUUUGAAGAGUUGGAAUAGCAGAAUGUUCACCUAAUUCAGUAGUUCAAAUGAAAGUAGACGUAUUUACUUCCACCUACGGUAACAUGAUUGCGUAAGGUUGACACAAUGAAUCUGAUUUGUCAGGAAAUGAGGAUACCUGAGAGCUGGCUAGCAAGAGGUCCUUGAUAUUUCAUAGAAAUAACAAAUUGCCACUCAAGCCAAAUUGCACGUUGAUGGAAAGUGAUGUUAAUAUUCAAGGGAUGAACGCAUUUAUUUUAAUUUACCACCCACCCUUCGCAUACUAUGCCAGGAUAACAUUCAGAUAAAUGAAUAAAACAGUACAAUAAAAUGAUAUAACCACCACCGCCCCAGCAACACUCAAGCCAUAAACCACACUGAAUCAUAACCAACUCUUAAAACCAUCUGUUGAAUAUGCUUGGAUGUCUGGACAAAUUAAAAAUGUCUCUGCCUGGUGCCAGAAAUAUAUCAGAGUUGGCUUCAGGCAAUGUUUCCACGGGAAGAACAUCCCCAAUAUAUGGCAUUAGAACUACGAAGGGCCCUUCUCCAAUCACUAAACUCAACUUCCGUUGGCAGUAGGACUUGGGGGACAGCCUCUGGUGAAAAAAGCAAGCUUCAGGCAAUCUUGUGGGGUAGAAAGUGUGUGGUUCUUUGGGUAACCAGGCCAAUUUAGGGCUUUAUAGGUAACAACCAACGCUUCAAUUGAGCCCAGAAUCACAUACCAGUGGUCAUUUAGAGGGGAGUGUUAAUACUAGAGAUAAACCAGCUUUUCAGGGGUGAAUGUGCAUAUUAAUCUACAACUGUGCUACUUUAAAAAAAAAUGAAACAGAUUAUCAGAGCAGGCUACUGCACCAAGCCAAAAAUGCUAUGAUCAUCUACCUGAAAAUGGAGCUUGUGAAAGAUGGGGAACAAACGAGAAAAUGAGUGUAGAGGCGGAAGCAGAGCUGAACGGUACACCUGGGAAGCAUUCUUUAGGUGGAUAGGUAAUGUGGAGUAGGAGAUUAAGGCGGUAACAGUAGCUUUAAGGUAUCCCCUGGGUGAGCAGAUAAUGGCUGUGCAAGACAACAUUGUAGUGGAUCCACUUUGAGAUGGGGGCGGGGGGAAAUAGCCGAAUAGCUGAUGGUUAUGGAAGGCAGUGCUGCAACAGAGAAAGGUGCAACCAUGUUGUGAAUGGCAAGCAUGCACUUAAUACCACACAUACAUAUGUGUGCACCCUAAAAUUAUAAUAUGUGUAUCUUCCAGGCCUACUGGAGCCAAGGUUUGAAAGUAUAAGGUGUGGUGAACCACUGGCCUUCCGGAUGUUGUUGAAUUGUAACUCCCAUCAUCCCUGACCGUUGGCCAUGCUUGCUGGGGCUUAUGGGAGUUGUAGUUUAGUAACAUCUGGAGGGCCACACCUGUGAUUCACAGCAUCUAUAUUCAGUUGAUCGAAUCUUUGCUUAACAAGCUGAGAUCUAAAACUAAGACUCCUGCAUGUCACGUGAGCCGAGAAACAAGCCAGGAAGCCCCAGUUAACCAGGGAACCAGAGCUUUUUAUGUCCAGACUGGGAAACCAUGCUUAAUGGUUUCCAAAUGAAACAUGAUAUGAUUUAAAGUUAACUUAAGCCAAGAUUUGAUUGUCCAAAUACUGCCAGCAUUGUAUAUUUCUCACAUACUUUUUUUACCUAUUUCUUUCCAAAUUUGGUGUUGAAUUUAAUUGUCAAAAUCUUUUGGCCUCUAUUUUAAGUCCCAAUUUACCACAUUAACUCUUGGAUUUAAAGCAAUUGCGUAAUGCUCUCUAGCCACAUCCUCAUUCCAGAUGUUUGGUCUAAUUUCUAGAUGCUGUACCAAAAAAAAUCAUUUGCCUCUGCCUCUCAUGGUUGGAAGGGAGGUUACUAUGGUAAUCUGAAUGACUAACGUAGUAUUUGGGCUUUGCUUUUUUGUUAAAUAUUUGGAGGUAAAGCAAUCUAUAUAUCCCCUGAACAUGGACCAUCAUUAUUAAAUAAAAAUGAGGCACCAAUAGCCUCUUCCUCAUGUGAUUAAGUUCGUUUCAGGUGUUCCAAUAUUUGCAUUCAUUCAUUUUUGAAAAUUCAUGUACACUAGCUGGAGGCUAAUGUGCCUCUUAGAUGUGUGUACGCGCUUUGUUGACAAACGAGAACUUUCCUGGUUUUUCAUCCUACCCACACAUCCUUGAGUAACAUAGAAUGCCACUUUCAAAGUUUCUUUCAGCAUGGGGAGCAAAUGGCUGACUAGCAGCAAGUGCUUCCUUUACAGAAGGACCUGCAACAGCUCCUCCUACCACCCAUUUGCAUCCUGGGUAUUGGCAGCCAGUGUACACUAAAUUAGAAUCUUGCAUUUGGAGCAGAAAUAUUUCUGUUUGCCCUUCUUUUUAUAGAACCCCCCCAGGGAUCAAAUGCAUGAGCUUCCUUAGUCUUUGCCUCCUUCUGCACCACUCUCAGCAGAGUUAUUCAUGCAAUGAUGGCAGCUGCUUCCUCAGAUUCCACUUCCACCUUGAGAGAACAGCAUACCUUCUGUGACCUUAGCUUUCCAUCUUAUGAGUGCCUUCCCUUGCACACUGGCUUAUAGAGUUGGUCUUUCAGAAACAGCCACUUUAAAAGACUGAAAGUAGAUUAAGAUUUCCCUUCCUAGUUUAUCUCUAGGUUCUCCCUUGAGCUUUUUUUCCUCACAGUUUAUAGCUCGAUCAGCUCCUAGGUUGCUGCUGUUUGGUUUCAGCCAUAAUAAUGAAUGGUGCUAUCCAAUUGUGUUCUCCUGCCUGUGCAACAGACUUCUGUUUGUGCGAGCAAGACUUCCUCUUCCUUUUCUGCACACCCUCAAAAUGUGUUCUAGAGGGUUGGGGACCCUCUGGAGCAGAUUUGGGCUGCAGUAUGGAGGAUAUGAUGGGGGAUAUCCCAUCCUUUGGCAUGACCUUGGAUCUCAUCUGAAAAGGGCAAAGUUACAAACUUGAAGGAAGUGAUCAAUAAUUGAGAUCAAAGCUUGUUUGCCAAAAGAAGGCUAUUCUAAGGAAUUGUUAAAGACAGAAUUUUAGUUUAGUAUGACAUCUAAUUGUAAUGCAAGGAUAUUGUGUUCCUGUGGUAAUACUGUAAGUUCCCCUGGGAAAGGAAAACACUCCUUUUGAUUGUUGUUUAAACAACCAACAAACAAACAAAAAAAAGGGAGGAGGCAUUCCAUUUUUUCCAAUCUAAAUUUAACUCAGGUUCAAAGUUAGUGUUUUUCAUAUAGCUGAAUGGAAGAAAUGUAUCAACAUACAGUAAAGUUCCAAUGUUAAGAGACUGGGUAGCAGAAGAAGAGCUGCAAUAAAUAUGUGGGCAGAAUAGGAUGUCUAAUCUCUCAAAAAUACAUUUCAACUGAUGAAUUAAAACUUUACAUUAUAUACUGUGCAAGUCCAGGUUCCUGAAAGAACUGGAGAAAAUUGUAUUCCAAGAAGUUCCUACUGGUUAGGGCCAAUGAAUCCAUUGUCUGUUGAAAUGUAAAGUAAUAUGACUUUUUAUGCCGGUCCUGUUGAGAAUAUUUCAAAAGCAUGUAAUAUAUUUUGUAACACCCCCCCCCCCCAAGAAAUUGACAUUUAAAUUACAUGAACUAUUUGGACAACAAUGUAAUUUAAUAUUUGACUUUAUAUUCAAGUGCUGAAUUGGGUUGCAAGUUCGGUCACAAAAAUGCUUGAACAUUGGGCUGCGGAAUGCACCUAAGGCUGAAUGCAUUUUGUCUUGCAUGUCAUCACUGAAUAGUUAAUAUAUUAUUUUUAAAAAGCACUACAGAUGUGUGCAUGAUGCUUAUAUGUUUGUGUGUAUUCUGUGUAACAAAAAAAAGCAAUGUGAGAAAACACACACAUAUAUAUACAAACAUAUUUCUUAGAAGGAAAUGAAAAGUGGAGGUGGUACAAUAAAUUGUGUCUUGAAGACAUGAUUCAAGAUUGUUUCUCUGCGUUGUAUAUUCACAGUGUCUUUUUGUGCAAUGUGUAGAUAAAUACAACAAAUUAAAUUGACAUUCUACAUUAAAAGACAGGCACUCAAUGCAUCUAACUUCACAUUUUGUGAUUUGUAGAUGUACUAAUGCCAUAUAUUAUAUAUCCAUUUCCCGAUUUACCAGCACUUUCAUAAAUCUGUUCAUAAUUCUUCUUUGGCGAUGUUUAGCCAUGUUUUAAGUAUGCUGGAGAAAAUAGUACUGUUCAAAUCUUCUUUUUCCCCCAGUAGCUGCUAAUACAUUAUUCAUACAUGUUUGGAAGGCCAGACUACAAAUUUAGUAAAGUUUUCUCUCCUAAAAUGCCUCCCUUCACUUUUCUGAUUUCCAGUGAAUCAGAAGACACUUGAAGCUCUGUUAUUUAAUGUCCCACACUGAAUAUUUGGUUGGUUGUGUUUGGCUUUACUUAGAAAGCACUGUUCCUUUUUUAUGUUACAAGCUGUAACUGCAAGUUUGAAUUGAAAUCCUAUUCGUCAUAAAUUAACGCUUAUAACACAUCAACAUUGAUUUCAGGGAAGGAGCAGAACUCCUGCUUUGAAGGAGAUUAAAAAGAUACCUCUUGGCAGCAGUGCCACGACUCAUAAAUAUUGAGCGCUAUGGUAAAGUGAGAAAAGUCUUACAGUGCUGUGCCAGAUGUCCUGUGGAAGAAAGAUACAGUCCCUUGUAUCUGUUGCUUUCCAAUUUAGGUUCCUUUCAGCGCUACAAUGUCUCCUGUUCGCCUGCAUUCAUCCAAUCCUAAUCUUUGUGCAGACAUCGAAUUUCAGUCUCCUCCAAGCCAUGCAUCUGACCCCCUGGAAAGCUCCACGGACUACCUGAAACUCCAAGAAGAGUUUUGCCUCAUGGCACAGAAAGGUAAUUGUAUGCGUAACAGCAGCAUCUCAGUGGAAAUAACCUUUGAUACAGAGUAGGCUAGCUUUGGGCCAAGGCAUUGUGUGUGUUGAUUGUUUCAUUUGGGAGAAACUGAAGCUAGCAUGUUAGCCAAAGGUUUCUCUCUUAUCCUGUUAAGUUUCGGAAGAUCCCUUGUGUUUUACUUUUCAACUAUUUCAGCUGUGCUUCUCACACAGAUUUUGCACACAGAUGCAGUUGCAAGGAAGCAAUUUCUUGCAGUACGGGUAUGAAUAUUGCAAGUUUGCAAGGUGAUGGCUUGCAAAAAAAUUUCACCUGAUCAGCACCCACUUGCUAUGCCAUGUUUUAAAAUUCUAGCCGAAGAUGUACAAGUUGUUGGCUCUUAUAGUCUGAGUCUAAAAAUAAAGACACCCCCCCCCAAUUUUUUUUGCACUGAACCCUUUGAAUUAUCACAGUGAUAAAUGACAGGAAAAAUGGCCUGCCCUUCAGAAGUUUGGGGAAUCAUGUAGCAUGGAGAUAUGCUUUAAAGAGCAGAAUAGAAAUAUGCUUGACCUGAGUGACUCAUCCCCCCCUUCCCCCUAUUUUGCAGGGUGUGUGAAAAUACCCUGAAUAUUUGAGAAGUAGCCGUAGUUGAUGAGAGAAAAAUAGACUAAACUGAUUUUGCACUCUGUGAGGAAUAAUGGCACCGUAGGCUCCACUGUGUACAUGAGGACAAAACUCCAGCCAUGGCUAAUGGCCGUUUUUUAUACGUGGUUAUUCAAAGUAGGGCAUAUGGAAGUUUGGAAGUGAUAGGCUCGGCCCUGCAAAAUCUGCAUCUUGUUUCUGUAGCAUUGGGAAUUGCACUGUUCAAAAUGUUUGCUGAUACAUAUUUUUUGUAAGUUGCAUGCAGAGGCCUGUGGUGUAUACCAGAGACAAUUCUGUUUUCUCCCCAGUACAUUCUCUUCUGAAGUCUGCCUUCAACAGCAUAGCGAUAGAGAAGGAGAAACUUAAGCAGAUGGUUUCAGAACAUGAUUUCGCUGGACACAAUACACAGAUAACCUGUCUCAGGCAAUCCCUCUCACAGGUAUGAUCUUACAUGGCUAUUUGCUACGUUUUCAGAUGGUUGGUUUUGGAAAUACCGUGAUUUGUAACUGUUGUUUGCCACAGGUGGUAAAUGCUAUUUGUGGCAUUGCUUUCCAUAAAUGCCAGAUAACUCUCUAAAAACAAGUGACAAAAUCAAAUGUUACGAUACUGAUAAAUUCCUGUCCUGAUCUACCCUAUACUUUCAAACAUAAUGGGGUUAGGGAUUAUGAAGAAGAAGAAGAAAAAUACAGAUAAAGGCAACUUCUUGUCCCGAUACUAGGGUUUGUUUUUUAUUCAUUUAUAGUUUUAAAAUACAAAAACCCCCCAAGACCACAACCCAGAUAAAUAUAGAAAUAAAGCGUGGGAUGGUAUGCAAAAUUGUACACUGUUAAUAUCACAUUACAUUUUGAAUUAUUUUGUUCAAUACAGGGUAUAAUAUAGGUUGAGGAGUCCAGUGUUGCAUAAUCACAAAGAAACUAGCCUGUGGAUGCUGGUUCUGUUAGGAAAACUUUAAUCAAAUAAAAGAUAACUUGUUUUUCCCACUUCAGGUUCAGUUCAUCUUCAAGUAUUUGUAUGUUCCUUCUAUUGCAUCACUUGCAUGUCUAUAGCUGUAAAAUUGAGCCUGCAGUGGGACUAACUUUAUGGCCUUGGGACCCCAAGUAGUAUUCUAAUUCUCAUUUCAGCAAAACUGGAUACAUUAAUGUUGGAGCGGCAGUAUCCUGCGUGCUUGCCAUCUUUGAGCUUGCCUCAUCUUACAAUAAAAUCUACAUCCACCCACCCCAGUUAUGCAUUAUGUUCAAUGAAGGAAAGCGAGGCUAAUCUCAUUGAUCUACCCUGGUAGCUUUAUCCAGUUUUGUCCAUACGUAUGUACACAAACACACAAGAUAAUUUCACAAUUUUCAGUUCAGCUAACCAGACAAAACUCAGUUCAGUCUUUGAAGAACUGCGCUUCUACCCAGUUUGCUUUCACUAUAAAGCUUCAUUGAGCUAAGGAUUUAUGCACUAGAGUAUAACUGAGGACUGCAGCAUCAGUUGAACUGCUUCACUUAACCAGGAUAAUGGUAUUCUGUUGUUUAACCUCUGUUCUGUCAUCUUGCUCUCAGCAGGGUUCUGCUUCAUACAAUGUCGCCACCUUUUCUUGUUAUGUCACCUAAUACCACGCUUAGUCUAUGGUCUCCUUCAGCUGUCCUCUUUUUCUAUGGUCUCCUUCGGUAUCCAGAAUAGAUAUUUUUCUCUAUGUUGCGAAAAGAUAGGCAGAGAACAAGUGGGGGAAGACAGCAGCUCAUUGUAUUCUUGAGUCCAUUUGGAUUCUAUUCUCUUGUCUUCUGUCUCUGUUUUAUCUGCACAAGUGGCACUUUCUUUGGAGAGGACAGCUGCCAAUAUACUCGUUUCUAAAGAACCAGGAACAUUGUCCUGUGCAAAUUAAUAGUAGUAGUGCCGUGUGUUUGCAAGGUUUUCGUAAUGAGAAUUGAAUUAAAAUCUUGAAAUGGCCAAACUAUUUUGCCCCUUUUAUUGUGCUUUAGCCAAGAACUUAUUGUGCAAAGCAUGCAUUUUUGUUUCCAGUGUAGGAUCCACUGGAUUCCCAAGAAUUAUAGCCUUCUCUUCAUAUGAGUAGCUUAUUUUCUGUAGAACUUAAAAUCUCUGAGAUUAGAAAAAGUAGCUUCCAGUUAGCACAUCAAAUGUUCAUUCCUUACAAGUCUGUGUGUGUUUGUGCGCGUGUCUUUCACAGUCUCAGCUUCUUUGCACCUCCAGUACUGCUUUCCAAAAUCUCAUCAGUCCUUUUCCUGCUUUCUCACUGCUGUUGCUCCACAUUUUGCUGUUGCAGUACUUAAAUUAGUACGGGUAGUGCUGUCUAAAUUAAAGAGGUACAAAAUUCAUACCUAAUGAAUUAAACUUGACUGGCUUUUUAAAAUAAUCAAAUUAAAUAUUAAAUAAUAUGGACAUUUUGCAUACUUUACCUCAUUUGCCGCAAACCUGCAGAGCUUAGACUUUCUGUGUUGCAGUACUUUCUUUUUGACUCGCGGCAAACGAAUGCAGUUUAGUUGAUUAAUUACUUUGUUUGCUUCUUCCUGCCUGUUUGCAUAAGGGUUGGUGACUAUUUGCCCAGUUUUGUUAGACUGCAGGGGAUGUAGGUAGUCGCCAGUCAAAGCAGAAAGCAGAUAGGAACAGGACCUUGGACAGUUCCUAGGGGUGCUGCUAAGACAGCUACAGAGAUAAAGCUGUUACCCCUUCAAGGAACUAGUGCCAGCUGAUCAAAUCUAGUGUCCCAGCUUCCACCUUCCUGGAGAAUCUGGCUGAAUAAGGCUCUUGCCUUAUUUUGCAGAAUUUGACUUCUGCAUGACUGGAGGGGAAAAAAUGGUAUGCAGAGGAGUCAUCCUCUGAUUAAGACCAUGGUAGAGAACUCUGUUUUAUUGCUAUGUUCUAUAGAGCAGGCAUUUUCAAUUUUUCUGACCCAGGAUUCACUUUUAAUCCAAACAUGCAAAUGGGGACCCAUUUCUUAACCUUUUAGUGUGCAUUUGUGUGCUGGUAACGCUCUUGUGGCAAACCACCAGUUGAAGACCAAUGCUCCAGAGGUUCUCUUUCUGAUGAAAUAUAAUUAUUAUUUGUACCCCACCCAUCUGGCUGGGUUUCCCCAGCCACUCUGAUCAGAUCUAGCCUGAACCUCAUAUCCAUCUGAGUCCUCCAUUGCCUGCUGUAGGUUAUGACAUGUUGGGAAGUGUAAACUAUUUCUGCUCCUCUAUUACGUCUUCAUUUAUGUCAGUAAUAUGGGAUGAUAUACUAUGGACAAUAUCAGUGGUCUAAUGUUGAGAUGCUAAAGGAUUAUAAGAAUGACCCAUUAACGUAUCAGUAUUGUUUAUGCUGUGUGAGCUGCACAGAGCAUUCAAGAGGAUAGACUGGUCUUGUUGGGUGACCUUAAAUAAAUGUAAAGGCUGAAUCAUGCUUAUUGAAUUCAGAAGCAAAUACAACAGCUUCAUUGGCGAAACAUACAAUCAUUUGCUGUGAAUGGUGCUUGUCUUCCAAAUAAUCAGGUUCCCCUGAAGCAAACACAACUAGGGUUUCUUCUUUCAUUGUCUUAUAGAAUCCUUCAAAGCAAGGAAAGGCUAAAGGUGUGUCUACUUUUCUGGCAGCCCAGUCCCAUGCAUAUUUAGACAAUAAGUCCCACCAAGUAGCUUACUCCAAAGCAAAGGUGUCGGGAUUGUAAUCUUGGGACCAAACUCAAGGAGAUGUAGGAGCAGUUCCCACUUAAAAAACAACAACAUUGAAGUGUCACUAUGGAUGAGCUGUACAUUUGAUUGGAAGAGAAAGGAGGGGUUUAUAAUCCUUUCUCCAUGUUCCUUUCUCACCAGGUAAAAUGAUGUAGGAGCCUAAUAUCUUUUCAUUCACCGGUGGAAAAGAGGUUGCACAUUGGGUGGUAAUUUUGACUAGAAAAAUGUCUUGGAAGGAAAGGGCUAACCAACCCCUCUUCUCCACUACUAUUCGUAUCUUAUUCAUAGCUCCUCAUAUGUAUAAAUUUAAUUGAUCACAUUUAUUCCACCGCUUGCCUUUGGCCAUAAACUUGUUUAAAGUGAGGAGGGAUGCAGACCUCUAUCAAGGAAUCCUUAGUGUAAUCACCAAAUUAGCAGCCUUUUUUCUAUGGAAGAAAGCCAGAAUAGUUAAAUGAGUUUAAUUUGACUUAAGAUACCUAACCAGAACUGCUGGACAUAAUACUAAUGGUUGCAGGAAAAAAGUUAGUUGCUUAGAAGUACCAUCCAUAUAAUAUAACACUUUGGUUCUGGCCCGAAUAUAGGGUACAGCAGUGGUUUGACUCUGCUUUGUGCUGUCUUGUACAUUUGAAAUUAAAUAUUUAAUUUUUGUUAUUUUAAGGCUAUCAACCAGAAUGCUGAACUAAGGAGUCGCUUGAACAGAAUACAUUCAGAGUCUGUUAUUUGUGAUCAGGUUGUCAGUGUAAAUAUUAUCCCUAGUCCUGAUGAGGUAAGACUUUGUCAUUGCUCUAAUGGACUUACAGUAGUCAAAUCCCACUAAUUAUCACUAAUGACUAAAUCAUUCUCUUUGGCAAAGCUGGCAAGCAGUGGGUCAGUCUCUAUUCAGGAAAUUUUCCAGUAGCAUUCAUGAAAGUAAUGAGCUGUAGUAGUUCAUGUGAGAUUCCUUUUGGAAAUCUGAGAAGUGGAAGGUUUGUUGUUAGCAUUCAAAGAAUACGAAUUAGCCCUGUUUCUGGUGCAUUUGUAUUUAAGUAAGCAAGCAGCCAAGAAUCCAUAAGAAGAGCCUUGCUGGACCAGACUAGUUUAGUCAAACGGCCUUUUCCCCAUCGUGCACCACUAUUUCCUGGACUUGAGGGCAAUAAACCUCACCCACAGCCCAGCAACAGGUAUUUAGAGGCAGAUUGCAUCCGAUCCUAGGGUUGGCCUAUAGCCUUCCCAACUGGUAGCCUUCUCCUCUAUGACUUUUCUUCACCCCCUUAUAAUGCUGUCUGGCCUAGUGGCAAUCACCACAAAUCUUGAAGCAGCCAAUUUCAUAAGCUAACUAUGUGUGAUAUGAAGAAGGACUUCCUUUUGUUGCUUGGGAAAGUCUCACCAGUCAGAUUCAUUUAAUAACCUUGGGUUCUAGUGCUAUGAGAGAGGAAGAAAGUCUUCUGACUAUCCACCUUCUCCAUAUUGUGUAUAUUUUUUAAAUAAACUUUUCACUCAGCUUCCCCCCCCAAAAAAAACAUAGAAAGCCUAAAAAAAUUGUAAGCUUUCCUCACAGGGGAGCUGCUCCAGCUCUUAACAUUUGGGUUGGCCUUUACCAAUUCUACAGAAAAAUAAUAGAUUUUGUCUGAGGUGUCACAGCCAGAAUUGUACGCAGUAUUUCAAGUAUCACCAUGACAAAGAUUUGUGCAAAGGCAUUAUAGUAUUCACAUUUUUUUAAUUUUCAGACACUUUCUUAAUGAUCUCUUGCAUGAAUUUUUAGCUUUUUCAUAGCUGCUGCACACUGGGUCAGCAUUUUCAUGGCGCAAUCUGCUUCCACCCCAAGAUCUCUUUCCCAGCUCAGACACCAUCACUAUAUGUAGGAACUUCAGAUUUUUUUGCCACAAUGUUCAUCUCUUUGCAUUUAUUGACAUUGAACCACAUUUGCCAUUAUGUUACUCAUUCAACAUCUUGUAGACAUCCUUUUUGGAGUUCUUUUGCAAUCCAUUUUUCUUUAAAUCAUCUUCAAUAAUUUGGGAUAAUUGCAAACUUGGAAAGCUCAUUGCUCACUCCUAACUCCGGAUCAUCGAUGAACAAGUUGAAAAACACCAGUUCCAAUUUGAGUGGCAUUCCAACCUCUUGCAUCCCUCCAUUGUGAGAAUUACUCAUUUAUUCCUAAUCUCCAUCCCUGUUCUUCAAUAAGUUACCAAUCCUCACACUUCAAAUAUGGAAAGGUGGAAGGGAAAUACAUUAGUCCACGUGUACUGCCAUUGCUAAGAAUGCUAGUUAUUCUUAAUACUGCCUUGCUGAAAUAGAUUAACUGAAGUUAUAAUGAUUGCCCAGAAUUACAAGCCCUAUAACCAGUAGGAAAGCUUGUGUAGGGUCUGGUCCCCCUCUUUCCAAUCCUCCCUUAGCCACUGCUGAGCUCCAAAAUGCUGGAGAGUUCGGUUUCCAAGUGAGACAAAGCAGAUGUCAUUUAAACAUAUGAGGCACACCAUAAGAUAAUUCUUUCUGGUCCCACUGAACGCUCUGUAUUUGGUGAUAUUAAAGUUGCAGUGUCUCUUCACACACCCACACCCUUUUCCUUUAUUUUUCCACCAUUUACCAAUACCAUGUGCUUUUCCGAUGAAUCCCUUCUGCUUGGACAAAAAUGGAAAUUCCUUUCGGAGCCUCCUUCAUUUGAAGUCAGCUUUAUAGAAUAGAAAACUGGGUGAAGAAUCUUCAAAGUGUAUUUAUAUAGUCAGAUAUAAGUGUGUGAAGGGACGCGGGUGGCGCUGUGGGUAAAAGCCUCAGCGCCUAGGGCUUGCCGAUCGAAAGGUCGGCGGUUCGAAUCCCCGCGGCGGGGUGCGCUCCCGUCGCUCGGUCCCAGCGCCUGCCAACCUGGUUCGAAAGCACCCCCGGGUGCAAGUAGAUAAACAGGGACCGCUUACUAGCGGGAAGGUAAACGGCGUUUCCGUGUGCGGCUCUGGCUCGCCAGAGUAGCUUGUCAUGCUGGCCAUGUGACCCGGAAGUGUCUCCAGACAGCGCUGGCACCCGGCCUCUUAAGUGAGAUGGGCGCACAACCCUAGAGUCUGUCAAGACUGGCCCGUACGGGCAGGGGUACCUUUACCUUUUAUAAGUGUGUGAGGCUACUGUAUAAAAGUUGCUGAGUGCUACAAAGGCAGAGUGCCCUGAACCAUUCCUGGAGCUCCAGGGCUUCUAUAGCCACUGUCUUGUCUCUGUGUUAGUUGGAGUGACCAUCCCCACGGUGUGAGGCUCUUUCUUGUCCCAGUCUUAUAGUCGUAGCUUAUUAACUGUGCGUAAUGCAAGAGGAUGAGCUUUGCUACAGGAGGGGGCUAAGGGAGACGUGAGCUCCAGACCUGAACUAAGGAAAACAUUUACAUAUUUGAAAUUUGAAAUAGAAUCAUAUAAUUGUAGAGUUGGAAGGGUCUGCAAGGAUCAUCUAGCCUGCAAUGCAAGAAUCUUUCGCCCAAUGUGGGGCUUGAACUCACAACCCUGAGAUUAAGAGCCCUCAUGCUCUACCAACUGAGCUAUCCCUCAGGUAGUUAGUGGGUCAUUCCUUCUGAGGAAAUGGCACUGCACUGGAUUGGUAUUCAUUUGGGGUACAGUAGAAAAGUGUGGGUAAGGGAACCUGUUUGACUGAAGGCUAAAGUAAAGAACGCUUCAGAUAAAUAGAUAAGCUCCCUCCUAAUGACAAAGACAUGGGACGCGGGUGGCGCUGUGGUCUAAACCACUGAGCCUUGGGCCUGCCAAUCAAAAGGUCGGCGGUUCGAAUCCCACGAUGGGGUGAGCUCCCGUUGCUCGGUCCCAGCUCCUGCCACCCUAGCAGUUCGAAAGCACCCCAAAAAGUGCAAGUAGAUUAAUAGGUACCGCUCCAGCAGGAAGGUAAACGGCAUUUCCAUGCGCUGCUCUGGUGUUGGUGUUCCGUUGCCCCAGAAGCGGCUUAGUCAUGCAGGCCACAUAACCCAGAAAAACAAGAAGAACAUAUCAGCAGGCUUAUUUGCAGAAGCACAAAAAACCCACCCUUUUAAAAACCCUCUAAGACAAAACAAAACCCCUGCAAGCAAACAUAAAACAGCCUGGCGAACACUGAGCAUGUUCAGUAUCCACAAAAGGUAGAGACAGUUGCAAAAAAAACAACAAAAAACUAGGACGCAGUAGAAUGCUAGGUUGGGAAGGAAGGAAUGGUUCGAAACAGGAACAAGAACAUUCCUUUUAAUAGGGGAUGAUGAGCUGCAACAUUUUGCUGCAGGCCAUCCUGUGUAUGCGCAUACAUGCAAACAAACAAGAUCAGGCUUCAGGACAUGAGUGCAUUGUGCUAAAGCAGUCAUACAACAUGCCUGAAGCUGAAGUGUGUCAGGUGAGGGUUGGGCCUCCCUUCCCCAUCAAACACAAGGUAUCAUUUCAGUGCUGGAAGAUGCUGGGUUUUCCUGUAGCAGAGGAACAAUCUUGAGAGAAGGCAUUUCUCUCUGUCCCCUGCCACACAAAAAAAGAGUUACGAGAGUGCUAGCUGGAAAAUAAGUUGUUUGUGCUCCCCUUGCAAAAUGGCUUCUUUUCAACCUGAGCUCUCCGUUUGCUAGAGCUUAUUUUCUAAACCGGGAGGAAGGAGAGGCCAUGCAGGGAAUAAGCAGGGCAUCUGUCCAAUAAAAUAUAUUGAUUAGGCAUGCCCUUCCUUUUUCUCUGUUAUGUGUGGGCAUCUGGAGUUCAUAUGUGUGUGUUUUUCCCUUUUUGCAGGCAGGUGAACAGAUCCAUGUCAGUCUCCCACUCUCCCAGCAAGUUUCUAAUGAAAGCAGGCUCUCCAUGUCGGAAUCUGUCUCUGAGUUCUUCGAUGCGCAGGAGGUGCUUCUGUCUGCAAGCUCAUCAGAAAACGAGGUUAGGCAGUGAAAGCCUGAUUAUUUCUUCUGCUGUGCUCUAUAUAAUUAUAAUGCAUUUGGGAUCAAGUACCGAACUUUUGGGGACGCAGGUGGCACUGUGGGUUAAACCACAGAGCCUAGGACUUGCCAAUCAAAGGUCGGCGGUUCGAAUCCCCGUAACGGGGUGAGCUCCCGUUGCUCGGUCCCUGCUCCUGCCAACCUAGCAAUUCGAAAGCACCUCAAAGUGCAAGUAGAUAAAUAGCAGGAAGGUAAACGGUGUUUCUGUGCGCUGCUCUGGUUUUCCAGGAGCGGCUUAGUCAUGCUGGCCACAUGACCCAGAAGCUGUACGCCGGCUCCCUCGGUCAAUAAAGCAAGAUGAGUGCCACAACCCCAGAGUCGGCCACAACUGGACCUAAAGGUCAGGGGUCCCUUUACCUUUACCUUUACCGAACUUUUGAUCCUAAUUUGGAAGGCUUGGACAUGGACACAGCAGUCUCCUGGUUCAAAUCACAUCUCCACUAUGAGGUUAAGUUGUUGACCGUAGGCAAGACACUAUCUCAAAAUGAAAUAUGAGGAUAAAAAUCCUAACCUAUCACACAAAGUCCUAAGAAUUAGGUGAAGCUCUUAGAACAAUCUGACAGUUCCAAGAGUAGUCCCACUGAUUUUUGUCGGGUUAAUCUGGAGUAAAGGAGCUGCUUGCCACUUAAUUGCCUUGAGAUCAUGGCCAGAGGCAGCAAUUCGUGACCCAUUUGCUCCGCCUUCCUCCUGUCAAAAGCAGGCAGCAGUGUUGUGGAAUGAGUGACACGUAAAUUGCUACCAUUUUAUUUUCCCCAUCUUCUCUUCUUUGGACGGAAGUAAAUUAGUAGCUCAGUUUUGACGCCCCCACCCUGUUCCUUCGCUUACUGGUUUUUCGUUUGCCCUGGCAAGAAAAUUUGUUUUUCUUUCCUUAAAACAGGGGUGGGCCACAUAGGGCCCUCAGCUACUCUCUCUGCAACCCACCAAGCUGUGGGGAAAACUUGCCCACUCUUCCCACUGCCCAGGUAAUCCGCCAUCAGCAGGACAGCAGGGAAGAGAACUGUUUCCUCCUCUUCAAAAGGGGUUAUACUGUAUCCUGAAGCAUCUGACUUCCCAUGAAUGAUUGAGUGUGUGCUUCCCUGUGCAUACAGCUCUUUGGGAGGCCGGUUGGAGGUAAUUUAAAUGGAGAAAUAAGACAUACAUGUGCGACCCAUGUAUCGUAUUUUUCGCUCUAUAGGACGCACUCGACCCGUAAGACACACCUAGUUUUUAGAGGAAGAAAACAAGAAAAAAAAUCUUCUGAAUCAAAUGUUGUUGAAGAGGCUUUGUGCGGCUAUCCCUGAAGCCAGAACAGCAAGAGGGAUUGCUGCGCAGCCUGCAUUCGCUCCAUAAGAUGCACACACAUUUCCCCUUACUUUUUAGGAGGGAAAAGUGCGUCUUAUAGAGCGAAAAAUACGGUACCUGUCUUUCCAAGACUGUCUGUGAGCAUGAGUUGGUUUAAGGUAUGGCAGUGUGACUGGCUCCGGUCAUGCUUUCUGGGAUGCAGCCCCCAACCAUCUACCCACCUGUGAUUGUGGUGCCCAUCCCUUCUCUAAAACCAUGGUUUGAAGUGUGUUUGCAGAGAAUGAUUUAGAGGCGUUCCCCCUAUAUAUCAUAUUGACAGUGAUAGGCUUACAUGAGUCAUCUGUAUUCAAUAGAACAGACACUCUUUGACCUACAGUCACUUCCAGUACAGCUUGUUCUUCAGAGAGGAAGAUGGAGAGCUUACAUAUUUAGGCACGAGCUAAAAAUGGGAUGAUAUUGGCCAAACCAGGGUUUCACAAAACGGGCACUCUUCAGCCUGAUAACAACUCUAGGAUACAUGCGUCACUGGGACUUGAAUUUAUGAAAACAUUUCUAUUCAGUGUUCCAUUUGUUGUCUUCUUCCUCCUCCUCCUCGUCUGCUUCCAUUUACUUUUCAUUUAAAUCUCUUUGUUUUCUUCUUUAGGCUUCUGAUGAUGAGUCGUACAUCAGUGACGUGAGUGACAACAUAUCAGAGGACAACACCAGUGUUGCAGACAACAUUUCUCGGCAAUGUAUGCAGGGUUUUAAUUUUUUUAAGUUUUAGAAAAUAAGUGUUCUUUUUAGGUGUGGUGCAAUAUAAAUCGGAACACUCUCUGGAUGCAACUCAAAUCAGUGAGGGCCACUUUUACAUUUUUAUCCCUGUUAACUGUAGAAUAGCACUCUUCCUUCUGUUUUUUACUGUAAUUAUUUGUAUGGUUUUAGUAGAUUUCAUUAUAUGUAUAUAGUUUUAAUUCUUUCCGUGUUUAUAAUUGUUUUCUUACAAUGUUUUUUCCUAUGUUUUUAGCGGUUUUUCUUUUUAUCUGUAAACCGCCUUGAGUCCCAUCAGGGAAAAAGGUGGGGUAUAAGUAAAUCUAUAACAACAAUAACAGACCCUUUGAAAUGAAUAGGCCUAAGUUAGUCAUGCCUAUGAAAUUCAGUGGGUUUACUCUGAGUACAGCUAGCACUGGAUACAAACCAUUUUAUUUUUCGUUUUUCAAUCAAUGAAAGGAUUUCACAUCCCUGCUGUUCUUCUGUUUUCCUUCCAGUACUUAAUGAUGAGCUGACUGGUGGUGCUUUCAGAAAUGGACGAAGGACAUGCCUACCGACCCCCUGCCCUGAUACUAGUAAUAUCAACCUGUGGAACAUUUUGAGGAACAAUAUCGGGAAGGAUCUCUCGAAAGUAUCCAUGCCGGUAGAGCUAAACGAGCCUCUGAAUACAUUGCAACACCUUUGUGAGGAACUGGAAUACAGUGAACUCUUGGACAAGGCUGCUGAAUCUGAUGACCCCUACGAACGAAUGGUAGUAAACCAGACAGAGCACACCAUUCCAUGUCCCUUGAUGUGUUUAUCCCUCUCCUAGAGCUCUAAUAUUGAAUACAGUGGACCGUCCGGAUACGAAUUAAAUUUGUUCCGGGGGUCUGUCUGCAACCCAAAAAGUCCGUAGGCAGAAGCACCACUUCUGCGCAUGCGCACGGUGUGCAGAGCGCUUCUGCGCAUGCGCGCACGAUGAAACCCAGAAGUAUACACUUCCGGGUUUGCUGCGUUCGUAACCCGAAAGUUAUGUAUCCAGAGCGGUACAUAACUAGAGGGUCCACUGUACAUUUGUGCAUUUUCCAUUAUUGUAAGCUCACCUCUAACGUGAAAGCAGCUAGAUUCUGACAUAGAGGAUUUUUUUACUUUUUAUCCAGCCUGUUCCUUUCGUUGGCGUACUUUCUUACGACCAAUUCAGAUGGUCCUUGGCUGGCUAUAUCUCUGCAGAUAACUGCUCACAUAAGUGGAGCCUUGCAGGAGCAGUAUAAAUUCGGAUGAAUGAACUUGCAUACAUGUUGUAGUGAGUCUUAGGGUCCAGCCUCACAUUACCUUUGCGGUAUGGAAGCUGCUCACGGACAUCCUUUUGCCAGGAGACCCAGAUCAUGUGGGAAGAGCCCAUAUUGUGUUUCCUUCCCCCCUCCCCCCCAUUGCCUUGCUUUCCAAACGGGACAAUACUAGUAUGAUGAAAUAAUCUAAGGAUGCUACGGUAUGCGCUCUUCCCACAUAGAAUCGUAAGACCGUAGAGUUGGAAGGGACCGCAAAGGUCAUCUGGUCCAACCCCCUGCAGUGCAGGAACCCACAUUUUGCCCAAUUUGUGGCUUGAACCCGCAACCCUGAGAUUAAGAGUCUCAGGUGCUACGUGGUUUGAAACUUCUGACGUUGCCUUCGUAGUGUGGAAAGGAGUGGUGCUACAGUAGCGGCCACACUGCUAAGGUAAUGCAAGAGAAGGCACUUGGUAUUAGCCUCUUGAGCGAUUCUAAAGGGAAAUAAGUAGUUUAAAAAAACAAAAAAAACCCCGCUAGAGCCUCUGUUGCAGAGAGUGAUCACUCACUUGUCGGUGUAUCUAUUUUGUCAGACCUGUGAAUUCCAAAGCUGAAGCCACAUCCCUAUAUUACCCUUUUCUGUGCAAGGCAGAUAAUGCCCUAUAUUCUGGCAAUGAGCAAAUCGCUGGGGAAUUCCACUCUGCAAGCCCCGCUAGGAAUGCUUUUGCUCAAGACAACUUUCAAGAUGGCAUGAAUGGGGGGGGGGGUUUCCGGGCGGACUGCUUCCAUUAUAUUCCUAUACACAGGAGUGGUGCUCCACUUUCCGGGUCUGCGAAACAGACCAAAUUGUAAUGAGAUGAUUCUCAAUAGGCUUGUAGAGAUGACAGUUCCCCAGAGAUCUGAAAGUACUCUUUGCUUUCUCUAAUUGCAUAAGACACAUCCAUUUCUGCCCCCUUCUAUCACCGACUAACUGGUGUUAUUUUUUUUGUCAGCACCUGAGGAUGGUGCCUAAUAAAACCCAAAUAAAAAUCCUCAGGAUAUCGAGCUAGAGUAAAAUUGCUUAUAUGGAAAAGGUGGGAGGAUGCAAACUGGAAAUGCAAAAAGGGGAGUGCUAGCCCCCCCCCCUCCGGUAGAUCCUUGUGUCACACAAAAAACCCCAUGUUUCCCCAUUAAGGGCUUUUCAGAUCGCACAUCCUUUCUUUCCCCACACAAUUGUCUCUGAUCCCAAGACAAAAAUAGCAAAUGUAUUCUUCAUCUUUAAGCUUGCUUUGGAUACUGUUUGCCUUGGGAACAGAUUCGCAUGGAUAUUAUUUGCGUUCCUACCUUCCCACCACUUGGAGCAUGACUUUCCCUGUCCUUUAUUAUGUUGGGACAGUGGCUAUACUGCUAUUGCAAGAACAGAGUUGCUGUCUGCAGUUGUAGCACUAACGCCAAAGGUGCUGCCAUCACCCAGAAAAGGAAACACCCGUUUGCUUGCACAGUCUCUCCAGUACUGUUUAGAUAUUGUUUCUCAAGUUUUUUCCCUUUGUUUUAACUAGGUCCUUAUUGCUGCCUUUGCAACUUCAGGAUAUGCCUCCACUUACUACAGAGCUGGAAGCAAGCCUUUUAACCCUGUGCUUGGUGAAACUUACGAAUCAAUUAGGGAAGACAAAGGAUUUCGUUUUUUCUCGGAGCAGGUAAAAUCUGUUCCAAAAGAGACCCUUAAAUAGCACUGUGACUUUAAUUUAUUUGUUUAUUUUGGUUGAUGCAUUUCAUCUUAUUUUCAGAAUGUUGGCUGAUAUGAAUCUAAAUAUAUAGCUUUUAAAAUAGAUCUGAAGAUAUAUAUUUGUUUUUCAAGCAUUAGGUGCAAUUCAGCAUUGUAAAGCUGAAUCCAGUUUUGCAGAAAUCAUAGAAUCCUAGAACUGUGGAGCUGGAAGGGACCCUGAUGGCCCAGCUCCCUGCAAUGGUCCAAGUUUCUGGAUAGCUCAGUUGGUUAGAGCGUGGUGCUGAUUCAAUCCCCAUAUGGGAUAGCUGCAUAUCCCUGCAUUGCAGGGGGUUGAGCUACAUCAGGCACCCUCAAACUCGGCCCUCCAGAUGUUUUGGGACUACAGUUCCCAUCAUCCCUGACCACUGGUCCUGUUAGCUAGGGAUGAUGGGAGUUGUGGUUCCAAAACAUCUAGAGGGCUGAGUUUGGGGAUGCCUGAACUAGAUGAUCCUUAGGGUCCCUUCCAGUUCUAUAUUUCUAUGAUUCUAUGCAGGAAUCUCAACUAGAUCCUACAUGACACAUCACCAUCCCAUCUCUGCUUAAAAACUUCCAAGGAAGGAGAGUCUACCAUCUCUUGUGGGAUCUGUUUCUAUUGAACAGCUCUUCCUGUCAGAAAGUUCUUCCUGAUGUUUCAUUGGAAUCUCCUUUUUUGUAACUUGAAUCUGUUGGUUCGGAUACUAGCCUUCGGAGCAGAAGUAAACAGGCUUGCUCCAUCUUCCCUGUGACAGCCUUUCAGAUAAUUGAAGAUGGCUACCAUAUCUCCUCUCAGUCUCCUCUUUUCCAGACUAAACAUACCCAACUCUCUCAACUGUUCUUCAUAAGGGUAGGUUUCCAGAGUCUUGAUCAUCAUGGACACUCACCUCUGCACAAGUUCCAGCUUGUCAAUAUCCUUCUUAAAUUGUGGUGCCCAGAAAUACACACAAUAUUACUGGCGGGGGUCUGAUCAAGGCAAAAUAGAGCGGUACUAUGACUUCCCUUGAUCGGGACACUAUACUUCUGUUGAUGCAGCCUAGAAUAGCAGUAGCUUUUUCUGCUGCUCCAUCAUCUCUCUUUUAUGUAAGGUGUCUGUUACAGUGAUGAUAAAAAUGAAAGUCUUUUGCACAAUUCCUCACCACCGUAAUUUUUUAUUUCAGGUUAGCCACCACCCACCCAUUUCUGCCUGUCACUGUGAAUCAAAGAAUUUUGUGUUUUGGCAAGGUAUACAUUUUAAUUCACAAGCCUAAAGACCAAAUUUAGUUGUUUUUGUUUUGUUUUUUAAAAAAGAAAACUUAACAAUUACUUGCAUAGUUUCAUUUUUGUGGAAUUUAACGAAAAGGUUAAUAUAAUUGGGAAGCCUACUGUUUUAGGUCUUUCACUUUCGUAUUAGACAAAGAGAAAUAAUGGUUUGUUGCAUUUGUAGAACUUCUGUAAUUUGCAGCUUUCUGAAUCUUCGCUAUGUUAUUCAGAUAUCAGGUGGAAAAACAAAUUCUGGGGCAAGUCAAUGGAGAUACUGCCAAUCGGAACAUUGAAUGUCACACUUCCAAAGUAAGCAGCUUCUCCAUUCUUCUUUUCCUGUUUGUUUGUUUGUUUGUUUGUUUGUUUGUUUCUUCUUCAUUCUGGAAAAGCAGUUCCAUGAGACUAAUUUAGGCACUUCAAGUCCCAGAUGCACACUGAUGAAUAAUGUAGCAAAACUGAAGCCAGACAAGGCAGGGAGCACAUAGCAGCAGCUUGCAUGUUGUGAUAAGGCAACUGGGAUCUCUAAAUAAUUACUUGCUCUACCUGCUAUUACUAGAUGCUGCAGCUAUGUUUGAUCAAACAGUUGUGAACAUUAGGCUAGUUAAUUCACAGCAGCUUCCUGAGUGGGAGACAUUUUAGUACUGUGAGUGUUUGCUUUGCUCAGUAAAAGGAAGCAUAUUCCAAAUUAUUAUUUUUUGUAAAAAUUGUUCGGAUUUCCCCUAGGAGGAUAAAGGUCAGAGGCAUCAUGGUAACUCAAAGUGAGGUGUGUUCUUGUAAAACAUGAGGUUUCACAAUGACAUGAACUCUUACCUAUAGAGUGUGGCAGAUAAGGGUGAGUCCAGUUUCAGUGCAAGGAAGCUUGGGAGAGUAUUACUGUCCUGCAAUGUGUACCUCCUGAAGUUUCUUUGCAGUUGGUCAGCUAAUCCUGCAGUUUCUCUGCUCAUCUCAUCUUAUUUCAUUCAGAACCAGUCUGGUGGAAUGAACAGCGUAAUGGGCUUAAAAGUUGGGGAGAACUGGGUUCAAAACUCUAAUGAACCAUGAAGCUCAAUGUGGGGCUUUGGGCAACUCGCAAUUUCUCGGCCUAAUCUACUUACUAGAGUUAUUUUGAGGACAAAACAGGUUUUUUUUAUAUAAUAUUGUGCGGAAUCAUUGUAACCAUAGUAGGAAAACACAUACUAUGAUGUCUGGCAGAAGGAUUAAUAAUAAUAAAAAAAAAAUGAAAUUUAUAUACUGCCCUUCAUCCAGAGAUCACAGCUUACAACAUAAAAAGAUUGUUUUAGAAUAAUAUUAUCCAAAAUGUAUCUUCAUUAUAGAGGGCUGUAAUGUUUCACAGAGCAUCUUUUUAAGUGUCUGUAGUGGGACAGAGUUGACUGACUAUCUGUGAAAAUAACCAAUGGUUAAGCACUGGGGGGGCUGCCAGUUCUCUGUGGACACCCUAUUCCUUUCGCCUCCACCUCCAAAAGUGCAAUGGAUAUAUGGCUACUAGAAGCAAAGCCUUCUCAGUAUUGGCACCCUGGCUGUGGAAGGCCCUUCCCUCUGGUACAUUUGUCAGGCACUCACACUUCCUUAUGUUUUAGAUAUAAGUUUUAAAUAUCUUUAUUCACCCAGACCUUUGGUGGCUUUGGAAAUCAGUGGGGGUGGUGUUUAUGAUUGCUGCCCAUUCUGCACUGCUGUUUUGUUCUUAUUUUAUUCUUGUGCUUUUGCUUUCUUACCUUCUUUUUAUAAACUGGUUUUAAAUUAUUUAUUGUUCUAAUUGAUUUGCAAUUCAACCCCUAGCUAUUGCUGUCAACUUUUCCCUUUUCUUGCGAGGAAUACUAUUUGGAAUAAGGGAAUUUCCCUUAAAAAAAGGGAAACGUUGACAGCUAUGCCCCUAGAAGGACACAAAUACGUGUAAAAAGUGUGGGUAUUUUCAUAUUUGAGUUCUGUUGGUGGUCCAUUGGCUUUCAAUAUUGGAAGGGGGAGUACUGUUUCAUUUGUGAAUAGGCAGUGGUUUGGAAAGGGCAUUUUUGGAGCACAGCUUCCACAGUUAACUCUCUUUGCAGGUACGGUGAUUCCUACGUAUGGAACAAAGUCACUACUUGCAUACACAACAUCCUCAGUGGAAGGAGAUGGAUAGAACAUUAUGGAGAAAUAACCAUCAGAAACACAAAAAGCAGCGUUUGUAUUUGUAAACUCACAUUCAUCAAGGUAACGUUUCUUUGGUACUCAUUAUGAACAGUGAAAAGGGUGUUUGUGCAAUUGGUGGCCCGUUGCACAGCAGCUUCUACGAGCACACAGGGCAGGUUCACUAGCUGGAGGUACCAGUUGUAUGAAUUGUAUCAAUCUGUGCACCAAAGUGUGGCCAAUAAAUAUAAGACCCUUUCACUGGUUGCCAGAGGACAUGCUAAUUGCAUUGGCAAGGUCUUUAUCCUCUGCACCUCUUUGGGACUGCAUUUGAAGAUAUUUGGCACAAUACGAUAAGGGGUGGUGGUGUCUGAAUCAUCCCGAUUCCCCACCCGCUUCUGGCAGCUCAUUGGCACUGCCUAGCUGUUGGAUGGGUGUGAUACAGAUCUGCCUGGUCUUGUUGAAAGUUGAUACCUAGUUAUACCCCAGACACCUUAAACUGGGAUGAUUUACCUUAACAGUUAAGAAAAAGGCCACAGAUCUUUUGUUUCCUUGCAUUAUUAUUUUUUUAGGUGAAUUACUGGAAUUCGAACGUGAAUGAAGUCCAAGGCGUUGUCAUGGACCAAGAAGGAAAGGUGGUACAUCGCCUCUUUGGGAAGUGGCAUGAAGGGUUGUACUGUGGAGUUGGGCCUUCGGCAAAAUGUAUAUGGAGACCAGGUAUGAACCUAUUAGAGGAACAGCUCUUUUAGGUAAAGCGGUGGGGUGGAUUCAAUACUUGUACUAUGGGUGAAGGAGCUUCAUCAUCAUAUCAAGUACUGCAGACUGGAAUGACUCUAGAUCAGGCUUCCUCAAACUCGGCCCUCCAGAUGCUUUUGGCCUACAACUCCCAUGAUCCCUAGCUAGCAGGACCAGUGGUCAGGGAUGAUGGGAAUCGUAGUCUCAAAACAUCUGGAGGGCCAGGUUUGAGGAAGGCUUUUUUAGAUAGACUGAAGGGGCCAAGCUGCAGGCUAUGUUUCAUGCACUACAUCUCUUGUUUUCAUUUAAUUACAAGUGUGGGGAGCCAGUGUCACUGGGACUGCAGGAUGUAUGGGGGCGAGAUUUAUCCCUUUCUUCUUUCAGUCACAGAGUCUCCUGAAAAUCUCCUCCUAGCAGCUGCAAGGCUUAAAAACUCUCACUGGCACCAAUAGAAACUGUUUUCUAUGCACAGUAACCAUUCUGGUGGCUUGGCAGAGGCAGGGAGAGAUAAAUCUCCUGGUGUGCUGCAAACCCAAUCACAAAAGUAGACACAGCAAGACUGGAAGUAUUUGCACUACAAAAUACUGCAUACUUCCUCUUUGAAAGAUAAAUAAUUGGGGAUUUCUAAUUACAGUGGUACCUCGGGUUACAAACGCUUUGAGUUACAAACACUUCAGGUUACAAACUCUGCUAACCCGGAAGUAGUACCUCAGGUGGCAAACUAUGCCCCAGGAUGACAACGGAAAUCGUGCAGUGGCAGCGCAGCAGCAGCAGCAGCAGGAGGCCCCAUUAGCGAACGCGCACCUCAGGUUAAGAACGGCUUCAGGUUAAGAAAGGACCUCUGGAACAAAUUAAGUUUGUAACCUGAGGUACUACUGUACUCAUUUACUGGUCUCCAAUAAGCAUUCUUUGUCACAGCAAUAAUAGGACCACCUGAUUUGAAAAUGGAAGCUCUGGUGUAUCGGUUGUUCCUAAUUAACAAAGAAUACCAGUUGCGUUUUCCGAACUGUUACUUGGAGUAAUAAACUCGGCUCUGGUUUACAGACUGUCUCACCACAGUGGCAGGUGCAGGGAAGAGCCAUUCCUCCGUGCUAGGCCACGUAAAAUAGUAGAAUUGUAAAGUUGGAAGGGGACCCUGAAGAUCUUGUAGUCCAACUCCCUGCAAUGCAGGAAUAUGCAGCUGUCCCACAUAGGGAUUGAACCUGCAACCUUGUGGUUAUCAGCACCAACUGAGCUAUCACAUCAGGCCUGAGCUUCAGACCCCAGCAGUGAGACCUCUAAAGAUCUCUGGUAAGAGGGUCAUGAAAGGUGGCUGUCAGAGAACCUUUGCCAGAGUACACAACACUGGACCAGUGGCCAAGGCCAUCUUCAUAUGCAGCUCGUAGGUAUUCUCCUCUCCCUAAUGAUGAUUCAGCACUUUCUGUUUUAACAGCUGGGCCAUCUAUUGGCCUGGAUCAAACUUAAUUUUCCCCCAGGUGGAGGCUACUUGAAGCAGGACCCACAUAGUGCCCUAUCAUGCUCACGGUGUAAAAGUGUUUGUUCCAUGAAUUUUCUCCCAGCAGGCCGAGGUUUCAGACCGGCACGACUCUCCUCCGGGAGUGAGGGGAUGCUGGUGUUGAAAGGCUUGAAUGAGGCAGAAGAACCCUGGGAUGCCCAGGCACUGUGUAUAAUGGCAGCAAGAUAUGUAGAAGGCACCACCUCAGGUGGCAGCUCAGUGGCACGUAGAGCAAGCCUUAGUCCACCCCACAGACAGUGGUUAGAACUGUGAGAGGUGCUGACUGUCUUUUGGCAGGGCUUGCAUGACGUUUGACCAGUGUCAGUUUAUCACCAGUAGUUAGAGCCAACUUCAGGAGCUGCAAGCAGGGAUUUUGACCUUCUGUAUUCAGAGGACUAUCAUAGAAUCAUAGAAUCAUAGAGUUGGAAGAGACCACAAGGGCCAUUGAGUCCAACCCCCUGCCAAGCAGGAAACACCAUCAGAGCACUCCUGACAUAUGGUUGUCAAGCCUCUGCUUAAAGACCUCCAAAGAAGGAGACUCCACCACACUCCUUGGCAGCAAAUUCCACUGUCGAACAGCUCUUACUGUCAGGAAGUUCUUCCUAAUGUUUAGGUGGAAUCUUCUUUCUUGUAGUUUGGAUCCAUUGCUCCGUGUCCGCUUCUCUGGAGCAGCAGAAAACAACCUUUCUGCCUCCUCUAUGUGACAUCCUUUUAUAUAUUUGAACAUGGCUAUCAUAUCACCCCUUAACCUCCUCUUCUCCAGGCUAAACAUGCCCAGCUCCCUUAGCCGUUCCUCAUAAGGCAUCGUUUCCAGGCCUUUGACCAUUUUGGUUGCCCUCCUCUGGACACGUUCCAGUUGGUCAGUGUCCUUCUUGAACUGUGGUGCCCAGAACUGGACACAGUACUCCAGGUGAGGUCUGACCAGAGCAGAAUACAGUGGCACUAUUACUUCCCUUGAUCUAGAUGCUAUACUCCUGUUGAUGCAGCCCAGAAUUGCAUUGGCUUUUUUAGCUGCCGCGUCACACUGUUGGCUCAUGUCAAGUUUGUGGUCAACCAAGACUCCUAGAUCCUUUUCACAUGUACUGCUCUCAAGCCAGGUGUCACCCAUCUUGUAUUUGUGCCUCUCAUUUUUUUUGCCCAAGUGCAAUACUUUACAUUUCUCCCUGUUAAAGUUCAUCUUGUUUGUUUUGGUCCAGUUCUCUAAUCUGUCAAGGUCGUUUUGAAGUGUGAUCCUGUCCUCUGGGGUGUUAGCCACCCCUCCCAGUUUGGUGUCAUCUGCAAAUUUGAUCAGGAUACCUAUGUCUUCUCCGUUCGCAAUGCUUAGCCAUUCACUUUGUCUUAUCUGUUAAUGCAGGCUCCAUGCCCACCAACUACGAGCGUUAUUAUGGCUUCACAAGGUUUGCCAUUGAGCUGAAUGAGUUAGAUCCUGCACUGAAAGAUCUUCUUCCAAGAACAGAUGCCCGGUUCAGGCCAGACCAAAGGCAAGAAUCACUUGGUUGUCGUUAUUUAAUGCUCAGCGGCUGCUUUCAAACAUAGAUUGUAGGUCGCACCUGUUUUCAGGACCCCAGUGUUUAGUCCAGGGGUGGGGAAGCUUCGUUAGCAUGAGGGCCAGAUUCCCUCGUGGGCCAUUUUCCAGGGACUCAGUGGUGGGUGAGUUUAUCCAGGCACAAAAGGUGCAGCUUUAAAAUUUGUGCUGUAGGCUACUUUCCAGCCAAGCAAAAAAUAAGAGGUUGCCAUGGACUGACUGGAUGCAAAGGAGUGGUGGGAGCCACCAUCUCAGGAACCCCCAAGGGAAGAAGGCUCAGAGCCAGGGGACUGGUGAUGGGAUGUUGAUGAGUGGUCAGAAGGAGAAGUCUGGAAUGAGGAGGUGUUGUAAGCUGAAGGUAACAGGUUUCAGUGAGCAGGAAGAGGCUGUGGCAGAGAGCAGUCCAGAAUCAGAGGCAGGAGAGGAGGCUGGAGAGUAGGGAGGAGGCUACCAGGCAGCAGUGGCGUAGCGUGGGGGGUGCAGGGGGUGCCGGCCGCACCGGGUGCAACAUCUGGGGGGGGGGCGCACUCGCACUUGCAGCUCUCUGCCCGUACCUGGCUCACUCACUCUCACUGCAGUGCUGGCUGUGCGAAUCCGAUCCGAGCCGCUGGGUCGCCGCCCACUGUGGAGGGGGUGGGUGCCAGGCGUGCGGAGAGAGAGCGAGGGACUAUCUGGGGGAGGGACAGUGCAGCGGCCGCCCAGCGCAGCGCUGAGCGCGGGAGAGAACCACACCAGACCAGACCAGGCAGCAGCAAGAAGAAGCUGGCAGUGGCGGCAGGUUAGGGGUUAGGGGGCGCAAAUUACUUGCCUUGCCCCGGGUUAGGGGGCGCAAAUUACUUGCCUUGCACCGGGUGCUGACAACCCACGCUACGCCGCUGCCAGGCAGAGAUGAAUCAGGCUGUUGAAGAAGCCAGGGGGUCUCCCUCUCCUGCGGUGACCAGCUCCCCUCCCUCCUGGUCUCCCAGAACCAGAAGAAGAAUGAAGAGGGUGGAGCAAAAACAGACAAGGUAUCAGAGUCUCAGAUUGCUAGGGAAGGACCCAAGGGAGGAAGAGUCUUGGGGAGCACUGGGAAGAUGUGGCCCUUCAGUCCUCGCAACUGCCUCAUUGGGGCAAGAUCUGCUGGGAAGAGUUGCUGUGCUCACUAGCCUGAGCUGUUGUUUAUUUGAACAAAGAGGUAACUCCACUGACGCCUUGCGAGUUAUUGCUGGCCUGCUCCCAACACCGGCCCUGAUAGAGGUUUACAUACAAGUAAACCUGGUAAGUAAGAGGCACUAUUGCAGUACAAGGACACGUUUCAGCCAGGCAAAAACACCCAGGGAGGCUGCAGAGCAGGGCCAGUGAAAGGCUGUCACCUGUGCAGAGUCCCAAAGGCUGGACAGAGAGACACAUGGUGGCCACUUGUGACCCUUGGACCUGAAGUUCCCCACUCCUAGUUUAGUCCAUCACUUUGUAGCAUGACUUGCUUAAAAAAACCUUUGAUCAACUAAGGGUCUGCCCCACACUAAUCAGGAAGGUUUGUUUGUUUAUGAUUCAGGUAGCUAUAAAAGUUACAUUGGGCAGCUGCUGUCUUAGCAGAGGCAUUGCUCUUCACUCCCAAGAGGAACUGACUCUUUUAAGAUUGGCAUGGGGUUUGCAUAAAACAAAAUAAGCAUGCUGCCUGUUGAAAACAACUGUGUGCUUUUAAAAAUAUUAAUUUAUUCUGGUUUAAUCAGCAAGUCAGUAUACAGACAAUCAUCUAAAACUCACAUGCUUAAUAAUUAAAGAUUUGUUUAAUUAAUUGGCUCUUAUCCCUGCUAAUUUUAUCGGAACUGCAGUAUCUGGAUGGUAAGGAUCCAGCAACUCCUGAUGUGUGUAGGUUUGUCAUCUCUGGGGUUUUGUUGAUUCGUUCCAGUGCUUGAAUGUUGGUAUACUGUAUAUUUGAAGUUCCACUUGCUUUAUUGCAGGCUUUUGGAAGACGGAGAUUUAGAAGCAGCAGCGUCAGAAAAACUAAGAAUAGAAGAACUCCAGAGAAGUCGAAGACGCUACUUAGAAGAAAAUAAUAUGGAACAUGUACCAAAAUUUUUUAAGUAUGUAAACUCAGGAAUGUGGUUUGUUUCCCCGCCCCCCUUGCUAACAGAUACACCACCAGCCUGGUAACAGAGUGGGAAAAUUUAAAUAGUUGAAACUGGCAUGAGGAGUUGGCAGCUUGUAAAGGUUAUGAGUAAACUAAGGUUUACUCAAAGUAGACCCAUUGAAAUUAAUGGACAUUUAACUUCAUAAUGGUCAUUAACUUCAGUGGGUUUACCCCGAGCAAAGCUUAGUGGAAUACCACCCAUUGUUAUCACAAUUAACUUUUUACAGAAAUAUUUCCAUGAGUUGUUGAGACAGUUUCAUUUUCAGCAUUGGAAAAAUGCAUUUAUGUGGAAAAUGUCUGUUUCUUCUCAUUGUGCAGGCUGAGAGAUUAAAAAAAACAACAACCCAAGAAACAAAAACAAAAUUUGAUUAUAAGCCCUGUUUGGCUGGGACUUCUGGUGUGAGGUAAUGUUCAGGUUGACAUCACCUGACCAGCACUCAUAGAGACUGCCAUUUAUAAUGGUACAAUCGGGAGCUUGUGUUAUGGUUCCACUUCAUUCAUGGCUCCAGCCUUACCUGCCCCACACCUGAUGUCCAAUAGGAAAUUUUUUAAAAGCUGAAAUACUGCCUGUUUGUCAUUUUGUGGGCUGAAUUCAACCCCUCUGUUCCCUCUUCCUUACCAAACAACUGGUUGAUGGGAUUUUUGCUUCCUAUAAAGGACUCUGCAGGUGCCGUGUCGCAAGGGAGUAUAAUUCAGUCCUUGUUAAAGGCACUCCUGAAUUUAUUUUGUCUAACAGGUGUGUAUUUUUCUUUUGAUUUUGCAGAAAAGUUAUCGAUGCCAAUCAAAGAGAAGCUUGGGUUUCUAACGACACGUAUUGGGAACUCCGAAAGGAUCCUGGCUUUAGUAAAGUAGAAACCCUCAAACUCUGGUAAACUGAGAAUGUAGAUCUAGUAACAUAUCACUCCUUAAAAAAAGAAAGAAAAACCUUAAAAAAAAACUAUGCACAACAUGUUUCUUAUAGCUGAGGUUGGUUUGUGGACCUGUAAGAAACCUUUCAUUUGCUUUUAUAUUCAUCUUUAUAAAUGGACUUCCAAAAGUGCAUUAGCCCAGACCCCGGACAUUUCUGCAGCUGGCAUUAAAUUAAAGGGAGGGGGAACCAACACGCCCUUUAAAUAUUGAGAUACGGGAAAUGCAGCGCAAGAGAAGCAUGCACUGAGUUAGCCAAAGAUGCUUUCGAAGAGUAUCUGGUGCUUAAAAUAGACAACAGAAAAGAUACAAAAACAAAACAAGAUUUGUUUUAAUGGAACAUGUCUAGAAUGUCCACCCAUGCUAUUAUUAAACCUUGAGUCGCAAUACUUGUUCAUUUCUAGCUUCGGGUUAGUUUCUUGAUGUGUGAUGUGCUUGGACUGGCCACGUCGAAAAAAGGCAUAAUGCUUUUCUGGAAGCUCUCCUCAUUCAUUCGCCAUUGUUCAUGCCUUAAAAAAAACAAAAACACCAAUGUGAAGUUGUACAUUUAAGUCAUUUUAAAAUAUGUAUUCUUAGACGUUUGUCAGGGGCAGAUUUUUAAAGCACUAGGAUUUUGUUCAUAUUAUAAAUAACGAAGAAAGUGUAUUAUUAUUAUUUAAGAGAAAAGAGAGAAACUCUAAAUGGAUUGUAAAGGAAAGCAAACAACUAGUACAUGUUUUAACUUUGGGGGUGGGGUGGGGACUAUUGUGUGGUCAAGUUGAAAGGAGGCUGGCUGGUUUUGUAACAACCUUGGCAAAUGAAGCCGAGGUCGUAUUCUCAAUGCCUAAUGCUGUGAUAAAUAUACCAUCUCUUCCCAUGGCUUCACACUUUUGUCUCAUUUUCUCAUAAGUCUUUAUACAAUUGGAAUUCCCUGAAGCUUCGCAUGAGUGUUAAGCACAAAAAAUGAUAAGUGUCUUGUCUCCUUUCCCGGAGGUGGAUUAUCCUGGUAACAUACAUGGUCAUGUUCUCUUUGGUACACAAGAUGCUUUUGUUGCACAUCUGUUUUAUGGGGAAAGCAACAUAGCAUAUGCAACUAAGUUCUCGGCAGCAUCUUGCCACUGCUAAUACUGCUUUUGUGCAUAAUUCUAUUUUGCCAUUUUACAAAAAGGCAAUUAUAUUUUUCGAUGAAGAAGCAAGACCUUAAAUGGUUGCUGUGCAGCACAUUUCAAUGAUGUAUAU